CCCAGCCUUGCCUCGGGUGUAGGGAUUGCAAGGGAAAAGCAAAACUACACGGCUACAACUCUGUGUAGUUUUGUUUUUUGGGGUUCUUGUGAGGCUCAGCUAUUCUCACAUUGGAUUUUCUGAAACAUUUCUGGAUAAGGAGAUUUGUCUGAAGAUAUAUAACUUCUGGGCUUAGUCCCAUUGUUUCUAGGCACUCUUGUGAACACAAGGUGCCUACCACCAUGUCGCAGGCGCCAACAUUUACACAGCCGCUGCAAAGCGUUGUGGCACUUGAGGGUAGUGCCGCAACGUUUGAGGCUCAAGUUAGUGGUACUCCAGUUCCUGAGGUGAGCUGGUUUCGUGAUGGCCAGGUUCUUUCUGCUGCCGCUCUGCCCGGCGCACAGAUCUCGUUCAGCGAUGGCCGCGCUGUACUGACGAUCCCUGCCGUGACAGCCGCACACAGUGGAAGAUUUUCUGUAAGAGCCACCAAUGGCGCUGGACAAGCCACUAGCACUGCCGAACUACUCGUUACAGCUGAAACUGCGCCCCCCAACUUCGUUCAGAGACUACAGAGUAUGACCGUGAGACAAGGAAGCCAAGUGAGACUGGAUGUUCGUGUGACAGGAAUCCCUACACCUGUGGUGAAGUUCUAUAGGGAGGGAGCUGAGAUUCAGAGCUCGGCUGACUUUCAGAUUGUUCAAGAAGGAGACCUCUACAGCUUGUUGAUUGCUGAAGCCUUCCCUGAAGAUUCCGGAACGUACUCCGUCAACGCCACCAACAGCAGUGGACGUGCUACUUCUACUGCAGAGCUGCUUGUUCAAGGUGAAGAAGUAGCAGUACCUGCUAAAAAGACAAAGACUAUUGUGUCAACUGCUCAGAUUUCUCAGGGUCGUCAGACAAGGGUUGAGAAGAGAGUGGAGACUCAUUUUCAGACAAGUGCUACAGAGAUGAUGGAAAUGCAAAUGGAAGGAGGUAUAGUUGCUCAGCACCUACAGCACAAAACUCCUCCACGCGUGCCGCCAAAGCCAGCCUCCAAGUCCCCGACUCCAACCACUGUAGUGUCUAAAGUUGCAGCCACACGUCAUCAGUCACCUUCCCCUGUGAGGCACGUCAAGGCACCCACCCCGACUCCUGUCAGGCCUGUAUCUCCCACAGCAAGAUUGUCAGUUUCCCCCAUCAGACCUGUGAAGUCUCCAGUGAUGACUCGUAAACAGGUCACCCCGAGCGUUGACGUCCUCCCUCCCUGGAAGCAAGGGGACUUUGAGUCCACCUUCACCACCAUGACUGCUGGUGGUGCUCAAAUGCAGACUGCUGCUACUCAUGUCCGAAUGGAACAGCGCUGGGAAGGCUCUUAUGGAGUGCAGCAGCAAGACCAGCAUGAAAGUGACAAAACAAAUGCAGUAGCUACUGUGGUAGCUGCGGUGGACCAGGCCCGCGGCCGCAAGCCUCUCUCUGGUUUUGUAGAACGGACCAACAUAGAAACAAGCGUCACUACCAUGCACUUAGAGCCCAUGAUGGAGGAGCAGGUAGUUCAGACAUUAAGUCCACUGUCCAUCCAUUCACCCUUCUUGCACUCCCAUUUUUUUAUCCUUACGCUUAACAUUUUAAGAGCUCUGGGAAAGUCAUAGCUGUGAAACUCAUCCUCUUCCACUGGUGAGGGUGUGAAAAAGGCAGGAGCAGUAGCCACAGUGCUAGCUGCCGUUGACCAAGCACGUGUUCGAAAGCCUGUGCAUGAGGAGGGUGGUCAUGCUGAAGAGGGAACCAUAGAGCAUGACCUAGAACAGCGGUCUGUGACUAUAAGGGCUCCAGAGCCACAAAUCGUCACCAAGACUGUGAAAACUGAGAUUGUGCAAAUGCCUGCUCCUGUUCAAAUCCCUUCCACUGAGCAGAAAAUUCAUUUCACCCAGAUCCAGAGAAGUAAAGAAACUGCCACCCAUGUGGACACUGCGCUUGCACCUUCCCCAAUCCCACAUUUCACAGUUUCAAAAGUUACUGUUCCUAAACCUGACCAUAGCUAUGAGGUUUCAAUAGCAGGUUCUGCUAUUGCUACACUGCAGAAAGAGUUAUCUUCUACCUCUGCUUCACAAAAGAUCAUCAGGCCUGUCAAGCCUCCUUCUCAUAAGAUUGUGGAGACAAGAGUGACACCCGUGCCAACUCCACCUCCCUUUAAAGACACCACUGAAAGAUAUGAGACGCGUUUUGGAACCCAGUUAUACAAAGAGAUAGGCACUUCUAUUACAGGGGGUAUGGAGCAGAAGUAUGGCCAGUGGGAAACACAGGUGGUUGAGACUGCAACAGUUCCCUCACCUGCACAAGAGGCUGUGGUACCACCCACUCUUAUUGCUGGCUUGAAGAAUAUUACUGUGAUUGAAGGUGAAUCUGUGACACUGGAGUGCCAGAUUUCUGGUCACCCUGCCCCUGCCAUCAUGUGGUUCAGGGAGGACUACAGAAUCGAGAGCUCCAUUGACUUCCAGAUUACCUAUGAGAACGGGUACGCCCGUCUGGUAAUCCGCGAGGCCUUCGCUGAGGACAGCGGGCGCUUUACCUGCACUGCCACCAGCGAGGCUGGAACUGUCAGCACCUCCUGCUACCUGCUUGUCAAAGUCUCAGAGGAGAUUGAAGGCAGAGAGGAACUGGCUGCAACUACCGUCUCUGAACACAUUGAAACUGCAGAGAGAGAGAUUACCAUUGAAGCUAAAGAGGAGACCCUGUCAGAGGCCGCGGAGUCUGUGGAAGGAGGUGCAGCCCCCUUUUUCGUCAGGAAGCCCACUGUGCAGAAGCUGGUGGAAGGAGGGAGCGUCGUCUUCGAAUGCCAGAUUGGUGGCAGCCCCAAACCACACAUUUACUGGAAGAAGGCAGGAGUGCCCCUAACUACUGGAUACAGAUACAGAGUGGCCUAUAAUAAGGAAACUGGAGAGUGCAAGCUGGAGAUCUCCAUGACCUUUGCUGAUGAUGCUGGAGAGUACUCCAUCUUUGCCAGGAACAAACUGGGAGAGGCUUCUGCCACUGUUAACCUGCUUGAGGAAGAGGAAUAUGAAGCCUACAUGAAGAAGUACGAAAUGACUUUCAAGACUGAAGUGACCACAGUUGUAAAGGAGCCACAAGUGGCAGAUAUCCCCCCAGUGGUUGUGAGUCAAUAUGAGAAAGAGAAGAUUCUCAUGCAGAAGAGAAUGGCCCAACAAACACAGAUGACCUUUGUUUCAGAACAGGAAUUCCUGAUCUCCGCUUUUGAGGAGAAGAUAAUCCGUGAGAUUGAGAUCCGCAUUCUGAAGAUUACUUAUAUGGAGCUGGUGACUGAAGAUGGGGAAGAGAUGAUCACGGUGGCUGAGCAGGAAGCUGUGGAGCCAACCUUUGACACUCCAGUAAAGAGCUACAGGAUCAUGGAAGGAAUGGGAGUCACUUUCCAUUGCAAAGUGGCAGGAAACCCACUACCCAAGAUUGCCUGGUACAAAGACGGCAAGCGCAUCAAGCACGGUGGCCGAUACCAGAUGGAGGUUCUGCAGGAUGGAAGAGCCAGUCUGCGUCUCCCUGUGGUGCUGCCAGAGGAUGAGGGUGUCUACACCGCCCUGGCUAGUAACAUGAAGGGAAAUGUUGUCAGAUCAGGGAAGCUGUAUGUGGAGCCCACGGCACCAGCCGGAGCUCAGCCAUAUUUCCCUCAACCAGAGGCACUCCAGAGAAUCCGUUCCACAUCCCCACGCUCUCCAAGCCGCUCUCCUGGACGUUCUCCUGGUCGCUCACCGGCCCGCAGGCUGGAUGAGACAGACGAGACUCAACUGGAGAGGCUGUAUAAACCUGUGUUUGUCAUGAAGCCCUCUUCCUUCAAGUGUGCUGAGGGACAGACCGCUAGAUUUGACCUGAAGGUUGUUGGAAGACCCAUGCCUGAGACCUUCUGGUUCCACAAUGGCCAGCAAGUGGUCAAUGACUACACUCACAAGAUAGUUGUAAAGGAGGAUGGAACCCAGUCAAUGAUUGUGGUCCCAGCCAUGCCAGCUGACUCUGGAGAGUGGACGGUUGUGGCUCAGAACAGAGCUGGAAAGACUUCCAUUUCUAUGACUCUUACAGUGGAUGCCAAGGAAAACUUGGUGAGACCUCAGUUCAUUGAGAAGCUGAAGAACAUCAGUGUCAAGCAAGGCACUCUGGUUGAGCUGGCAGUCAAAGCAAUGGGAAAUCCCCUUCCUGACAUUGUCUGGCUGAAAAACAGUGACAUCAUCUCCCCACACAAGUACCCAAACAUCAAGAUUGAAGGCAACAAAGGAGAAUCUAGUUUCAAGAUUGCUUCAAGUGUAGGCUCAGACAGUGCCUGGUACACAGCCACAGCCAUCAACAAAGCCGGACGAGAUACCACCCGUUGCAGGGUCAAUGUAGAGGUGGACUUUGCUGAACCCGAGCCUGAGAGGAAGCUUAUUAUUCCCAAAGGAACUUACAAGGCCAAGGAGAUUGCAGCUCCAGAGCUGGAGCCCCUGCAUCUUCGCUAUGGACAAGAACAGUGGGAGGAAGGCGACCUGUAUGACAAGGAGAAGCAACAGAAACCACACUUCAAGAAGAAGCUUACCUCAGUCAGACUGAAGCGUUUUGGACCUGUGCAUUUUGAUUGCAGGCUGACGCCAAUAGGUGACCCUACCAUGGUGGUGGAGUGGCUGCACGAUGGCAAACCCCUGGAAGCUGCUAACAGGCUGCGCAUGAUCAAUGAGUUUGGCUACUGCAGCCUUGACUAUGAAGUGGCUUACUCCAGAGAUAGUGGUGUCAUCACCUGCAGAGCAACUAAUAAGUUUGGUGUUGACCAGACCUCCGCUACCCUGAUUGUGAAGGAUGAGAAGAGCCUUGUAGAAGAGACUCAGCUACCAGAAGGCAGAAAGGGAAUGCAAAGAAUUGAGGAGAUGGAACGCAUAGCCCAUGAGGGGGCUCCCACAGGAGUUACUGUAGAAGAAACAUCUGAAAAGAGCAAGCCUGAGAUUGUCCUCCUUCCUGAGCCUGCAAGGGUAUUAGAGGGGGAAACUGCUAGAUUCCGUUGCAGAGUGACUGGAUACCCUGCCCCUAAGGUCAACUGGUACCUCAAUGGACAGCUCAUCCGAAAGAGCAAGAGGUUUAGGCUCCGGUAUGAUGGUAUUUAUUACCUUGAGAUUACUGAUAUCAAGUCUUAUGAUUCAGGAGAAGUCAAAGUAGUGGCAGAGAAUCCUGAGGGUGUGGCUGAGCACUGUGUGAAGCUGGAGAUCCAGCAGAAGGAGGACUUCAGGUCCAUCCUCCGCCGUGCACCUGAGCAGAAGGUUCAAGAAUCAGCUGAACAUGGCAGAGUGUCUUUUGAAGUUGUCAAAGUCGACAGACCCCCUGAGAUCAUUCAGCCCAAAGAGAUUGUCAAGCUGAGAAAGACUGAAAGAGUCAUCCAUGAGAAACCAACAGAGGAGUCAGAUGAACUGAGAAGCAAAUUCAAGCGCAGAACUGAGGAGGGCUACUACGAAGCCAUCACUGCUGUAGAGCUCAAGUCUCGUAGGAAGGAUGAAUCCUAUGAGGGUAUGCUGAGGAAGAGGAAGGAAGAACUUCUUCAUUGGACCAAAGAGGUGCCUGAGGAGGAAAGGAAAAAGGAGGAAGAACGAGGCAAAGUAACCAUUCCUACAAUCAGACCAGAGAAAAUAGAGCUCUCUCCCAGCAUGGAAGCACCCAAGAUUUUGGAACGCAUUCAGAGCCAGACAGUUUCCCAAACUGAAGAGGUCCGCUUUAGAGUCAGAGUGAUAGGGAAACCUGAUCCAGAAUGCCAGUGGUUCAAGAAUGGAGUGCUGCUGGAGAAGUCAGACCGUAUUUACUGGUAUUGGCCUGAAGACAAAGUGUGUGAAUUAGUGAUCAGAAAUGUUUCAGCUGAAGACUCUGCCAGCAUUAUGGUCAAAGCUGUCAACAUUGCUGGGGAGACUUCAAGCCACGCAUUCUUGCUUGUGCAAGCCAAGCAAGUCAUUGCAUUUACUCAAGAAUUAGAGGAUGCCAAUGCCAAAGAGAAGGACACCAUGGUGACCUUUGAGUGCGAAACCAAUGAGCCUUUUGUCAAAGUGAAGUGGUUCAAGAACAACAUGGAGAUUUUCCCGGGAGACAAAUACCGCAUGCACUCAGACAGGAAGGUGCACUUCCUCUCUGUGCUGGUCAUUGACAUGGGAGAUACCGCAGAGUACAGCUGUGUUGUUGCUGAUGACAACCACAUCAGAACCACUGCCAGACUAAUUGUUGAGGGUGCCCCACUGGAAAUUGUGAAGAAGCUUGAGAAUAUGGAAGUGCCUGAAACCUACUCUGGAGAAUUUGAAUGUGUCGUGUCCCGUGAGGAUGUUGAGGGUACCUGGUACUUUGAGAACAAGGAAAUCACUCCCAGCAGCAAAUACGUCAUUUCCUCCCGCCGAGGACGGCACACUCUGUCUGUUAAAGAUGUCAAGAAGGAGGACCAGGGAAAAUACACAUUUGUUGUUGAUGAACUGAAGACAAGUGGCUCUUUAAAGAUGAAAUUGCGCCCAGUGACACUGAUGCAAGGUCUGUCUGACCUGACCAUCUGUGAAGGUGAUAUUGCCCAGCUGGAGGUGAGGUUCUCUCAGGAGAAUGUUGAGGGAGCCUGGAUGAAAAACGGACAAGCCAUCUCGGCCACUGACCGCAUUCACAUUGUGAUUGACAAGCUCACCCACAAGCUUCUCGUUGAAGAUGCCAACAGGGAUGACGCUGGAAUGUAUUCCUUUGUUGUGCCUGCUCAAGAUAUAUCCACCUCUGGAAAGCUAACUGUUCAGACUAUUGGAAUCGUGACCCCACUAAAGGAUGUGACUUCAGUUGAGGGCACCAAAGCUGUGCUGGAGGCUAAAAUCUCAGCUGCCGACAUUAGCUCAGUGAAAUGGUACCAUAAUGACAAACUGCUGGUACCAAGUGAGAGGGUCCAGUUUGUUGCUAAAGGAUCCAAGCAGCGUCUGGUCUUCAGCAGGACCUUUGCCUCAGACCAGGGACAGUACAAGCUGGUUGUUGGCAAAGCUGAUUCUACCUGCAGAGUGACCAUUGAAAGAAUUCACAUUGUGAAGCAUAUGGAAGACCAAGUUUGCACUGAAACGCAGAACGUCAUCUUUGCGGUUGAGUUGUCCCACCCUGGUAUUGAUGCUGUUUGGACCUUCAAGAAUCAGCAUCUCAAAGCAGGUCCCAAAUACAAGAUAGAAGCCAAGGGCAAGCGCUACACCCUGACUGUCCUUGACACCAUGAAGGAUGAGGAGGGACAGUACACAUUUGCAGCUGGUGAACAGACAUCCAGUGCUAAACUUACUGUGUCAGGUGGUGCCAUUAACAGACCUCUCCAGGAUGUGACUGUGGCAGAGUCCCAGACUGCUGUACUGGAGUGUGAGGUGGCCAACCCCAAAACUGAGGGCAAGUGGCUGAAGGAUGGACACACUGUGGACUUCAACGACAACGUCAGGAGCGAGAAGGAUGGAGGCGUCAGGCGCCUGGUCAUUGCCAUCACUAGACCUCAGGACGUUGGGGAAUACACCUACCAGGUGGCCAACUCCAAGACAACAGCCAACCUGAGAGUUGAAGCUGUGAAGGUCCGGAAGACACUGAAGAACCUGACAGUCACUGAGACCCAGACAGCAGAGUUCAGUCUGGAGCUCACCCACAAGAAUGUGAAAGGCUUCCAGUGGAUCAAGAAUGGCGUGGAGAUCCAACCCAGUGAAAAGUAUGAAAUAAUAGCAGACGGCAUGGUCCACAUCCUUAGGAUCAAGAAUUGUAACACGCAAGACGAGUCUGUCUAUGGAUUCAAACUCGGAAAACUGUCUGCAAAUGCCAGACUCAAUGUUGAGAAUAUAAAGAUUGUGAAGAAACCCAAGGAUGUGACAUCUCUGUUGGAUUCCACUGCUUCUUUUGAGCUGAGCCUGUCCCAUGACAACAUCCCAGUGAAAUGGAUGUUCAAUAAUGUUGAGCUGAAGCCUAGUGAAAACUGCAAGAUACUGUCAGAAAGGAAGGCUCACAAGCUAAUCAUCCAGAAUGUGGGUACUCAUAAUGCUGGAGAAUACACCGCUGUAGUUGGACAUUUGCAGUGCAGUGCUUCAUUGUAUGUUGAAGCUUUGCGUGUCACAAAAACCAUGAAGAGCAUUGAGGUGCCAGAGACCCAGGUGGCCACCUUUGAGUGUGAAGUGUCUCACUUCAAUGUCCCAUCCACUUGGCUGAAGAAUGGGGUCGAGAUUGAGAUGAGCGAAAAGUUCAGGAUCGUGGUGCAAGGAAAACUCCACCAGCUCAAAAUAAUGAACACCAGCAGAGAGGACUCUGCCGAGUACACUUUCAUAUGUGGAAAUGACAGAGUUUCUGCCACGCUGACUGUCAGCCCCAUUUUGAUAACAUCUAUGCUCAAAGACCUCAAUGCCCAGGAGAAGGACACUAUCACCUUUGAGGUGAAUGUAAAUUACGAGGGAAUCACCUACAAAUGGCUGAAGAAUGGUGUGGAGAUCCGGUCCACAGAAAGAUGCCAGACCCGCACCAAACAGCUCACUCACACGCUGACUAUCCGAAACGUACACUUCGGGGAUGGUGGGGAAUACAAGUUUGUGGCUGGGUCUGCUCAAACGUCAGCUAACCUUUAUGUUGAUGCCCGUGUUAUUGAAUUCACCAAGCACAUUAAAGACAUCAAAGUAACUGAGAAGAAGAAGGCCAUUUUUGAGUGUGAGGUCUCUGAGCCUAACAUUCAUUUGGUUUGGAUGAAAGAUGGGCUGGAACUGGAGCCAUCUGACAGGUACAAAGUUUCCACUGACAAAUACAUGCACCGUUUGAUGAUCCAAACUGUGCGCUUGUCUGAUGCUGGAGAGUAUUCUGUGGUCGCUGGUUCAAGUGUGUCCAAAGCUCAUCUCACUGUAGAGGGCCGUGAUGUCCGGAUUACAGAACCUGCCGAGAAGGAAAUCACUGUUGUUGAGAAGCAGAGAGCUACAUUUGAGUUUGAAGUAAAUGAAGAUGACAUUGAAGCACGCUGGCUAAGGAAUGGAGUUGAGAUCAAAUUUGGGGUUGAGGAGCGUUUCAGCUAUGCGGCCAUUAGGAAGCUUCACCGCUUGACCAUCACAGAAACCUACCGCAGUGAUGCUGGAGAGUACACCUUUAUUGCUGGCAGGAACAGGAGUGUAGUUACUCUGCACGUCAACAUUCCUGAGCCGCCUCAGAUGGUUCGGCAUAUGCAGCCCCUGUCUGUGGAGGUUGGCAAGCCUGCCCGUUUCUCUGUGGUGGUGACGGGCAUCCCUCAGCCACAGGUGUUCUGGUACAAGGACUCCCAGGCUCUGUCCCCUGGAUUCAAGUGCAAGUUCCUCCAUGAAGGGAAUGAGCACACACUGCUGCUCAUUGAGGUCUUCCCAGAGGAUGCAGCCGUCUACAACUGUGAGGCCAAGAAUGACUAUGGCAUGGUUACCAGCACUGCUUCUCUUAAUGUGGAAGUUCCUGAGGUUAUUUCCCCUGAUAUUGGAACCCCACUCUCACCUCCUGUGAUCAUCUCUCCUAUUUACAACACUUCCACUAAGGAGGGAGAGUCUGCUAGAUUCCAGUGUCGUGUGUCUGGAGAAGACCUGAAAAUUACCUGGUACUGCAAAGACAAGGAGAUCAAGCAGUCUGACUUUUUCAAGAUGUCUCAGUAUGAUGAUAACUGCCUACUGGAAAUUGCCAGAGCUUACCCUGAGGAUGCUGGGGAGUAUACUUGUGUUGCUAGAAACUCAGCUGGAAUGGUCUCAUGCUCAGCAGUUUUAACUCUUGAGGGGCAUAAACAAACUGAGGACAGUACAUCCAAGUCUCAGUGGCAUGUCUCAACCAGUCUUUCCACAAGCAUAUCGAGUGUAAAGAAGGAGCCUAUUGGUCAAAGGCCCACUUUCAUUCAGCCAAUCACAAGCUGCACGGUGCUUCAUGGGGAAGUGGCCAGAUUCCAUGCUCGUGUGUCCGGCAUGCCAAAGCCAGAGAUCCGCUGGUUUCACAACCAGCAGCUAAUAAAGGCAACAAAAAACAUUGUCUUUCAUUUCGAUGAAAUGACAAACACUGCAACGCUAAUUAUAGUCGAUGCUUUCUCUGAGCAUGCUGGAGAGUACACUUGCAAAGCAACCAAUAGUGCUGGAGAGGCGGUAUGCACGGCCAUCCUUUCAGUAACCAAAGAAGUGAUGAAAGUGGAAGAACAUACUGAAGUCAGAAUUAAGGAAGAAGUCAAAGCAUUUUCUAGCAUGACUGUCUCAACUGAAGAAGAGAAAAAAGAAUUCUACAGCACGGGCCAACAGUUAGCAAAAAAAAUAACACUUGAGCUCAAGCCAGAGUCUCAAUAUUUUUCAAGUACAUUAGAAAAGAAAAAAGAAAAGCCAGUUUUUUUGACCCAACUAGCACCAGCAGAUAUCUCUGUUGGAGACACGGCUAAAUUUACUGUCACAGUGUCUGGCUUUCCAAAGCCUAAAGUUCAGUGGUUUCAUAAUGGACAGGAGAUCAAAUCCUCAUCAGUUUACAAAAUUAUUGAAGAGGAACACAAAUAUACUUUGAUCAUUUCUCAGGUGAAGACAGAGUAUGAAGGGGAGUACUCUUGUACUGCCAGCAACAGGUUUGGUCAAUCAACUUGUUCUGCAUUCCUGCAUGUUAGAGUGAAGGGGGUGCCCAAACAAGAGCAUCGGGUAGAGAAAGUGGUAAGAGUCACUGGCCAACCCCCUCGUUUCACCACAGCGAUAGAACCCAUACAGUGCACAGAGGGAGGUGAGGCUCAAUUUCGAUACAAAGUGACUGGGGACCCACUGCCUGAGAUUCAGUGGUUUAGGGGUAGUUACCAAAUUCAGCCCAGUAAAUACUUCUCUGUGGUAAAUAACCCAGAUGGUUCUGGGUACUUAAUCAUGAAAGGCAUCCAGCAAGAAGACAGUGGUCUCUACACAUGUAGGGCAUCCAACCCAUCUGGGGAGGCCUCUUGCAGCGCUGAACUGAUUGUGUUCCGUGAGACUGUCUCUGUUUCUAGCCACCAGGAUCACCUGUUUUUUCAGAAGCAAAAAGGUUACAAAGUGUCCAUGACUGAGCAGGCUACUGAGUCUCGUCUGUACAUGGUGAAUCUUCCAGGGGAGGCCAGAGCCAGCUUGCAGGAAGGACAUCAGAUGGUUUACACCAUCGGCACUGAGGCUAGGCAGACAAUAGCCAGUGAGCAGGUGGACACUUUGCAAGAGGUGGCAAUCUCAGCUGCCACCUUGCAGAGAGAGCAAGUCACCCACCAAGCUGCAGUGCUGCAGUCUCAUGAUAUGGAGGAGAGGGUGAUGAUAGCACCCACUCAGCUCCGUCCAACUGCGGCAUUACCUGGGAGACAGCUCCACAUGGCGUCCUUCACCUCUGCUGUUCAGGAAAGCCAUGGUUUCACAGAGCAGCACUCUGAACGCAUCCAAAGUCCAGAGGUCACAGAGGUAGAGCUGACUCGGGAGCAGAGCUCAAAGCUCAUGUCUGCCAUUUCAGAGGAAAUAACACCAGUAGUCACUGUGCGAGCUGAGUCUUUAAGUGACAGGAAGCCUGAGAAGAUAAAGCCAACUCCUGAGCCAAAGCAUGUUGUCAGUGGUCACCAGGUAGAAACCAGAUUACCAAUUUUGAAAGAAAAAUCUGACAUUAUUCCUAAACCUGAAGUGGAAAAAAGUUACAGAGUAAAAGAAGGUGUCAAAAUAUUGUACUCUGCCAUAUCAACGGAGACACAAGAAAUGUCUGAAGCCCAUUCAACGGAAUUCUCCUCUUUAGACUCUGCUACACAGUCUUCAGUAGUGAAGGAACUGCCUAAGCCGUUUUUUCUAUCUGCUAGUGAGACUAAACACACAUUAUCAAAAGAACAGAGAUUUGACGUAUACAAACCAGAGGAAGAGAGGGCACAACUGGGCAAGGAUAGAUUUGUUAAAUCAGCUCUAACUGCUGAAGAAAAGCAUGAGCUCCAGGCCGAACACACAAAACAAAUACCGGGUUUAGAAAGCGCUGUUUCAGUGCAUUCAGGAAGAGAAGUGGACCAGGUCAAACACUUACAGGUGAUAACAGACCAGAACACACUUCCUUCUGAAGGCAGAUUUACUUGUGAGAAGCCAGUAGCAGAGCAAGCAGAUAUUACAAAAAGCCCCACUAUGUUGCAUACAGUUUCGACAGAUGAACAGAAAUCUAUUACUUGUGAAGAGACAUUUCAGUUUUCUUCUGAAGACAGUGUAUUUUCCAUUCUGCCCACAAAAGAAGCUCCUGCCACUUUACAUCUCCAGACUAUUCACCCAGAAACGACAUUAUCUAAAGAAAGCAUACUUACUGUUGAAAGGCCCAGCCAGCAGGUAGCUGUGCAGAGACAGGAAAGGGUUCGCAGACAUGCGAUAAGCACAGAGGAGAAAAGGGAGCUAAUUGCUGAUUAUUCUACAGACCUUGAUGUGUCAGUCACAGGUGUCCACUCUGAGCAAAUAAUAGAACCAAAACCUCAAACUAUUCUUCAAGUGAUUUCAGAGCCCAUGCAGCUGCCGAAGGAAACUCCCUUCACCACUGAAGUGAAACAGCAGCGGGCAUCAGUGCAGAAGGAGGAUCGCUGGAAUAUUAUGCACGUAGUGACCUCAGCAGACAGUCGAGCUAUGGAAGAGGGACACACUGAUAUCUUGGCAGGGGUUCAGACUUCCCUUUGUAAAACAGAAGUCGAGCCAAAAGUCCCCACUGAGCCAAUUCACAUAGAGGAGAAAGCAAUCUCAACUGAGAGUUGUGUUGCUUUAGAGGCAGCACAGCAAGAUUUUGCAGUCCAGAUUCAAGAGGGUCAGUCAGUGCGACAAUCAAUACAAAUGGAAGAAAAACAGAUUAUGGUUGGUGAACAGUCAAGGGAAAUAAUAAAAUCAGAGACAACUGCAGUUAGUAUCACAACACAGCCGAGGGGGGCCUUACUGGUCCACGAAUCCCAAGAAAGUAAGGCUCUUCCAAAAGAGCUUACCUUUGUCAUCCAGGUACCAAAACCAUUUGGAUUAGACAUCAGAUGUCAGCUUAAGAGUGCACUGCAGACUGCUGUAGCACAUGAACAGCCAUUGCUUCUUGCUGAAGUUGCACAAAGCAUACAAGCUGUUGAGGUAAAGGAAGUCAAGGUAGUCAAAGAACCUAAAUAUACCAUGUUCACAUACCUUAUUACAACAAGUGGCGCCCCUAUGGAAAUAACCAUUGGUUUUGAAGGUGAUUAUCCUCAGACUGCUGAUCUGAAGAAUGAGCUUAAAGCAGCUUUGUACUCCAUCAUUCAUUGUGAACAGCAGGUCCUGACCUUAGAACAGCCAGGUACUCAGCUGUUUGAUAGGCCUCAGAGAUUACAGGUUAGCAGCACAGCUUCAAAGGAAAUGCUGUCGUCCAUGGUGGAGACAGUUACAGUUGCAGAGAGCGUUUCAGAUUUCACUGGACCAAAAACUCAUUCUGCUGCACUUGAGACUGAAGCUCAAGCAUUCUUCCAAAGUGCGAAAGCUCAAGAAUAUACCAUGAUGCAAGAAUCACAAGAAAUCUUUUACAAAGGCUCAGCGAGAUCUGAGGUAAUGAAAGUGGCCACAGAGUCAAAGUUCCAGGAGUCCAUGCAGAUGACCAGGCAGGAAGUCAAAACUGUGACAGUAAAAGGCCGUGAGAGAGAUGUGGGGGCAGCAGAUAUAACUACAGAUAUGCCUCUGGCACCAAUCCCAGCUGACCACACAGUAGACGUUGUUAUACAAAAAGAAAGAAGAGAGGAGUUUCUGAAAGAGGAAGUUGUUAUAACAAAGCCCCCAGAAAAACAGACCAAAGAUUACCCUAUCAUAGAAACUUUUCUGGAAGACAUUACCAUAGACGAGCAUAGCAAGGUUACAUUCUCUGUAAUUAUAAAAUAUGCUAAAAAGGUCAACUGGCUUUUCAAUGGAAAAUUGGUUAAAUCUGGCAAGGAGUUCCGAUGUUCAAAGGAUCAUGAUACUUAUACGCUCGUAAUUGACAAGGUUAUCAAGGAGAAGCACCAAGGAGAAUUUAUCUGUGAGGCUGUGAAUGAAGCUGGCAAGACUUCAACAUCAUCGAAACUCACAGUUGUCUUAAGAGUGCCACCCGUUUUUAGGCAUAAAAUCCAGCCCCUGGAAAUAAAUCUUGGCAGCAAUGCCAAGUUUGAGUGCGAGAUUGAGGAAGCUCCAAAUGUGAAGUUCAAGUGGUACAAGUCUGGCACUGAGCUCAGAGACAGCGAGAAGUGCAGGAUCCUUAGUCGGUACCACACCUCUUCGAUGGAGCUGCUGAACCCAACCAAAGCCGACAGCGCUGAAUAUACUUGCAAAGCCACCAACCAACAUGGCAGUGACAGCUGCUCGGCUUCCCUCACAGUGACUGAAGUUUUUCCACCUGUCUUUGUUACUAAGCCUGACCCAAUGACCGUAUAUGUGGGAAAACAAGCAAGACUUCAGUGUGUAGUUACCGGCUCCUCCCCAAUGAAUGUUGUGUGGCAAAAAGGCAAUGUUGCCAUUUCCUCAGAGGGAAACUUCAAAAUCCUCUCUGAAAAGAACAAGCACACUCUUGAAAUUCUGAAUCUUCAACUCACUGAUCAGGGCACAUACCUUUGCAAAGCAUCUAACAGCGUGGGAACAGACAUAUGCAGCACAGAACUGAGAGUGAUUAACAAGCCCAGCUUUGUUAAAACCUUUGAGUCAGUGGCAGUAGCUGUGGGCAACCCACUGCGGCUUGAGUGUCAGGUGGAUGAAGACACUGGUGUGGUCAUCACCUGGACCAGGGAUGGCAAGAAGCUGCAUCACACCAUGGAUCACAAAAUUUCUUUUGAAGACAAGAUUGCCACUCUUGAAAUUCCAUAUGCACAACUUAAAGAUACAGGGAUGUAUGUCUGCACUGCUGCAAAUGAUGCUGGAAGCAGUAACUGUUCUUCCAUGGUAACUGUGCAAGAGCCCCCAACCUUUGUUAAAAGACUGGAACCAAAGAUCCUUUGGAAACAGGGUGUGACUGCACGCAUGCAGUGCACAGUUAAAGGCUCACCGGAACUCCACGUCACCUGGUUCAUGAACGACAAAGAAAUAAGCAGUGGAGAGAAAUACAAAAUCACCUUCAAGGGUGGCCUUGCUGUCUUAGAGAUCAAGGAAAUUUUUGUGGAAGACAGUGGAAAUUACACCUGUGAAGUGUUAAAUGAAGCUGGAUGUGAAAGUUGCAGUACUCAGUUAACUGUAAAAGAACCCCCUUCCUUCAAAAAGGAAUUGCAAAUGGUAGAAGUAGUAAGAGGAAGCACUGCUAUAUUUGAAUGUGAAGUUGCUGGUACUACUCCCUUUGAAAUCACUUGGUUUAAGAAUAGAAAACAAGUUACAACUGAUAAAAAGUACAGAAUUGUCUCCCAAGCUGCCACUGCCUGUUUGGAGAUCAGUUCAUUUGAAAGUGCAGAUGUUGGAGAUUACCAAUGUGUGGUAUCAAAUGAUGUUGGGAAAAUCUCUGGCAAAUCAUCUGCUAAACUGAAAGAGCCACCAUCUUUCUCAAAGAGAAUUGAAAACACUUCAGCAGUUUUGGGCAGUACUGUUAGACUACAAGGCACUCUAAAAGGGUCAUUACCAAUCAAGGUCACAUGGAUGAAGGAUUCUGAAAUACUGAGAGAUGAUGAUUCUAAUGUAAAAAUGGAAUUUGAGAACAAUGUCGCCGUUCUGACAGUUGUGACUGUUAAUAUAACUCAUAGUGGCAAAUACACCUGCCAAGCUGAAAAUGAAGCUGGGAAACAAAAAUGUGAAGCCACAUUAUCAGUUCAAGAACCGGCUAGAAUUGUAGACAAAACUCCAUCCAUUAGCGUGACAGCAGGAGACCCAGCAUCUAUAGAGUGCACAGUAGCAGGAAGCCCGGAGCUCAAAGUGAAGUGGUUCCGUGAUGGAAAGGAAAUAACAGCCGGCCGUAAAUAUAAAAUGACCUUUAAAGAUAAUGUGGCCACCCUAAAAAUUCUUGCAGCAGAAAAAGGAGACAGCUGUGAAUAUAUGGUGGAAGUAGCCAAUCGUGUAGGAAAAGACCAGUGUUCUUCUUCUGUUACUGUGCUAGAUCGAAUCAUACCACCAACCUUCACAAAACUUCUUAAAAAAGUUGAUGGAAUUCUUGGCUCCAAUGUCAGUAUGGAAUGUAAAGUCUCUGGCUCUCAGCCAAUGACUGUUUCUUGGUACAAAGAUGAGACUGAAAUCACAACUGGUGGAAAAUACCAAACAGAAUUCACAGAAAGCACUGCAACUUUGGAAAUCAAGGAAUUAGAAAAGUCUGAUGCUGGAAUAUAUACUUGUCGUGCAACUAAUUCAGCAGGAACCCGUGAGACAAGUGGAACUGUAUCUGUAAAAGAACCUCCAACCUUCACAAUAAAGCCAGACUCCCAAAAUGUCAUACCAGGAGCAAAAGUUACUCUUAAGAGUGCUUUCACUGGCACAGCACCAUUUACCAUUAAGUGGUUCAAAGGGGACAAGGAAAUGUCCACUGGAGGAACAUGUUUUAUCAAGAAAGAUGCAUCCUCAAGUUCACUGGAGCUUCACUCUGUGAAACCAACUGAUUCAGAUACCUACACUUGCCAAGUUGCCAAUGAUGCUGGGAAGGUGACAUGCACCGCUACCUUGUUUGUAAAAGAACCUCCAAAGUUCGUGAAGAAGCUUGAAUAUUCAAAACUUAUAAUGAAGGGAAGUCCUGUUGUUUUGGAAUGUAAAGUAACUGGCAGUCCUGUGAUUACAAUUAAGUGGUUCAAGAAUGACACUGAAAUCAGCUCACAUGAUAAGUGCAAAAUGACCUUCACGGACUCAGUGGCUUCCCUGGAAAUUGAUGCCAGUGUUGUUGAUGAUAGUGGGGAGUACAUUUGUGAAGCAUCUAGUGAAGCUGGCAGUGACCGUUGUAAAAGUAUAAUUACAAUCAAAGAACCGCCCACCUUUACAAAGGUUUUGGAAUCCAUGGAAGUUGUCAGAGGGUCUGAUGUUGUGCUGGAGGGAAAUGUUUCUGGCUCAGCUCCAUUUGAAAUUUCAUGGUAUAAAGAUAGUAAACCAAUUAGAAAUGAUAGGAAACACAAGAUAAGUUCACAAAAUGACACAGUUAACCUCAAUAUUCUAAAAUGUGAAGCAGCAGAUAUUGGAACAUAUCAAUGCACUGUUACAAAUGAAGUGGGAACAUCUUCAUGUGAUUGCCACGUGACACUGAAAGAACCACCAUCCUUUGUGCAGAAGAUAGAAAACAUAAGUUGCCUUGUCGGCAGUGAAAUUAAAAUGCAAUGUAUACUAAAAGGAUCAUUGCCAAUCACUGUAUCAUGGAUAAAGGAUGAUCGUGAGGUUAAAGACGAUGAAAAUAUAAGAAUGUCCUAUGAGGAUGAAACUGCAAUACUGCAAAUAACAAAUAUUCAGAUAAAUCAUAGUGGAAAGUACACUUGUCAGGCAAAGAAUGAAGCUGGCAGUCAGAAAUGUACUGCUUCAUUGGUUGUUAAAGAACCAGCAAACAUUACAGAACAAGCAAAGUCGAUUAGUGUUACUGCUGGGGAUCCAGCCACACUGGAGUGCAGGUUCUCGGGAACCAAAGUCCUGAAAGCAAAAUGGCUGAGGAAUGGAAAGGAGUUGAUAUCAGGCCAAAAAUAUAAAGUGCUCAGCACAGAAAAGAGCUCCAUGUUAAAAAUCCUAGCUACAGAAAAGAGUGACAGUGGAGAGUAUAUGUUUGAGGUCUCCAAUGAUGUUGGUAGCAGCACGUGUGAAGCUACAAUUACUGUUCUAGAACCGCCAACUAUUUUAGAAAAGCCAGACUCAAUGGAUGUCUUGCCUGGAGCAAGAGUGCAAUUAAGUGUACUUUUAAGUGGCACUCCACCAUUGACCAUCAAGUGGUUUAAAAACAAUAAGGAGGUUUUGUCUGGCCGUGAGUGCUUAGUUCAGAAGGACAACACCUCAACUUCACUGGAGCUCUUUUUUGCCAAGACCUCAGACUCUGGAGAUUACUCUUGUGAGAUCACUAAUGAUGUUGGCUCUGAUUCCUGCAAAGUUACCCUCUUUGUCAAAGAGCCUCCAAAAUUUUUGUCAGUACCGGAGAGUGUAACAGUGGUGAAAUCAGGACAGCCAAAGAGAUUUGAAUGCCAGGUAGCUGGCACUCCUGAAAUUGAUAUCUACUGGUUCAGAGAUGGCAAUGAGAUCAGUCCCAGUGACAAAUAUAAGAUGUCUUUUGUGAACUCCAUGGCAAGCUUGGAGAUACUCAGAACCGAUACAAAAGAUAGUGGAAUGUAUUACUGCGAGGCACGAAACGAUGCUGGUAGUGAGAGCUGCAGCAUGGAUUUGAAAGUGAAAGAGCCUCCAACCUUUGUGAAGGAAUUAAUACCCCUUGAAGUUGUAAAUGGCUCUGAUGCAUUCUUUCAAUGCCAAGUUACAGGAACAGCUCCAUUUGAGUUUACUUGGCACAAGGAUGCCAAGGAAAUCAAGUCAAGUAAAAGGCAUAUUGUUUCACAAAGUAAUGGUUUUAUAAGCCUGGAGAUACAGAAAUGUGAGGUUUUAGAUGUUGGUGAAUAUAAGUGCACUGUUGCAAAUGAGGUGGGAAGUUGCACUUGCAGGACUGCACUCCGUAUGAAAGAGCCACCAUCAUUUGUAAAGAAGAUCCAAAAUGUGGCCACUGUGUUGGGAGGUGUGGCCGAAUUUCAGUGUGUUGUGACAGGGUCACCACCAUUGUCUGUGCAAUGGCAAAAAGAUAAUGAUUGGAUCUUGGAGGAUCCUAAUAUUGAGAGGAAAUUUGAGGGCAAUGUUGCCUCUUUAAGAAUUGCUGUCUCUGAAGCCUGUCACAGUGGGAGAUAUACCUGUCAGGUCAUGAAUGAGGCAGGACAGGAGAAGAGCUUUGCAACUCUUCUGGUGCAAGAACCACCUCAGAUUACAGAGAAGCCAGAAACAAUAAAUGUGACCGCUGGUGAUCCAGUCAGUAUGGAGUGCAAGGUGUCAGGCACUCCUGAACUCAGAGUCAGGUGGCUAAAAGAUGGCGAGGAGCUCACGCCCAGUAGACAACAUAAACUCAGUUUUGUGAAUAAUGUCAGUAGUCUUAAAAUUCAGUCUGCACAAAUAAACAAUGGUGGAAACUAUACAUUUGAGGUCACCAAUGACUUUGGAGUGUGCAGCUGCAAAAUUACAUUGGUUGUUUUAGAGCAAAUUAUUGCUCCAUCCUUCCUAAAACCAUUGACAGAAAUGUGGGAGGUUUUGGGAUCUUGUGUGCGACUUGAAUGCAAAGUUUCUGGUUCUCUUCCAAUGUCUGUGGAAUGGAGAAAAGACAGGAAUGUCAUUACUGAUACAGCAAAGCCCAAGCUUGCUCAGGAAGAUAACACUGUGUCCUUGGAGAUCGAGCACUUGGAGAAAGCUGAUGCUGGGACAUAUGCUUGUAAACUAUCAAACAAAGCAGGAAGUUGUGAGUGCAGCGCGGCAUUGAUGGUGAAAGAGCCACCAAGCUUUGUGUCAAAACUGGAAUCCCAGGCUGUUCUCCCCAAAUCUACUGUUUCUCUGAAGUGUACCUUGAAAGGAACACCACCAUUUAUGGUGAAAUGGUUCAAGGAUGGUACAGAAUUGUUAACUGGACCAAACUGUUCUGCUGGACUGGAGGGCUUCUCAUGCUUUUUAGAGCUUUAUUCUGUUGGGAUUUCACAAAGUGGAAGUUACGAUUGCCAAGUGAGCAAUGACGCUGGUGUUGCAAGAUGCACCGCCAAUAUAUUGGUGAAAGAACCACCUGAAUUUGUGCUGAAACUGCCACCAACUAAGUAUGUGAAGCAGUGUGAGCCACUCCGUCUUGAAUGCAAAGUGACUGGCACACCUUCACUUCGAAUGUGCUGGUACAAAAAUGACAACAGGCUCACAGAGGGAGACAACUACAGGAUGUCAUUUGUUGAGUCAAUGGCAGCCCUUGAGAUUCUCACCACAAGAUUUGAGGACAGUGGCAUCUAUACGUGUGAAGCGCAGAAUGAUGCUGGGAGCAUCAGCUGUAGCACCACACUAACAGUCAAAGAUCCACCAUCCUUCCUCAAAGUACCUAAACCUGUGGAGGCUACAAAGGGCAAAGACGUCAGUCUUAAUUGCGAAUUGUAUGGUACCCCACCCUUUGAGAUAACAUGGUACAAAGACAAAAUACCUCUAAAGGAAAGCAGGAAGUACAAGUUGGUACAUGAUGGUUGCUUUGCUACUUUACAUAUUCUUAAUAUGGAGGCCUCUGAUGUUGGAGAUUAUCAAUGCAAAGCUUCAAACUGUGUUGGAAGUGAAACCUGCAGUGCUUCAGUUAGUCUCAGAGAACCGCCCAGGUUUGUGAAGAAACUGUCCAAUUUGACAGCCAUUUCUGGUGAAAAAGUAAUGUUGGUCGCCACUGUGAAAGGAUCCCAACCAAUGACUGUGUCGUGGGUACAAGACAAAGAUCACAUCCUCAGAGAUGGUGACAAUCGAAAGAUUACCUUUGAGAACAACCAGGUGACCCUGACUAUCUUUAAGGCUGAUGCAACCUCCCCCGGGAAAUAUACUUGCCAACUUAAAAAUGAUGCUGGAGUAGCGGAGUCUGUUGCCAACAUAACUGUCCUAGAGCCUGCUUCUAUUGUGGAUAGACCAGAGUCCUUCAGUGUCACUGCAGGUGAAACAGCUACACUAGAAUGCACUGUAGCUGGGACACCAGAACUGAAGCCAAAAUGGUUCAAGGAUGGUGUAGAACUGUCUUCUGGAAGGAAGUACAAGAUUUCCUUCUCUAAAAUGAUCUCCAGUCUAAAGAUUCUGUCAGCAGAGAGUGGUGACACUGGAGAAUAUUCUUUUGAGGUUAAGAACGAGGUUGGCACAGAUGUCUGCAAAAUGUCUCUCACUGUACUAGAUAAAGUUAUGCCCCCCACAUUCACACGGAAAUUAAAGGAUACUCACACAAUUGUGGGUAAACCUGGUGAAAUGGACUGCAAAGUUUCAGGCUCACCACCUUUCACUAUCUAUUGGUACCAUGAUGGACAAGAGAUUAGAAGUGGGCCAAAUCAUGAAAUUUCUUUUAGUGACAAUACCUGCACCUUGAAAGUUCCCACUCUUAAGAUGACAGAUUCUGGGAUGUACAAAUGCAAAGCCAUAAACACGGCUGGUGCCAGUGAGACCAGUGCUACUUUAUUUGUGAAAGAACCUCCCUCUUUUGUGACACCGCCACAACCUAUGGAAGCUAUGCCUGGCAGAAAUGUUACGUUUUCUGCGACUGUCAAAGGAAGCUCCCCUCUGAAACUGAAAUGGUUCAGGGGCAGCCAGGAGAUAGUGUCUGGAAGGGGUUGUCAAAUUGCCUUACAGGGCGAUAUAGCAACUCUGGAACUUUUCAAAAUCGACAAAUCCCAUGCUGGAGAGUACACAUGUCAAAUCAUUAAUGAUGCUGGAAAAGAAAAUUGCACCGUCAAUCUGUUUGUGAAAGAACCUGCACACUUUGUGAAGAAAUUGAGAGACCAUGCUGUUGAAAUAGGAAAAUCACUGUUGCUUGAAUGCACAUACGCUGGAACCCCAGAAAUACAUGUGAAAUGGCUCAAGGAUGGCCAUGAAAUCUAUUCUUCUUAUAAAUACAACAUCACAACCACUGAGAACUCCUGCAUAUUGGAGUGUCUCAACAGUGAUAAAGAUGCUUCUGGAAGAUACUCUUGCGAAGUUUCCAAUGCAGCUGGAAGUGACACCUGUCAUGCUCAAGUGUCCAUAUUAGAACCACCACACUUUAUUGAGAAUCUGGAACCAAUGGAUGUGACUGCAGGAGAGGCAGUUUGCCUCAAAUGCAAAAUUGGAGGCACACCUGAAAUAAAAGUUUCCUGGUUUAAGGGAGAUGCAAAAAUCCGAUCCACAGCUACCUGCAAAAUGGAAUACACUGGUGGAUAUGCCUCUUUAAAACUAAGCAACACUACCAAAGCUGAUGCUGGAGAAUACACCUGCAAAGCUGAAAACAACAUAGGAUCUGCCGGCUCAAGCUGUCGUUUAUCUGUGCAAGAUGUCAAAACACCACCAUGCUUCACUAUGAAAAUAAAGAGUCUCCAGCAGACUGAAGGACAGCCAGUUAUAUUUGAGUGCCGCAUUGCAGGGUCCUCUCCUAUGGAGGUCUCUUGGCUUAAAGAUGGCAAUCCUUUGAGAUACGAUAACGAAUACUCAAUGUCUUUUGAUGAUAACUCUGCUGUCCUAAAAAUUGCCAGAGGUGAAAUGAGACAUUCAGGGGAAUACACAUGUGUAGCUACCAAUAGCGUUGGGACAGCUUCUUGUAGAGCCAAGCUCACACUUCAAGAGCCAAGAUAUCCUCCAAUUUUUGAUAAAAAGCUGUUGCCUGUGGAUGUUACAGUCGGAGACAGUGUGCAACUUGAAUGCCACAUGACUGGAUCUUUGCCAAUAAAGGUUACAUGGUCAAAGAAUCAUAAAGACAUCCGUGCAGGGGGAAAUUACACAAUCUCCUGUGUGGAUAACACCCCACGGUUGACCAUUCUGAAAGCAGAUAAAGCAGACUCUGGCCAGUACUCUUGCCAUGCUAGUAAUGAGGUCGGAAAGGACUCUUGUACCGCUGAAGUUUCUGUGAAAGAGCGCAAAAUCCCUCCUACUUUCACCAAAAAGCCGUCAGAAACCUUUGAGGACACAGAGGGCAAGCUGGUGAAGAUGGAAGCACGCGUGUCUGGAUCACAGCCCAUCAGCGUCAGCUGGUACAAAGAUGGACGUGAAAUCUACAGUAAUGACAACUGUGAAAUGUCCUUCAAGAACAACGUGGCAGUGCUGUGUAUCAAGAAGGCUCAGGUCUCUGAUGCUGGAAAAUAUUCCUGCCAGGCUUUCAAUGAAGCUGGAACAGCUUCCUGCCAGGUGUCAGUAGCCAUUACAGAGCACAAAACUCCUCCAGUCUUUGAUGAUCCUCUGAAACCGGUGACCAUGAAUGAAGGUGAGAGGCUGCACCUGAGCUGCCAUGUUCGUGGAUCCCCACCACUGAAGAUCCAAUGGAUGAAGGACAGGAGGGAGGUGAAGCCCUCUGACCACACCAGGAUUACGUUUGUAGAUGGCACUGCCACUUUGGAAAUCAGCUCUACUUCGAAAACAGAUGCUGGUGACUAUCUCUGCAAGGCGACCAAUGAUGCUGGAAGUGAAUUCUGCAAGUGCAAAGUGACAAUUAAAGAAAAAGGGAAAGGAGCACCAGCACCCACUGAACCUGCCCCGGCAGCUGCCAAACCUGUCAAGAAAUUGGACAACCUGUUUUUCAUUGAAGAGCCCAAGAGCGUCCAAGUGUCUGAGAAGAGCACUGCAACUUUCAUUGCCAAAGUUGGGGGGGAUCCCAUCCCUAAUGUUAAAUGGAUGAAGGGCAAGUGGAGGCAGAUCACUCAUGGUGGCCGAAUCACUGUUGAGCAGAAAGGACAAGAGGCAAAGCUGGAGAUCAGAGAAGUGACCAAAACUGAUUCUGGACAGUACAGGUGUAUCGCAUCCAACAAGCAUGGAGAGAUUGAAUGCAGCACAGACUUGAAUGUCAGUGAAAAGAAGGAGGUUGCAGCACUUGAGGGAGACUUCAGAGCUAAACUGAAGAAGACACCAUCCAAACAGAAGAGUCCACAGGAGGAGAAAGAAAUUGACAUAGUUGAAUUGCUGAGGAAUGUGGAUCCCAAAGAAUAUGAGAAGUAUGCUCGCAUGUAUGGGAUCACAGACUUCCGUGGACUUCUUCAAGCUAUUGAGUUCCUGAAGAAGGAGAGAGGGGAUGAAACUAGCAGAGUGGAAGUGGAACACGGAGGCAGGGAAUCAGACGAAGACUUGGCCCGACUUGUAUCCGACUUGCAGAAGAGAAUGGAACAGACAGAGCCUAUCACUCUGGUGAAAGACAUCACAGAUCAAACUACAGUCACAAAUAAAGAGGCUGUGUUUGAAUGUGAGAUCAAGAUCAACUACCCAGAAAUCAGUCUGUCCUGGUACAAGGGAACACAGAAGCUGGAAAGCAAUGAGAAGUAUGAAAUCAGCGUUGUAGGUGACCGCCACAUACUGAAAAUCAAGCGCUGUCAGCCUGGAGACCAGGGAAAUUACCGCAUUGUAUGUGGCCCUCACAUUUCCAGUGCCAAAUUGACAGUUGAAGCUGAAGUGGAGGAGUAUCUAAAGCCUGACAAACAAAUCCAUUUCACGAAGCGCAUCCAGAACAUUGUGGUGAGCGAGCGCCAGUCUGCGACCUUUGGAUGUGAAGUUUCUUUCGACAAUGCAGUCGUUACAUGGUACAAAGACACGUGGGAACUCAAAGAGAGCCCAAAGUACAGCUUUAGAAGUGAAGGCCGAAGUCACUUCAUGACCAUCCACAAUGUCACCUCAGAGGAUGAAGGCAUGUAUUCAGUGAUUGCACGAUUGGAACCCAGGGGUGAAGUUAAAAGCACUGCUGAACUUUAUCUGUCUGGCAAAGACAUUAAUGUAGGAAGGGCUCCUUAUGAUGUCCCUGAUUCAGCUUUACAAGUGCCUGAUAUGCCAUCUGCAGUUACCUCCAGAGAUAAGACUUCAGAAUACUUUUUUUACGAGGAGGAGACAGAAAUGAGAGAGUUUGAAAGUUGGACAGUUCGAGAAGAAAGAGUUACACAAGAAAUCUCUGCAACUCGAGCUCCACGGGCACCUGUUGAUGAAACUGUCCCAAGAACAACUGUAGAUUUGAGAGAGGAAGUGCCAAUCAAAGUUCCUGAAGCUUACAAGAAACCAGAACCUGAGCCUAGUAUCCCAGCUGUGCCUGAGGCACCAGCACCAACCAGAGUACCUGAAACCAGGAAGCCUGUGGAAGAAACGAUCACACCGGUAACUGUGCCUGAACGUAAAGAACGUCCAGCACCUCAAGAAUAUGAAGAGCCCAAGAAGAUUGUUCCUCCACCAGUUCCGACUCCUCCUCCCCCUGCUAAAGAUCAGGUCACUCCUCCAAAAGAAGAACCUGUACUUAUACCUCACGUGGCUCCUGAGCCCAAACCCCACGUAACACCAGAACCUAAAGAGGCACCUGCCAAGGUGGAACCUGAACCAAAGCCUGCACCCCCAAAGAAAGUUGAGGCACCCCCAUCCAAAGUUCCUGAGGAACCAGAGAAACCAGAACCACCAAAACCAGCACCACCUAAAAAACCAGAGCCAGCUAAAAAACCAGAGCCAGUGCCUACUGUUCCAAAGGAGGCUGCUCCAGAGAAAGUGCCAGAAACUCCCAUGAAGCAGGAAACACCACAAGUGGUUCCCAAGGAGGUUGCCCCCAAAAUUAAAGAAGUUGCUCCAGUAAAAGAAGAACCUGAAUUUAUACCUCAUGUGGCUCCUGAGCCCAAACCUCAUGUAACACCUGAACCUAAAGAGGCACCUGCCAAGGUUGUACCUGAACCAAAGCCUGCACCCCCAAAGAAAGUUGAGACACUCCCAUCCAAAGUGCCGGAGGAGGCAAAGAAACCAGAGCCACCUAAACCAGCACCACCUAAAAAACCAGAGCCAGUGCUUACUGCUCCAAAGGAGGCUGCUCCAGAGAAAGUGCCUGAGGUGGCAAAGAAACCAGAACCACCCAAACCAGCACCAACUAAAAAACCAGAGCCAGUGCCUACUGCUCCAAAGGAGGCUGCUCCAGAGAAAGUGCCUGAGGUGGCAAAGAAACCAGAACCACCAAAAGUAGAGCCAACUAAAAAACCAGAGCCAGUGCCUACUGUUCCAAAGGAGGCUGCUCCAGAGAAAGUGCCUGAGGUGGCAAAGAAACCAGAGUCACCCAAACCAGCACCAACUAAAAAACCAGAGCCAGUGCCUACUGUUCCAAAGGAGGCUGCUCCAGAGAAAGUGCCGGAGGUGGCAAAGAAACCAGAACCACCAAAACCAGCACCAACUAAAAAACCAGAGCCAGUGCCUACUGUUCCAAAGGAGGCUGCUCCAGAGAAAGUGCCUGAGUUGGCAAAGAAACCAGAGCCACCAAAACCAGCACCAACUAAAAAACCAGAGCCAGUGCCUACUGUUCCAAAGGAGGCUGCUCCAGAGAAAGUGCCUGAGGUGGCAAAGAAACCAGAACCACCCAAACCAGCACCAACUAAAAAACCAGAGCCAGUGCUUACUGCUCCAAAGGAGGCUGCUCCAGAGAAAGUGCCUGAGUUGGCAAAGAAACCAGAACCACCCAAACCAGCACCAACUAAAAAACCAGAGCCAGCUAAAAAACCAGAGCCAGUGCCUACUGUUCCAAAGGAGGCUGCUCCAGAGAAAGUGCCUGAGGUGGCAAAGAAACCAGAACCACCAAAAGUAGAGCCAACUAAAAAACCAGAGCCAGUGCCUACUGUUCCAAAGGAGGCUGCUCCAGAGAAAGUGCCUGAGGUUGCAAAGAAACCAGAACCACCAAAAGUAGAGCCAACUAAAAAACCAGAGCCAGUGCCUACUGUUCCAAAGGAGGCUGCUCCAGAGAAAGUAAAACAGAAAGAAGUUAAAGAAGUGCCUGUUCAGAAAAUUCCUUUGAUUGUGUCGAAAAAGGAAUUGGAUGUGACUCCUACCAAAGAACCGGAAAUGACCAAGAAGCCGGUGAAAAUCACGCCUACUGCACCCACUCCUAAAAUAGAAGCAGCACCUCAGAAAACAGAAACUCCUCCAGUGAAAGUGCACACAGCAGAGAAGAAAAUCUCACCUGAGGCACCAAAGCCUACCCCUGCUCAACUUGCAGAGAAAGUGUCUCUUCCACAAGUCUCAGAAGAAGUGAAAAUUGUUUCAGAAGCUCAAGAGCAAGAACAGCAAGUAAAACCAGUAACAGAUGAAGACAAAGGCCCGGUUACAGCUCCUGGACCAGCUCCAAAAGACAAACCAAGUGCAGCACCUGCUAUUCUUAAACAAAAAGGUAAAAUUCAUAUUGAGGAGGUGGAGACACUUGAAAUGCCAUCAUUGAAAAAAGUGACAAGACUAUCAAAGGAGAUAGAAGAUGAACAGGAAAUGAUAACCCUAAAGAAAGUGUCAAAGGUUUCCUCCGGAGAAUUUGAAGCAAAAACAGAUGUAACUCUUCAGAAAGUUGCAAGAAAAGCAACUUAUGAGGCAGAGGAGAGGACUCAUUUUGAAGCUACCAUAGAGGUCACAAAAACCAAAAGCUAUGAAGUUGAAGAACAAAUCCAGACAUUUAAGACCGCCACAAGAGCUGAAAAAGUACCCAGAGAUGAAGCCAAGGAAGCUAUAGAACAGGUCCCAUUGAAAAAGCCUAAAGAAGUGCCAGUGAAAGAUGUAAUUGAGGAGCCAAAGAAACCUUUAAAGAAAAUUGAUACUGACGUAAAAGAAACAGAAAAGGUGGGUUUAAAGAAGACUCCCAAGGUGCGUGAAGAGGAAGCGCCUCCAGAACCUACUUUAACUCUGAAAAAAGUGACAAAACUCACACCAGAGGUCUUAGACCAAGAAACUGUAAAACUGAAACCAUUUGAUAGGCCUGAUAAACCAAUGGUUGAGACGGGAAAAGAGAUAAAGACAGACAAAAUGGAGGGUGAACCUUUGGCUUUCAAGAAAAGUGAGAAACCGCAGAAAAGUGAAGCUGUUAAAAAGCCUGUUAUCGCUCAGAAGAAAACAAUCCCCACAGAUGAAAAGGAGAAAGAAGCUAUAAUCCUGAAACCAAUCGAUAAAACUCCUGAAGAAUCCCAGGAACCUGAGAAGACUAUCUCGAAAGUAAAGAGGAUACCAACACAGGAUCAGGAAAGGGAAAAAGUAGUAUUGAAGCCAUUUUCAAUGGAGGAGCCAGAGAAGGUUAAGAAGACAGAAUCACCUCGUCAACGUGAAGAGAAGCCAUCUCCUCCUAAAGCAGUUCCUGUGAAGAAAGAGAAAGAAAGCCCCAAACAGGAGGAAAAACCAGUGCAGCUUGAGAAGGUGGGACGCUUACCAAAAGAACCUGAGGACAAAGAGAAAGAAAUAUCGCUAAAGCCUGUGGAACUCACUAAACCAGGUCUGGAACCUAAAAAGACUCCUUCACCAAAGGUUGAGAAGCCAAAACCAAAAGAAAUUGAAUCAAUUCCUGUGGAGAAAAAACCCAGUGUAGAAAUAGCCAAAAAGCCACCAAAAGUGGUUACUCCCAAAGAGUCUGUUGAAAUAUCACUAAAACCUGUGGAACUCACGAAACCAGGCUUGGAACCUAAAAAGACUCCUUCACCGAAGGUUGACAAGCCAAAACCAAAGGAAAUUGAAUCAAUUCCUGUAGAGAGAAAACCCAGUGGAGAAAUUGCCAAAAAGCCAGCCAAAGUGGUUUCUCCCAAAGAGUCUAUUGAAUCCGUCAUCUUAAAAAAGGUUCCAAAGAAAGUACCAUCACCCGAGGAAAAGGCCACCCAAGAGGCUCCUCUCAAAAUUGGGAAAGGGAAAGUGCCAAUUAUAAAAGAACUGUCCCCUGAAUCAGUGCAGCUAAAGAAAAUUCCAACACAACUGGAGGAGGAAGUCUUUGAAGAAGAACCUGAGGUAGAGGAGGAGGACGAUGGGGAAACUUGGGGAUGGGAACUGGCUCCUCGUGAAAGUUAUGGAUCAUCAGAAGACUGGGAAGAUGCAGCCUCAGAGGAGGGGGCACUUGAGACUCCAGGAACGAAGGGUGACAGACGAGAAGGGAAACCUAAAGAAGAACCAGGCAAAGGCAGGGGUGGCAUCAGACCAAGACAAACCCCCUCACCUGGUGAUGCAGACAAGAGGAGAGGCCUGAAGCCUGGUGCUGGAGGUGACAAACCUCCUGCGGAUUCACCAUUUGGAUUCCAGCUCAAGGCUGUCCCACUGAAGUUUGUGAAAGAGCUAAAAGACAUUGUGUUACAGGAAGCUGAGUCCAUUGGCUCCUCAGCUGUUUUUGAAUGUCAGAUCUCACCUUCUACUGCUGUCACCACAUGGAUGAAAGAUGGAAGCAACUUGAGGGAGAGCCCUAAACACAAGUUUACCUCAGAUGGCAAGGACCGUAAGCUGGCAAUUAUUGAUGUCCAGCUGUCAGACACUGGUGAAUACACUUGUGUCGCCAAGCUUGGCAACAAAGAAAAGACCUCAACUGCCAAACUUAUUGUUGAAGAACUGCCUGUGAAAUUCACAAAGACGUUGGAACCAGAGAUGUCAGUGAUCAAGGGACAACCUAUGUACCUGACCUGUGAGUUGAGCAAAGACAGAGAUGUGGUCUGGAAGAAGAACGGUAAGCCUCUUGAAGUGAUUCCAGGCAAGGUGGCUAUCAAUGUCAUUGGACUCCAACGUGCUGUGACCAUCCAGGACUCGGGUGAUGAUGAUGCUGGUGUUUACACAUGCGAAUGUGAAAACAUCAAGACAGAAGGAGAUGUCAAAGUCAUCGAAAUCAUCAGAGACUGGUUGGUGAAACCACUGAGAGACCAGCAUGUAAAACCCAAGGCCACCGCCACCUUCAAAUGCGAGCUCUUUAAAGAUACUCCCAACUGGAAGUGGUUCAAAGAAGACACAGAGAUUCCCACUGAUCCCACUGAUAAGACUGAAGUCAAGAAGGAUGGAAGGGAUCUCACUCUGAUCAUUAAGAAUGCUGCUCCAGAUGAUGUAGGGGAAUAUGCCGUGGAGGUUGAAGGUCGCAGAUAUGCAGCUAAGCUAACUCUUGGAGAGCGUGAAGCUGAGAUCUUGAAGCCUCUCUCCAGUGUGGAGGUCUAUGAGAAACAGAGUGCCAGCUUUGAUACUGAAAUUUCUGAAGAAGACGUUCCUGGUGAAUGGAAACUUAAAGGGCAACUUUUGACAAGAUCACCAACUUGUGACAUCAAAACAGAGGGCAAGAAGCGCUUCCUCACUCUGAAAAAUCUCCAAGUUGACCAGUCUGGCGAAGUCUCUUACCAAGCCCUAAAUGCCGUUACUAGUGCAGUACUGACAGUGAAAGAGAUUGAAAUGGACUUCACUGUUCCACUUAAGGAUGUUACUGUGCUCGAAAAGAAGCAGGCUAAAUUUGAGUGUACAAUCACAAGGGAUGUCCCCAAGGUUAUGUGGACGAAGGGUUCUGACAUCAUCACAUCAGGCAGAAAACAUGAGAUCAUUGAUGAUGGGAAGAAACACAUUCUGCUCAUCAAUAAUUGUGACUUUGAUGAUGAAGGACAUUAUGCUAUUGAAGUAUUAGGCAAAAAGUCAAUAGCCAAACUGACAGUGGAAGGUAUGAGGCUCAAGUUUACCACACCAUUAAAGGACCAAACGGUGAAGGAAGGUAAUACAGCUCAGUUUGAGGUUGAGCUCUCUCAUGAGAAUGUACCGGUGACAUGGUACAGAAAUGAAACAAAACUGCAUCCAAGCCGAACUGUGCUUACUCGUGUUGAUGGAAACAGACAUAUAUUAGAAAUCCAGGAUGUCACUCUAGAUGACAUUUGCCAAAUUAAGGCAGAGGCUAAAGGAAUAUCCACAGUUGCUAAGCUGAUGGUGAUAGAGGGUGAUGCAUACUUCACGGUUAAGUUGCAAGAUUUUACUGCUGUUGAGAGAGACGAGGUCAUUCUGGAUUGUGAGCUGAGCAAGAGCGUGCCUGUGAAGUGGUACCAUAAUGAGACUGAAAUCAAAGCUUCUAAGAUGGUCACCAUGAAGGCUGAUGGCAAACGGAGAAUCCUGUCCAUUAAGAGAGUGGAAAACAAAGAUAAAGGAAAUUAUGUAUGUGAUUGUGGGACAGACAAGACAAUGGCAAAUAUCAGUAUUGAAGCUCGUGAUAUCAAGGUGGUCCGUCCCUUGUAUGGUGUGGAGCUCUUUGAUGGAGAGACAGCUCGUUUUGAGGUGGAAAUCUCUGAAACUGAUGUCCAUGCCCAGUGGAAGCUGAAGGGAGAAGUCUUGACCCCUUCCCUUGAUGUUGAAAUUGUUGAAGAUGGUACCAAGCAUGUCUUGACAUUAUACAACUGCAAGAUUCCCCAGACAGGAGAAGUGUCAUUCCAGGCUGCUAAUGCUAAAUGCGCAGCUAAUCUAAAAGUGAAAGAGCUCCCGCUCACCUUCAUAACUCCUCUGUCUGAUGUACAAGUGUAUGAGAAAGAUGAGGCAAGGUUUGAGUGUGAAGUGUCCCGGGAGGCCAAGAGCUUCCGUUGGCUGAAAGGAACCCAGGAGGUGAAGGAUGAUGAGAAGUUUAAAAUUCUUCAUGAAGGAAAGAGGCACACUCUGGUGGUAAAGUCUGCUGCCUAUGAGGAUGAAGCCAAAUAUAUGUUUGAGGCCGAGGACAAGAGAACCACUGGCAAAUUGAUCAUCCAAGGAAUUCGCCUUGAGUUUAUCAAACCCAUCAAAGAUGUCACAGUCAAAGAGCGUGAGACGGCAGAGUUCAGUAUUGAACUUUCUCAUGAGAAGGUCCCAGUCACCUGGUAUAAAAACGAUGUGCGUCUGCACCCCAGCAAAGUGGUGCACAUGUCAGAGGACGGCAAGGUCCACACCCUGGCCUUCAAAGAGGUAUCCAUUGAUGACACUUCCCUCAUUAAGGUGGAGGCACUCGGAAAAAGCUCAGAGGCUAUGCUCACCGUCCUUGAGGGAGAGCCCUACUUCAUCACUAAAUUGCAGGAUUACACAGCUGUAGAGAAGGAUGAGGUGGUGCUGGUGUGUGAACUGAGCAAGCCUGCCGCUGAGGUGAAAUGGUUCAAGGAUGGCAAGGAGAUCAUCCCCUCCAAGAACGUCAUCAUCAAAGCUGAGGGAAAGAAGCGCAUGCUGAUUGUGAAGAAGGCAGAGAAGGGCAACAUCGGCGAAUACACUUGCGACUGCGGUUCAGACAAGACCACUGCUAAACUCAACAUAGAGGACCGUGAUAUCAAGAUCAUCCGUCCUCUGUACAGCGUAGAAGUGACAGAGACUGAGACUGCUCGCUUUGAGACAGAAAUCUCAGAGGAAGAUGUCCAUGGUCACUGGAAGCUCAACGGAGAGGCCCUUCACCAGUCUCCUGACUGUGAGAAAAAGGAAGAAGGCACCAAGCACAUGCUUAUCCUGUACAAUGUGCGCAUGGACCAGGCUGGUACUGUAGACUUCCAGGCUGCGAAUGCUAAAUCCAGUGCUCAGCUCAGAGUUAAAGCACGGGUGAUUGGCCUCCUACGGCACCUCAAGGAUGUUACAGUUACUGCCGGGGAGACAGCCACCUUUGACUGCGAACUCUCCUAUGAAGGAAUCAAAGUGGAAUGGUUCCUUGGGAGCACUAAGCUGGAGCCAAGUGACAGAAUUGUCACUCGUGCAGAAGGCAGAGUUCACACGCUGACUCUUAGGGAUGUGAAGAUGACAGAGGCUGGAGAAGUCAAACUGACCGCUAAAGACUUCAUGACCAAGGCCAAGCUCAUUGUAAAAGAGCCACCAGUUGAGUUCACCAAACCCCUGGAGGAUCAGACCGUUGAGGAGGAGGCCACUGCCACUAUGGAGUGUGAAGUGUCCAGAGAAAAUGCUGAAGUCACCUGGUACAGAGAAGGACAGGAGAUCCGCAAGACUAAGAAGCACGAGAUGGUGGCUGAUGGCCGAAAGAGAAGACUCAUCAUUCACAGCUGUACACCUGAUGAUUCAAAGACAUACACUUGUGAUGCCAAAGAUUUCAAGACGUCUGCCUUCCUCAGUGUUGAGCCUCCACAUGUUGAGUUCACUAAGCCACUCCAUGAUGUUGAGGUCAAAGAGAAGGAAUCUGCCAAAUUUGAAUGUGAAGUUUCUCGUGAAAGUGCAAAGGUGCGAUGGUUCAAGGAUGGCAGUGAAAUCAGAAAGGGCAAGAAGUAUGAGAUCAUUGCGAAGGGUGUCCAACGCAUUCUUAUUAUCAACAAGUCAGUCUUUGAUGAUGAGGCUGAAUAUGAAUGUGACGCAAGGACCGCCAAAACCUCUGGCAUGCUUACUGUCAUUGAGGAAGAGGCUGUGUUCACAAAGAAUCUGUCCGAUGUUGAGGGUACCGAAACAGACAGCAUUAAGAUGAUUUGUGAGGUUUCAAAGCCCAGUGCAGAGGUCACAUGGUACAAGGGUGACCAAGAGCUACCUGAGGGUGGUAGAUAUGAACAAUUUAUGGAUGGCAAAAAGAGGAUACUCAUCAUCCAGGACCUUCGCAUGGAUGACAGUGGAGAGUAUAACUGCAGACUGCCCAGCUCAAGAACCUCAGCAACACUAAGAAUUAAUGAACUGGCAGCUGAGUUUAUUUCCAGGCCUCAGAGCCAAGAAGUUGUUGAAGGUGAAAAGGCAGAAUUUGCCUGCUCAGUCUCCAAGGAAUCAUAUGAAGUCAAAUGGCUCAAGGGUGACAAGCAACUUGAAGCUGGUGACAAGUAUGAUAUUAUCUCUGAUGGGAAAAGAAGAGUACUUGUUGUCAAAAACUGUGAGCUAAAGGAUGAGGGAGGCUAUGUUGUCCUCAUUGGUUCCACAAGAGCUAGUGCGGACCUGCUUGUGAUUGAAAAACUCAGGAUAAUCACACCUAUCAGAGACACACAAGCAAAGGAAGGUGAAGAGAUUGUCUUCAACUGUGAAGUGAACACUGAUGGGGCUAAAGCCAAGUGGCUCAAAAAUGAUGAGACACUGUUUGAGAGCGGCAAGUUCAUAAUGGUCCAAAAAGACACUGUCUUCUCUUUGAGGAUCAAAGAUGCUCAGAAGUCAGAUGAAGCCAACUAUACAAUCACACUUACAAAUCAUCGUGGUGAACAUGCCAAAAGCUCUGCAAAACUCAGUGUACAAGAGGAAGAUAUUAGGAUCAUUGACCCACUUGAAGAUUGUGAGACCCAGGAGAAGAAAACCAUAACCUUCUCUUGCAAGGUCAACAGACCCAAUGUGACAGUUAAAUGGAUGAAGGGUGGCCAAGAGCUCACCUUUGAUAAGCGCGUAAUAUACAGAGUGGACAAGAACAAGCAUACGCUGACUAUCAAGGACUGCAGCCUUGCAGAUGAGGGCGAGUACACAGCUAUGGCUGGUUCUGACAAGUCCACAGCAGAAUUAAUUAUUAGUGAGGCACCCACCGAUUUCACUACCCAACUCAAAGACCAGACUGUCACUGAGUUUGAGGAUGCUGAGUUCACCUGCCAGCUCUCCAAAGAGAGGGCCGAAGUCAAAUGGUACAAGAAUGGCCGUGAAAUCAGAGAAGGACCAAGAUACCAUUUUGAGAAAGAUGGAAAGAUAUGCAGACUGCACAUCAAGGAGUGCAGACCAGAUGAUGAAUGUGAAUAUGCCUGUGGUGUGGAUCAGACACGCUCAAGGGCCAGGCUCUUUGUUGAAGAAACACCAGUUGAGAUCAUCAGACCCCCAUCAGAUAUAUUUGAACCCCCUGGUUCAGAUGUUGUGUUCGAGGCUGAGCUGAAUAAAGACCGAGUUGAGGUCAAAUGGCUGAGGAACAACAUGAUCAUUGUCCAAGGUGACAAGUACCAGAUGAUGAGUGAGGGCAAAGUUCACAGGCUUCAGGUCUGUGAAAUCCGGCCUCGUGACCAGGGCGAGUACAGAAUCAUUGCUAAGGACAAGGAUGCCAGAGCUAAGCUGGAACUGGCAGCUGUGCCAAAGAUCAAGACCACAGAUCAGAACCUGGUGACGGAUGCUGGAAAGCCCUUCACCAUGACGGUUCCCUAUGAUGCUUACCCCCGUGCUGAGGCUGAGUGGUUUUUCAAUGACGUCAGCCUACCAAAGCAGAACAUUGACACGUCUCCUGACCGAACAGAGUACAGGCUGAAGGACCCUAAGAAGUCUGAUCAGGGCCGAUACAAGAUUGUGAUUCAGAACAAACACGGAAAGGGACAGGCAUUCAUCAAUCUGGAUGUUAUUGAUGUUCCUGGGCCUGUGAAGAACCUUAAAGUUGUGGACACAGCCGACGGUGAGGUCAGUCUUGCCUGGGACGAGCCUGACAGUGAUGGUGGCAGCAAGAUCAUCGCCUAUGUGGUGGAGAGACGUGAUGUGAAGCGCAAGACUUGGGCGAUGGCCACUGACCGUGCAGACAUUCCCGAGUACUGUGUUUCUGGACUACAAAGGGACUCAAUGUACCUUUUCCGUGUCUGUGCUCGCAACAGAGUGGGCAGUGGACAGACAGUAGAGACGGACACACCUGUUCAAGCCAAGAACAAGUUUGAUGUCCCUGAUGCACCACAGAAUGUCAUGGUAGGAAAUGUUAACAGGUAUGGUGCCACAGUCUCCUGGGAACCUCCACUGUCUGACGGUGGAUCUGAGAUCACUGCUUACAUCAUUGAGCUUCGAGACAGGACCUCAGUGCGGUGGGAACCAGCUCUCGUUACCAAACCUGAGGACCGCACAGCUGUCAUCAAUGAUGUUGUGGAGAACAAGGAGUACAUCUUCCGUGUCAGAGCUGAAAACAAGGCUGGAAUUGGGAAGCCAAGUACUGCCACUGAUCCAGUGAAGAUCAUGGAUCCCAUUGAGAGGCCAAGCCCACCACUGAAUUUCAUCUACUCACACCAGACCAGGGACUCAGUUCAGCUAACAUGGGACACACCCUUGAGCAAUGGGGGUAGUAUGAUCACAGGUUAUAUAAUUGAAAAGUGUGAGGAGGGAAGCGACAAGUGGCUUAGAUGCAAUGCCAGGCUCUGCCAGGACCUUUGCUUCAAGGUAUCUGGCCUGAAACAAGGCCAGAAGUACCUCUACAGAGUGUCUGCAGAGAAUGCAGCUGGAGUUUCAGACCCAGCUGAACAGAUUGGACCUCUGCUGGCAGACGAUCCACAUGUGGCUCCUUCUAUGGAUCUCAAUGCAUUCAAGGAUGGCCUGGAGGUCAUUGUCCCUCAUCCUCUCACUAUUCGCAUCCCCAUUACUGGAUACCCCAUCCCCACGGCCAAGUGGAGUAUGGGAGACAAGGUGUUGGAAAGUGGAGACCGUGUGUCCAUGGCAACAAAGGCACACUUCACAGAGCUGGUUAUCACUCCCAGUGUGCGCCCAGACAAAGGGGUUUACACAGUGCAGCUGGAGAACGAUGUCACCUCAAUCUCCGGAGAGAUUAAUGUGAAUGUCAUUGCAACCCCAAGUGCACCUAGAGACUUCAAGGUUGCAGAGGUGACAAGACAACAUGUUCAUUUGAUGUGGGAGGCACCAGAACAUGAUGGUGGGAGUCCAGUGACUGGCUACCAGAUUGAAAAGCGUGAGGUGUCUCGUAAGACCUGGGUCAAGGUUAUUACUGGAGUACAAGAUCUGGAGUAUACUGUCACAGAUGUCGUGGAGGGCAAAGAGUACCUGUUCAGUGUUACUGCCUGCAACAAGUGUGGCCCAGGAGAGCCCGCCUACAUUGAUGAACCAGUCAAUGUGUCCUCCCCAGCCACUGUACCAGACCCACCUGAGAAUCUGAAAUGGAGGGACAAGUCUGCCAAUGGAAUCUUCUUAUCUUGGGAGCCACCAAAGUAUGAUGGUGGUGCGGCAAUUAAAGGCUACAUCGUUGACAAGUGCCAGCGUGGCAGUGACAAAUGGGAGCCCUGUGGAGAGCCUGUGCCUGAGCUCAAAUUCCAGGUAACAGGUCUCACUGAGGGCCAGUGGUAUGCCUACCGUGUGAGAGCCAUGAACAGGCUGGGCGCUAGCAGACCUUGCAGGGCCACAGAUGAGAUUCUGGCUGUGGAUCCAAAAGAACCUCCAGAGAUUCAACUCGAUGUGAAACUUCUGGCUGGCUUGACUGCCAAGGCUGGGACCAAGAUUGAAUUAGCUGCAGAUGUAUUUGGAAAACCAGAACCCAAAGUAACGUGGACCAAGGCUGACCUUAUCCUCAAAGCAGACGACAGAGUCUCCUUCGAGACAAAGCCUGGUCACUCUACAGUGUUUAUUGCCAACACCAAGAGAGAUGACACCGCUACCUACAUCAUUGAGGCUGUUAACAGCAGCGGCCGAGCCACAGCAACAGUGGAUGUUAACAUACUUGAUAAGCCUGGACCUCCAGCUGCUUUCGAUAUCUCUGAGAUCACCAAUGAGUCCUGCUUCCUGGCCUGGAAUCCCCCCAGAGAUGAUGGCGGUUCACAGGUCACCAAUUACAUUGUAGAGAGGAAGGCUGCAGACAGUGAGGAGUGGCACAAACUCUCUGCUACUGUAAAACAGACCACUUUCAAGGCCUGCAAGCUUGUGGCUAUGAAGGAGUACACUUUUAGAGUAUUUGCUGAAAACCAGUAUGGCAUUGGUGCUCCUGCAGAACAUGUACCGAUUGUUGCCAAGUAUUCCUUUGACCCUCCUGGUGCUCCAACUAGACUGCAGCCCUCAGAUAUUGCCAAGGAUUCACUGACGCUAACUUGGUAUGAGCCUGAUGAGGAUGGUGGUAGCCCUAUUACUGGGUACUGGAUUGAGAAGUUAGAUCCAGAAACUGAUAAAUGGAUCAGAUGUAACAAGCUGCCCAUCAGAGACAACACAUUCAGAGUGAAAGGACUGGCCACAAAAAAGAAGUACAGGUUCCGUGUCUUGGCUGAGAAUCUCGCUGGACCUGGAAAGCCUAGCAAGGAAACUGAUCAGAUCUUGGUUAAGGAUCCAAUUGAUGUACCCUGGGCUCCUGGUAAACCUUUCAUCAAAGAUAUUGCAAAAACCUCUGCCUUACUGCAAUGGACCAGGCCUGAGCAUGAUGGUGGGGCCAAGAUCGAGUCUUACAUCAUUGAGUUCCAGAAGAGUGGAACUGAAGAAUGGGUCCGUGCAGCUGACGAUGUGCCAAUGACUGAGCACCUCCUGAAAGGAUUAAUGGAAAAGCAAGAGUAUUCCUUCCGGGUCAGAGCGGUCAAUGUUGCUGGAGAGAGUGAACCCAGUGAUCCCAGUGACCCUGUGAUCUGCAAGGAGAGACUCUUCCCUCCUUCACCUCCACGCUGGCUUGAGGUAAUAAAUAUUACCAAGAUAAGUGCUGAGCUGAAGUGGGCAGUCCCUGAAAAGGAUGGUGGCUCUCCCAUCACAAACUACAUUGUGGAGAAGAGAGAUGUGAGGCGCAAGGCCUGGCAAGCAGUGGACACCACUGUGAAGGAAACACAAUACAAUGUAACUCCACUGAACGAGGGCUCUCUCUAUGUGUUCCGUGUGGCUGCUGAGAACGCUGUUGGACAGAGUGAAUUCUGUGAACUGGAGGACUCUGUCUUGGCAAAGGACACUUUCACAACCCCUGGACCACCAUAUGCAUUGACUGUGGUGGAAAUGACAAAGAGACAUGUUGAAUUGAAGUGGGAACCUCCUAAGAAUGAUGGUGGUAGGCCUAUUACAAAAUAUGUAAUUGAAAAGAAAGAGAAGCUGGGAACCCGCUGGGUGAAGGCAGGAAAGACAUCAGGACCUGAAUGCAGGAACACAGUUACAGACGUUGCUGAGGGAACUGAAGUGCAAUUCCAAGUUCGUGCAGAAAAUGAAGCAGGUGUUGGGGACCCCAGCGAGCCCACUGACUUCCUAACAGUUGAGGAUCCAACAAGUCCACCAUCACCUCCUCUGGAGCUGCAAAUUACUGAUGCUGGCAGACACCAUAUUGCUAUUACCUGGAAAACACCAGAGAAAAAUGGUGGCAGUCCCAUCUUAGGCUACCACAUUGAACUUGCUGAAGCUGGCACUGAGAAGUGGAUGAGAAUCAACUCGCGUCCUGUGAAAGAGCUCAGAUACAACGCAGAAGAAGGCAUAAUCCCUGAGAAACAAUAUGUCUUAAGAGUUCGUGCCAUAAAUGCUGUUGGUGUUAGUGACCCAUCUGCAAUCUCUGACAGCGUCUUUGCCAAAGAUCCUGAUUGCCUUCCUACAAUUGAUCUGCAGACCCAAGAUAUUGUAGUGGUUGAGGGUGAGAAGAUGAAUGUACCCAUCCCAUACAGAGCUAUUCCAAAACCAAAAGCAUCAUGGCAGAAGGAUGGAACAGAACUGAAGGCUGAUGACAGGAUCACCCCAAGUUGUGAACUUUCAAGUGCUCACUUGGAAAUUGCCCGCUGUGUGUAUGGUGAUGCUGGCGUAUACACAGUCACCCUGGAGAACAGUCUUGGAUCAGCCACUGGAACAAUCAAUGUUAAAGUCAUUGGUCUUCCUGGACAAUGCAAGGAUAUUGUUGCCAGUGAGAUCACAAAGAAUUCCUGCAAGAUCUCUUGGGAACCUCCAGAAAGUGAUGGUGGCACACCAAUUCUCCAUUAUGUUCUGGAGCGCAGAGAAGCUGCAAAGAAAACCUUCUUGCCUGUAAUGUCUGGAGAGAACAAAGUGAGCUGCACUGUCAAGGACCUCAUGGUCAAUGGAGAGUAUUACUUCCGUGUCAAGGCAGUGAACAAGAUUGGUGGUGGAGAGUACCUUGAGAUCCGCAACCCUGUGAUUACUGAGGAACAGAAGCAAAAACCAGAUCCACCAAAUGAUGUUGAAGCUCAUAAUCCAACCUCUCAGUCUGUGACUAUCACUUGGAAGCCCCCAACAUCUGAUGGUGGAUGCCCUAUAACAGGCUAUAUUCUGGAAAAAAUUGAGAAAGAUGGUGAUAGGUUUGAAAAAUGCUUGGACUCCCUGGUGCCUGGAUUUUCUUAUACUGUGAAAGGCCUUACAGAGGGCAAGGAAUAUCAGUUCCGUGUACGUGCUGAGAAUGUUGCUGGAGUCAGUGACCCCUCUCGCAGUACACCACUGGUCAAAGCUGCUGAUCCUAUCGAUCCACCCAAGGUCUCCAUGAAAGGAAGUCUAAAAUAUGGUCUGACCAUCAAGAAAGGUGAUGAGAUAAAACUGGAUGCCUUGAUCUCUGGGUCUCCAUACCCAACUGUGACAUGGCUCAGGAACGAAGAAAACAUUAAGCCAGAGACAAUCAAAAAGAGACAGGAAAAACCCAUUGUGAGAAAGAAAAAGGGAAAGGAGCCUGAGGAGCCUGAGGAACCUUACCACCCCUCUCUCUCAGAACGUCUCUCUGUUGAUAUGAGCAAGAGGGGCGAGUCCUGCAUAAUGGUGCGAGAUGCUAUUAGAAGUGAUCAUGGAAGUUUUAUGAUCAAGGUUGAGAAUCCACACGGUUCGGAUACUGCAUCCUGUGAAGUGAAUGUGCUUGACAUACCUGGACCCCCAGUAAACAUUGGAUUUGAAGAUAUCAGAGAUACCUCUGUCAUAUGCAAGUGGGAUCCACCUCUAGAUGAUGGUGGCAGUGAAAUUAUUAACUACAUCCUUGAGAAAAAAGACAGCACAAAAGAUGACAGUGGAUGGGUCACUGUUACUUCAAGUCUUAAAGGAUGCAAACAUCUAGUGACAAAACUAAUUGAAGGAAAGGAGUACAUUUUCCGUGUCACAGCUGAGAACAGGAUAGGAACUGGAAGACCACGUAUCUCAGGACCACUGCUGGCUAAGAAUCAGUUUGAACCACCUGAUGCACCCAACAUGCCUAAAAUUGGAGACGUUACUGCGAACAGCAUCGUUGUUACUUGGCAUGAACCAAAAGACAACGGCAGCCCCAUUUUGGGCUACUGGAUAGAGAGACGAGAAAUCAACAGCACGCACUGGACCAGAGUGAACCGCAACCUACUCAAUGCACUAGAAGUUAAGGCUGAAGGUCUGAUGGAAGGCUUGACCUACAUCUUCAGAGUCUGUGCUGAGAACCUAGCAGGACCUGGAAACUUCAGCGUUCCAACUGAUCCCAAAACUGCACAAGAUCCAAUCUUACCACCCGGUCCACCAGUUCCAAGAAUUCUUGAUACAACUAAGUCAUCCAUUGAUGUUGCCUGGGAUCCUCCCCUGUACAACGGUGGUGGAGACAUCCUUGGGUACCACGUUGAGAAAGUUGUGGUGGGAGAAAAAGACUGGUCCCGCUCCACAGAAAGACUAUGCAAGGACCGCAAGUUCACCAUAACAGGAGUUACAGAGGGAGCAGACUACAUUGUCCGUGUAUUUGCUGUCAACGAUGCCGGUGAAGGAGCCCCUGGCAUGACUGAACCAGUUACAGUUAAAGAUCCACAAGAGCCUCCGGUCGUUGAGUUUGACAUGUCUGUGAGGAAUGGGGUCACUAUUAGAGCUGGGCAGACACUGAAGUUGCCCGCACUUGUGACCGGUAGACCUCCACCAGAGGUGAAAUGGAUGAAGGACGAAAGCGAGCUUGACAAAGAACGUGUUGUUAUUGAAACAGUUGGAAAGAACAGCAUUCUUAUUAUCAAGAAUGCCUUGAGGACAGACCAUGGUAAAUACCAGGUCACUGGGACAAACAGCAGUGGAACAAAGUCUGCAGUGACAAGAGUCGACAUCAUGGAUGUUCCUGGGCCCGUGCUUGAUUUGAAGCCUGUUGCAGUCACAAAAAGGAUGAUAAUGCUGAAUUGGACUGAUCCUACUGAUAAUGGAGGAAGUGAUGUUAUUGGAUAUAUUGUUGAAAGAAAGGAUGCAAAGAUGCACACAUGGAGACAGCCUAUUGAGACAGUUGGAUGCAAAUGUGAAAUUGUGGGUCUGCUUGAAGGAGAGGAAUACAUGUUCCGUGUUGUGGCAAAGAACAAGUAUGGUUGUGGCCCCCCAGUUGAUCUGGGGCCUAUCCUUGCAGUGGAUCCAAAAGGUACACCAACUGCCCCAGAGAAAUUCCACUACACUGAGAGGACCAAGACAAGCAUAACUCUUUCCUGGAAGCCACCCCGUAGUGAUGGAGGCAGUCCCAUACGUGGCUACUAUGUUGAGAAGAAGAGACAAGAUGGGACUGAAUUUGAGGUGGCCAAUCAUCAAAUCUGCAAGGACCUCACUUUAACUGUGGAGAAUCUUUCAGAUCAUCAUAUGUAUGAAUUCCGUGUGAAGGCAGUAAAUGAAGUUGGGGAUGGCCAGCCCUCAACUACAGUGGAUGUAAUGAUUCAAGAUGAUGAAGCUGCCCCAUGUGUGACGCUGCUGAAGCAGUUCAAGGGAGAUGCAAUCAUUGUUAAGAAAGGAGCAGCAAUUGAAAUUCCUGCAGAAGUAACAGGUCUACCAAUGCCAAAGAUUGAAUGGUCCAAGGAUGGAGUUAUCAUUGAAAAACCAACUGAGACACUUUUGAUUGACACAGAAGAGGUGCACAGAAACAAAGCUAACACUAAGCUUAGUAUCCCUGAAACUGUCAGACCAGACAAAGGUCUCUACGUACUUACGGCCUCAAACCCUCUUGGAGUGGCUACUCGUACUAUAAGGGUAGAAAUACUAGAUCGUCCAUUACCACCACGAAACAUUGUGGUUUCUGACAUCAAAGCUGAAUCUUGUUAUCUGACCUGGGACGCCCCUGAGGACAAUGGAGGCAGUGAGCUCACAAACUACAUUAUUGACAAGCGGGAUGCAAGCAAGAAGAAGUCUGAUUGGGAGGAGAUCGCUAACUGCAUACUUGAGAGACGAUAUGGGGUGUGGAAACUGGAAACCAAUGGUGUGUACCAGUUCAGAAUCAGAGCUGAGAAUAAGUAUGGAAUCAGUGAUGGCUGUGAAUCCGAAAAAGUUAAUCUUAGGGAUCCAUUCGGACUCCCUGGUCCACCACAGAGGCCUAGGAUCAUUGGGCGCACCAGGAGUUCCAUGUUAGUGACUUGGGAGCCUCCUCUGGACAAUGGAGGAUCCACCAUUACAGGCUACUGGCUGGAGAAGAGAGAAAGGGGGGCUGUUUACUGGAGCCGUGUAAACAGGGCUCCUGUCACCAAACCAGCUGUGAAAGGUCUGCAAUAUAAUGUACUCCGCCUUAUUGAGGGUGCUGAGUACCAAUUCCGUGUGAUGGCUUGCAAUGCUGCUGGUGUUGGCCCCCCAAGUGAAGCAACUGAAUGCGUGUUUGCUAUGGAUCCAUGCAACCCUCCUGGUGCACCAUCAAGCCCAGAGGUUAGAGACAAAACCAGCAACAGUGUCACUCUUGCCUGGAGCCCACCAGAAAAGGAUGGUGGCAGUCCCAUUAAAGGCUACAUCAUUGAAAUUCAGGAUGAAGACUCUCCUGAUUGGAAACGGAUCAAUGAUGCAGAAAAACUGAUUCCUACCACAAAUUUCACUGUGCCAGAUCUCAAAGAAAUGAAAAAGUACAAGUUCAGGAUCAUCGCAGUCAAUGCUGCUGGCGAGUCUGAACCAAGUCCCAGAACAUCUGACAUUCUUGUCAGGGAGAUUCAAGAGGAACCCACAGUAACUGUGGAGGUCAGUGCACAGGACUUGCUAUCCUGUCGGGCUGGUUCCACAAUUAAAAUCCCUGCAAUAGUCCAAGGGCGUCCUACUCCGGAGGUUACAUGGGAGUUUGAUGGAGGGGCAAAGACUGAAAAGAAGGAUGAUCGUCAUGUCCUUCCAGUAGAUUCACAGAUUCAAUCUACUGAUACAACAUCAACUAUAACGAUCCCUGACUGUAAGAUGAAUCAUUCUGGGAGAUACAUCAUCACAGCCAAAAACAAAGCUGGACAGAAAAUUGUCAAAGUCAGAGUCAAUGUGCUUGACCUUCCAGGACCUCCUAAAGAGCUGAAAGUCUCUGACAUUACAAGAGGCACCUGCAGACUUACAUGGAAGCCUCCUGAUAAUGACGGUGGUGAGAGAAUCCAGAGUUAUUUUAUUGAGAAGAAAACCGUUGAAGGAAAAGCCUGGACGAAGGUCAACCCAGCUUGUGCAAGUCAGUCCUUUGUUGUCCCUGAUCUUAUUGAGGGACAGGACUACCUUUUCCGUGUCCGUGCUGAGAAUUGCUUUGGCAUGGGACCACACAUUGAGACAAUUCAGAGGACAACGGCUAGAGAUCCUAUCCUGCCUCCUGAUCCUCCCACUAGGGUCAAGAUUAGCCAUGUAACCAAAAAUAUGGUAACUCUGACAUGGAAACCACCAAGGAAUGAUGGUGGUGCUCCUGUGACCCACUAUAUUGUUGAAAGACUUUGCUGGGACCCCAGUGGGACACAGAAGGAGUCCUGGAGACAGUGCAAUAGGCGGGAUGUUGAGGAGACCAGUUUCAAAGUUGAAGAUCUCAGUGAAGGUGGAGAGUAUGAGUUCCGUGUCAAGGCUGUGAAUGUGGCUGGAGCAAGCAGACCUUCCUCUACUGCUGGACCAAUAGUUAUCAAAGAUCAGACUUGUGCACCAUCCAUUCAACUUGGUGAAUUCAUGGAAGUUGAACAAGGAACUGACAUCUCAAUUGUUGCCAAGAUCAAGGGAUGUCCAUUCCCCACCCUCAGCUGGCAGAAGGCCCCUCCUCACAAGGCUGAUGACAAGGUUGACGUGCAGUAUGAUGAGCACGUUAACAAACUUGUCUCUGAUGACAGCUGCACAUUGCUGAUUCAACAGGGCAAGAGGGAAGAUACUGGUUUAUACACACUAACAGCUAGCAACAGUCUGGGCAAGGCCUCUAAAGAAAUGAGACUCAAUGUCUUAGGGCGCCCUGGACCACCUUCUGCACCCAUUAAGUUUGAAGAAGUCAGUGCUCAGAAGAUCACCCUGUCCUGGCUUCCUCCUAAGGAUGAUGGUGGAUCAAAGAUCACCAACUAUGUAAUUGAGAAGCGUGUGGCUAACAGGAAGACCUGGAUGCCAGUCACUAAUGAACCUAAAGAACGCAUAUUUACGGUGGAGAAUUUGAUGGAAGGCUAUGAAUAUGUGUUCCGGAUCAUGGCUCAGAACAAAUAUGGUAUUGGCGCUCCCCUUGACAGUGAACCAGAGAAAGCACGGGAUCUGUUCACUGUACCUGGACAAUGUGAAAAGCCAACUAUUACAAGCGUGACCCAUGAGUCCAUGACAGUCAAUUGGGAAGAGCCAGAAGAAGACGGUGGAUCACCUAUCACUGGCUAUUGGCUAGAACGCAAGGAAGCAACAUCCAAGCGAUGGAACAGAGUAACCCGUGACCCAGUCAGGGUAAUGCCACUUGGUGUAUCCUAUAAUGUCACGGGCCUCAUCGAAGGAUCUCAGUACCAAUUCCGUGUAACUGCAAUCAAUGCAGCUGGAUGUGGUCCUCCAAGUGUCCCAACUGAUCCUGUCUUUGCCAGGGACCCAAUGGCUCCCCCUGGACCUCCUACCCCCAAAGUAACUGACUGGACAAAGUCAACUGUUGAUGUAGAAUGGAUUCCACCACUGAAGGAUGGUGGAUCAAAGAUCAUUGGAUAUAUUGUUGAAUAUAAAGAGGAGGGCAAAGAGCAAUGGGAAAAAGCUAAAGAUAAGGAAGUAAGAGGCACCAAACUUGUGGUUGCUGGCUUGAAAGAGCUUGGACUUUACAGGUUUAGAGUGAGAGCAGUAAAUGCUGCAGGUAUUGGUGAACCUGGAGAUGUCUCUGAAGUAAUUGAAGUCAAAGACAGGAUAAUUGUCCCUGAAGUAGACCUGGAUGCUACAGUAAAAGAGCGGAUGGUUGUUCAUGCUGGAGGUGUGAUCCGAAUCCUGGCCUUCGUGUCAGGAAAACCAGCACCUGAAAUCACAUGGAGUAGAGAUGAUGGCAGACUACCCGAGGAAGCUGUGAUUGAGACCACUGCCAUCAGCUCUUCAUUGGUAAUCAAGAAAUGCACAAGAAAACAUCAAGGCGUUUACACCUUGUGUGCUAAGAAUGAAGGAGGGGAGAAAAAGAAAAACAUUAUUGUGGAUGUGUUGGAUAUCCCUGGCCCAGUUGGGGCACCAUUCACCACAGAGAAUCUUACUACUGACUCAUGCAAGUUAAACUGGUUCUUCCCUGAUGAUGACGGUGGCUCUGCUAUCUCUAAUUACAUCGUUGAGAAGCGUGAAACAGAGCAUAAGGCAUGGACUGCAGUGUCCUGUACUCUUGCCAGGCACAGUGCAGUUGUACAUGGUCUGACAUAUGGAAAGGCCUAUUUCUUCAGAGUUGCUGCUGAGAAUGCAAUAGGAAUAGGCCCUUUCCGUGAAACCACUGCAGAACUCAUCAUAAAGGCUGCUAUUAGUGUACCAAAUCGUCCUGAGGACUUGGAAGUCACGAAAGUUACAAAGGACUACAUCAGCUUGACCUGGAAACCCCCGAAGUAUGAUGGGGGCUCUGAAGUGAUAAUGUACAUCCUAGAAGCCCGCCUCAUUGGCAAGGACAAGUUCAUCCGACUUACAAAGGACAGAUUGAUGGACAGAAAGUUCACCUUUGAUGGUCUCAAAGAGGGCGACAGUUACGAAUUCCGUGUCAGUGCAGUGAAUGAAAUAGGUCAAGGCAAACCUUCAUUUUGUACAAAAGCAAUUACUUGCAAGGAUGAGCUUGAACCACCAACAAUUGAGCUUGACUUCCGUGACAAGAUAAUUGUGCGUGUUGGUGAGAGUUUUGCUCUCCAAGGUCGGUAUACUGGAAAGCCACCACCAUCCAUUAUAUGGUUCAGAGACGACGAAGAGCUGAAAGCAGAUAACCACAUCAAGUUCAAGAACACCCUAACUACAAUGUGCUUGGGCAUUAUCAAAGCUAAGCGUGAACACAGUGGCAGAUACUGUGUACUUGUGGAAAACAGCACUGGCUCACGUAAAGGCAUCUGCAAUGUGACUGUUGUUGACCGUCCACUGCCUCCAGAGGGCCCAGUUGUCUUUGAAGAAGUUCACAGAGAUCACAUGGUAAUUUCCUGGAAGCCUCCACUUGACAAUGGUGGAAGUGAAAUUUCUAACUAUAUAAUUGAGAAAAGAGAUGCAAACAGGGAACUUUGGAUGCCUGUGACAUCUGCCUCUACAAAGACAACAUGCAAAGUGCCCAAACUGAUCGAGGGAAGAGAGUAUAUCAUGAGAAUCAGUGCUGAGAACAUGUAUGGUAUCAGUGACCCACUGGAUUCUGAAGAGAUGAGAGCCAAAGAUCAAUUCAGAGUGCCUGAAGCACCUGAGGAACCUGUUGUGAAAGAGGUGUUCAAAGAUUCAGCUCUUGUGAUCUGGAACCGACCUCGUGAUGGUGGCAAACCCAUAACUAACUACCAUUUGGAGAAAAAGGAGACAACAUCUAAGAGAUGGGCACGCGCUGCAAGGGAACCUAUCUAUCCAGACACUCAAUACAGGGUUCAAGAUCUAACUGAGGGCUGUGAAUAUGAAUUCCGUGUCAUGGCAGAGAAUGAAAUGGGUAUUGGUGAUCCUAGCCCACCAUCUAAGCCUAUAUUAGCUAAAGAUCCAAUUGUGCUCCCAAGCCCCCCUGUGCUGCCAGAAGCUGUCGACAAAACCAAGGAUUCUGUAAGCCUUUCGUGGCAUCCACCCCGCCACGAUGGCAAAGGCAAAAUCUUCGGCUAUCUUGUUGAGUAUCAGAAGGUUGGACAGGAAGAAUGGACUAAAGCAAAUGAGACCCCUGAAUCAUGCCCGGACACAAAGUUCACCGUCACUAACCUUGCAGAUGGUGAACUCUACAGAUUUAGGAUCAUGGCUGUCAAUGCUGCUGGUGCCUCUGCACCUGCCUAUGUCAGGGAGCCAGUUAAAGUGCACGACAGACUUGAGCCUCCAGAGCUGCUGCUUGAUGCCAACAUGGCUCGUGACCAUCUUUCCAUGGUUGGAAGUGUUGUCACUCUCAGUGCUGUAAUCAAGGGCAUACCGACACCCAAAGUCACAUGGAAGAAAAACGAUGCAGAAGUUCCCUCUCAUGCCAAAAUUGAAGUCACUGAUGUUGGAAGCAAACUGGAGAUAUGCAACUGUGCCCGUUCAGACUGUGGCAACUACACAAUAACUGUUGAAAAUCCUGCUGGAUCAAAAUCAGCCACAUGCACAGUGCUUGUCUUAAAUAAACCUGGUCCACCCCGGAAUCUGACAGUUUCUGAGGUCACAAGCGAAUCAGCUUAUCUUACAUGGAAGGAGCCAGAGGAUAACGGAGGAGCUGUAAUUUCCAACUAUGUAGUGCAUAAGAGAGAUGUGGCAUCUGACCAGUGGGUGCCAAUCUGCGCUGCAUCCAAGAAGCUUAGCUUAAUGGCUAAUUACUUGAUGGAGGGCACCCAGUAUUUGUUCCGUGUUGCUGCUGAAAACCAGUUUGGCAGAAGUGAAUUUGUUCAAACGAGUAAACCCAUCAAGGCUGUUGAUCCUCUCUAUCCUCCUGGACCACCAAAGAACUUGCAUCACACUGAUGCAGACAAAACUGAAGUCUGGCUUGAAUGGGAGUGGCCAGAACGCACAGGAGGUAGUGAAAUUACUGGAUUUGUAGUUGAAUAUCAAGAGGAAGGAGCCAAAGACUGGACAACCUUCAAAACAGUUAGUAAUCCAGCAAGUCAUGUCACUGGACUUGUGGAGGGGAAGACCUAUAGAUUCCGUGUCAUGGCACAGAAUGCUAUUGGCCUCAGCCGUCCUGAUUCUACAAUACCAAUUGUCUGUCAAGAGAAACUUGUUCCACCAACAAUUGAACUGGAUGUGAAGCUAAUUGAAGGUAUUAUUGUGAAAGCUGGAAGUACCAUCACACUCCCUGCAGUUAUGAAAGGCAUCCCCAUCCCCACCGCUAAGUGGGUAACUGAUGGCAAUGAAAUUAAAAGUGAAGGCAAUGUAAAGAUUGACACUGAUGGCCACUCAACAGUCCUCAGCAUUAGUGAGUGCACAAGAAAGGACACUGGAGAGUACCUUCUUACAGUGUCAAACCCUGCUGGAAGCAAAACAGUUGCUUUGCAUGCAACAGUACUUGAUGUUCCAGGUGCACCUGUUGGCCCUGUGAACAUCCUUGAGGUUACUCCUGAUCACAUGGUUAUUAACUGGCGCCCUCCUAAGGAUGACGGUGGAGCUCCUUUAAUGAAUUACGUUGUUGAGAAGAAAGACUGCAAGAAACCAUGGGAGCCAUGGGGAGUUGUGAGCUCAGGAAGCUUGACUACAACAGCUAAGGUGUCACGUUUGGAAAAGGGCCGCGAAUACAUUGUUCGUAUUCGCGCAGAGAACAAGAUCGGUAUCGGUGCACCACUUGAAAGUCAACCAACUAUUGCCAAACAUAUGUUUGACCCGCCUGGCCCUCCAGGCCCACCAGUGGCUUCUGACAUCACAGAAAAUGCUAUGACUCUUACAUGGGAGGAGCCAUUAACUGACGGUGGCAGCCCUAUCAGUGGUUACAUUGUUGAACGUAGAGAAAUGACAGGUAAAUGGAUUAGAGUGAAUAAAACUCCUGUAUUGGAUCUCAGAUACAGGGUAUCUGGACUUUUUGAGGGCAACAGUUAUGAAUUCAGAAUUUUCGCUGAAAACAUUGCUGGGAUCAGUGAACCCUCUGCUGUGUCAGAUCCUUUUAAGGCAGUUCGUCCAAUCACUCGGCCAGGCCCUCCAGGCAGCCCCAAGCUCAAGGACUGGAGCAAAUCCUAUGCAGACUUAGUUUGGACCAAGCCUUUGAGGGAUGGAGGCAGUCCCAUCUUAGGCUAUGUUGUUGAGUGCCAGAAAGCAGGUAGCAGUCAAUGGGAUAGAAUCAACAAGGAUCUUAUCAAGCAGUGUGCAUUUAGAGUACCUGGGUUAAUUGAAGGCACGGAAUACAGAUUCCGCAUUAGAGCUUCAAAUAAAAUCGGUGAUGGAGAGCCAAGAGACCUCCCUGAAUCAGUGAUUGCUAAGGACAUCCUUGUUCCACCUGAGGUCAAUGUUGAUGCUGCAUGCAGGGACCUUGUGACAGUCAGAGCAGGACAAAACAUUGUCCUUGCAGCUCGUGUUAAAGGUAGACCUGAUCCAGAAAUUACCUGGACUAAGGAUGCAAGAGCUUUAGGCAGAGACAAGAGAACUGAGAUGAAUGCUAACUUCCCCUUUGUAGAUAUAGUUAUUCAAGAAGCAACAAGAGCAGAUUAUGGAAAGUAUUGCAUUCAGGCAAAAAACAGCAGUGGUCAAGCACAAGCUACUAUUAUGGUGAAUGUGCUUGAUACACCAGGACCGUGUCAGAAUCUUAAGACAACUUAUGUGACUAAGGACUCUUGCAUGGUGUCCUGGGAGAAUCCUGAAGAUAAUGGUGGUAGUGAAAUUACAAAUUAUAUUGUUGAGUGCCGACAACCCAGCCAACGAGGAUGGUCAGUAGUCAUUCCUGAUUGUACUAAACGCCUGGUAAAGGCACCGCUUGUGGAAAAUUGUGAGUAUUUCUUCCGUGUAAGUGCAGAGAACAAAGUUGGUGCUGGACCACCUGUAGAGACUAAAACUCCAAUCCUUGCUGUCGAUCCAAUUGAGAAGCCUAGUGAACCAGAGAACUUACAGAUAACUGAUAUUGGAAAGACGUUUGUCUUCCUCAAGUGGAAAAAGCCAGACUAUGAUGGUGGCAGCCGUAAUAUUGGCUACCAUGUAGAAAAGAAACCAAAAGAAGCAGAAGAAUGGGAAAGACUGCACAAAGGUGCAAUUAAAGAAACAUACUUUAUGGCUGACAGAUGCAUUGAAAACCAAAUAUACCAGUUCAGGGUACAAGCUAAGAAUGAAGGAGGAGAGAGUAACUGGGUGAUGACAGCUGAGACACUUGUCAAAGAAGAAAUACUUGAACCAGUGCUUGAUAUUAAGUUAGCUGGGGUCCUUGUUGUAAAAGCUGGUGAUUCAAUCAAAAUUGAAGCUGGACUCAAAGGAAAACCCCAGCCGGAGGUUAAAUGGGCUAAGGAUGGUGAUACAGAAGAUAUUAACAAAAGCCCAAGACUUCAUGUGGAAACUGGUGCUGAUUUCUCCAAAUUCCUCAUGACAAACUCCAAGCGGGGAGACAGUGGAAAAUACAUAAUCACCGCGACAAAUUCUGCUGGAAGCUGCACUGCUCAUGCCACUGUGAAUGUGUUGGAUAAACCAGGUCCAAUCAGAGAACUUAAAGUGUCUGGAAUUUCAGUAGACCGCUGCAAAUUAACAUGGGAUCCUCCAGAGGAUGAUGGUGGCUGUGAGAUAUUGAACUACAUUGUAGAGAAAUGUGAGACGAAGAGAAUGGUGUGGUCCAUCCACUCUUCAGCUGUGAUCACCAACUCUGCCAAUGUUACUCGUCUUGUGGAGGGAAAUGAAUACUUAUUCAGGGUGAGAGCAGAGAAUAAAAUGGGAGCUGGCCCUGCGGUAGAAAGUGAAGCCAUCAUUGCCAAAACCCAGUUCAGCAGACCUGGUCCACCAGAAGCACCAGAGGUCACCAGGAUUGCAAAGACAGAAAUGACGGUUGCAUGGUCCCCCCCUGAGAAUGAUGGCGGGAAACCAAUCACAGGUUACAUUCUGGAAAGAAAGGAGCAACAUGCCAUUCGAUGGUCCCCAAUCACAAAGGAUCCAAUGCCACAGACACACUUUAAUGUUACCAGUUUGAUCCCUAACCAUGAAUAUCAGUUCCGUGUCAAGGCUGCAAAUGAAGUUGGACUAGGAGACCCAAGCAAACCAUCCAGAUCUGUUACAGCCAAAGAUCCAAUAGAACCUCCUGGACCGCCAGGCAACGUGAAGGUGGCUGACAGCACAAAGACCUCAAUCACACUUGGGUGGUCGAAACCUGCAUAUGAUGGCGGUGCUCCAAUCAUUGGAUAUGUGGUUGAAAUGAGACCUAAAGAUGCAAGUAAAAAGCCAGAUGACGGCUGGAAGAGAUGCAAUGUUGCCGCUCAAUUGAUUGUGACAGAAUUCACUGUUACAAGUUUGGACGAAAAACUGGUAUAUGAAUUCCGUGUUUCUGCACAAAACCAGGUUGGCUUAGGCAAUCCUGGAAAUCUCCCAGAUCCUGUUUCACCCAGGGAAAUACUUGAGGCACCAGAGAUUGAUAUAGAUGCCAACCUUAAAAAGGGCCUUACUCUCAGAGCUGGGUGUCCUAUCAGGCUCUGUGCCACAAUCAGGGGAAGACCUGCGCCAAAAGUGACCUGGAGAAGAAUGGGAAUUGAUAAUGUUGUCAGGAAGGGUCAUGUGGAUCUGAUUGAUACUAUGACAUUCCUUGUCAUCCCGGACACCACACGUGAUGACUCUGGCAAAUACUCUCUGACAGUCACCAGCCCAGCAGGGGAGAAGGCUGUAUUUGUCAAUGUCAAAGUACUGGAUACACCAGGUCCUGUAACUGGUCUGGAAGCCACAGACAUAACAAUGACAUCCUGUCAACUGUCUUGGUCUGCUCCUGAGAAUGAUGGUGGUAGUGAAGUAACACACUACAUUGUUGAGAAGCGUGAAAUCGACAGAAAGACUUGGGCAACAGUCAACAAUGAUGUGAAGAAGACAAGCCUCAAAAUUGGCAAUCUUGUAUCAGGCCAAGAAUACUAUUUCAGAGUCACAGCUGUUAAUGAGUAUGGGUCCGGUGUUCCAAAAGCUACCCCAAGGUCUUAUUUGGCAUCUGAUCCUAUCAGUAAGCCUGACCCACCAAUGAAAAUUGAUGUACUGGAAAUUACAAAGAACAGUGUAACUCUGGGAUGGGUAAAACCACUGAGAGAUGGCGGAGCCAAGAUUGACGGUUAUGUAGUUGAUUAUCUGGUGGUAGUUCCACCAAAGGAACCUGAAGAAGGUAAACCUGUGGAGAAAGAAGAGGCACCUAAGGAGGAAUGGACACCCUACUCUGUUGUCAAAGAUUUAAGCAUCGCUGUUGUUGGACUGAAAGAGGGAAAGAAAUACAAAUUCAGAGUGGCAGCAAGAAAUAUAAUGGGAUGCAGUCUACCCACACAAACCAAGGAUGAGUUUGAAGUCAAGGAGCAAAUGUUGCCACCAAAGAUUAUUAUGCCUGAUGCUGUGAAAGCAAAAGCAGGAGCAAAACUGAGAGUGGAGGCUCUUGUGUCUGGAAAGCCAGCACCAAUCUGUAAAUGGAAGAGAGGUGAUGAUGCUGUGGUUCCAUCCAGUCGACUUGCAGUGCACAAAUCUCAGAACUGUUGUGUGCUCAUCAUUAAAGAUGUCUCAAGACAAGACAGCGGUGUGUAUAGCCUCUCUGCUGAGAAUAGCACUGGACAAGUUGAAGAGACCUUGAAAGUCACUAUAUUGGAUAUCCCUGGCCCACCAGAGCCACCAUUUGAGAUCAGUGAUGUGGAUGCUGAUGCCUGCUCACUCAGCUGGCAAGCACCACUUGAGGAUGGUGGAAGCAACAUUACUAAUUAUGUGGUUGAAAAGUGUGAUGUAAGCAGAGGCGACUGGGUCACCGCAGUCUCAUCCUGUGCUAAGACUGGCUGCAGAGUCGGAAAGCUCAUCCCUGGAAAGGAGUAUAUUUUCCGUGUUCGUGCUGAGAACCGCUUUGGCAUUUCAGACCCUAUUUCAUCUGAGAGGAUGAUCGCCAAAUUUCCCUUUGAUGUACCUGGUGAACCCCAGAACUGCCGCAUCAACAAAGUCAACAAAGACUGCAUGUUUGUGGCCUGGGACAGGCCCGAAACUGAUGGUGGCAGUCCUAUAACUGGAUACUACAUUGAACGGAAAGAGAGGAACAGUCUUCUCUGGGUUAAGGCAAAUGACACUGUUGUUCGUACAACUGAAUACCCUUGUGCAGGUUUAAUUGAAGGUCUGGAAUAUACCUUCAGGGUCUCUGCAAUUAAUCGUGCUGGACAGGGUAAACCAAGCAAAAAGACAGAAUUUGUCACAGCAAGAACACCAGUUGAUCCACCAGGCAAACCUGAAGUCCUUGAUGUGACCAAGAAUUCAGUCACCCUUGUCUGGGGCCGACCAAAGCAUGAUGGUGGCAGCAAAAUCAUUGGGUAUUAUGUUGAAGCCCUGAAGAUCCCUGGAGAUCAGUGGAUACGCUGCAAUACAAGCAGCCAGAAUGUACCCAGAGAAGAGUACACUGCAACUGGACUGGACGAGGGAGCCCAAUACCAGUUCAGAAUAAUUGCAAAGACAGCAGUAAAUCUCAGCAGACCAUCUGAACUUUCAGACCCCAUCCUUAUCUCUACAGAAAAUGUUCCACCAAGGGUAGAAAUUGGACUUCAGAUGAAGAAGAUGUUGCCUGUGAAAGCUGGAACAAAUGUUUGCCUUGAAGCUGAAGUUUUUGGAAAACCAAUGCCAAAAGUUACAUGGAAAAGAAAUGGAGUGGUUUUAAAACCAGCUGAAGGCCUGAAGCUGUCACAGAAGAGACAUCUGUUCCUCCUAGAGUUGUCAUCUGUGACUAAAAAUGAUACAGGAGAGUACACUAUUUUGGCAGAAAAUGCAAGUGGCUCAAAAUCAGGUGAAAUUCAGCUGAAGGUUUUGGACAUACCUGGCCCACCAGCUUCCGUCAAAUUUGGAGAUGUGUACGCAGAUCGUAUCCAGCUCAUCUGGGAACCGCCCCUAGCAGAUGGUGGUUCUGACAUCACUAAUUAUAUUGUUGAUAAACGUGAAACUAGCAGAGCAAACUGGGCUCAGGUCACAGCAAAAAUCAGUGGCAAAGUCACCGAAUGCCUUGCAGAGAAGUUAAUUGAGGGCCGCGAGUACCAGUUCCGCAUCCGUGCUGAGAACAAGUAUGGGGUUGGUGACCCCAUUCUGUCUAGCCCUGUUGUCGCCAAGAAUCCUUACGAUGUUCCUGGACCGUGUGAUCCUCCUAUUAUCACUAAUGUCACAAAGGAUCAUAUGACUGUCAGUUGGAAGGAACCUGAAAAUGAUGGUGGAGACACCAUUCUGGGGUACAUGGUUGAAAAACGUGAAACCAAAGAAGUCAACUGGGCCAGACUCAACAGACGGCCAGUGAUAGAGAGAACCAUUGAGGCUAGCGGUCUCACAGAGGGAGCAGAAUAUGAAUUCAGAGUUAUUGCCCUCAACAAAGCUGGCUUAGGCAAGCCAAGUGAUCCAUCCACUGCCACUUAUGCAUAUGAUCCUGUGUAUCCCCCUGGCCCACCAGUUUCCCCGAAGGUUGCUGACACCACACACAGCACAAUUAGUCUAUCCUGGACAAAACCUGCUAAUGAUGGUGGCUGUGAAAUCUUAGGUUACCUGGUUGAAAUUAAAAGAGCAGAUACAGCAGACUGGAUAAGGUGCAAUGUACCUAAGAAUCUCCAAGAAACAAACUACACUGUCACAGGACUUAUUGACAAUACAGAAUACCAGUUCAGGGUGUCCGCUGUGAACAAAGUUGGGUUCAGCGAACCAAGUGAAGUUCCAGAUAAACAUUUUGCAAAGGACAUUUUGGUUCCUCCUGAGGGAGAACUUUCUGAUGAGCUGAAGCAAACCCUGGUACUGCGUGCUGGAGCAAAAAUGAGACUCUAUGUCCCACUGAGGGGCAGGCCUACUCCCAAGGUGACCUGGGCCAAGAUGAACACUAACAUUAAGGACAGACAAGGAAUUGUGAUCAAGACCACUGAGUCUGACACUCUAGUAUAUGUUGAGCAUGUGAACAGAUAUGAUGCCGGCAAGUAUGUCUUGUCUCUGGACAGCACCAGUGGAAUGAAGAUGUACACAAUUGUUGUCAAGGUUAUUGAUACCCCUGGACCACCAGUUAACCUUAUGGUCAAGGAGACCUCCAAGGAUAGUGCCUCCAUCCUCUGGGAUGCUCCACUAAUUGAUGGUGGAAGUGAAGUGAAGAAUUAUAUUGUUGAAAAACGUGAUGCAGAGAGAAAAGCAUGGUCCACCGUUACAACGGACUGUACCAAAACAUACUAUAAAAUUGAUAAUUUGGAACCAGGCAGAUCUUACAAUUUUAGAGUCUCAGCUCAAAAUGAACAUGGUAUUGGGGAGCCAUGUGAAACUGCAGAUGCUGUAAGAGCCUCUGAACAACCUGGACCAGUAAUGGACUUCAAGCCAAUUCUGGUCACAAAGGAUUCAUGUACCCUUGGCUGGAAGAAACCAAUCUCUGAUGGUGGAAGCCGUAUUACUGCAUAUGUCUUGGAAGUCUUGAAUGGUGAAGAUAAAUGGAAGGAACUGAUGAGAUCAAAGAACAUGCAGUACAGUGCCAAAGAUCUUAUAGAAGGAAAGGAGUACUCCUACAGAGUGAGAGCAGUGAAUGAUGCUGGAGAUGGUACAGUAAAGGAGCUUAAGAUUGUGGCUAAAGAUGUCCUUGUUCCACCAGCAUGCGACUUAAGAGACUUGCCAAAUUUAUGCUACAUUGCAAAGGAAGGAAGCACUGUUCGUCUCAAAAUCCCUAUUACUGGCAAACCUGCCCCUACUGUCACAUGGAAGAAGGGUGAAGAUGUUACUUUAACUGACACUGGCAGAGUCUCUGCAGAGUUCACUGCUGUCAACACAACCCUGCUUAUCCGUGACUGCCAAAGAGGUGAUGCGUCAAAAUACACCAUCACCUUGAGAAAUAAUGCUGGUACCAAGGAAUCGACUAUUUUCGUCCGAGUAGUCGGGCGGCCUGGAAUACCAACUGCACCAAUCAAAUUUAAAGAAAUCACAGCUGAUGGAGUCACCUUAAAAUGGGGUGCACCAAAGGAUGAUGGUGGAUCAGAAAUAACUAACUAUAUUCUUGAGAAAAGGGAUUCCAUAACCAACAUGUGGGUUACCUGUGCUUCAGACGUGACAACAAACUCAUUAAGGGUGACUGGUCUUCAUGAAGGAACAGAAUACAUCUUUAGGGUUUCUGCAGAAAACAAAUAUGGAGUUGGAGAAGGCCUAAAGUCUGAUCCUGUUUUGGCUAAGCAUCCAUUCAAUGUGCCAGAUGCCCCACCUCCACCACAAAUUAUGAGUAUGCGGCAUGAUUCUGCAACACUGGCAUGGUCAGACCCAAGGAAGACUGGAGGCUCCCCAAUAACUGGAUAUCAUGUGGAAUACAAGGAAAGGAACAGUCUCUUAUGGAAGAGAGCCAGCAAGACGCCUCUGAAAAUGAAAGAACAUAGAGUGAAAGGUUUAACUGAAGGUCUUGAGUAUGAAUUCAGGGUCAUGGCUAUAAAUAUGGCAGGUACUGGAAAGCCAAGUCCACCAACAGGUCCAUGUGUUGCCCUGGAUCCUAUAGAUCCUCCUGGUAAACCUGAUGUUGUUAGCAUUACAAGAAGCACAGUAACACUUACAUGGACUGAACCCAAGUAUGAUGGUGGACACAAACUGACUGGCUACAUCGUUGAGAAACGUGAUCUGCCCUCAAAGGUCUGGGUGAAGGCUAACAAUGUAAAUAUUGUGGAUUGUGCAUUCACGGUGACUGACUUACUAGAAGGAUGCAAAGUUGAAUUCAGAAUUAGAGCAAAGAAUGCAGCUGGGGCCAUAAGUCCUCCAUCAGAACAGACAGAUACCCUUGUGUGUAAAGAUGAAUAUGAGGCACCAACCAUCAUUAUUGAUUCAACCAUAAAGGAGGGGCUUGCUGUUAGAGCUGGUGACACUAUUGUGAUAACUGCAACAAGCAUAAUUGGAAAACCUCCACCAACUUCUGUGUGGUCUAAAGGUGGAAAAUAUUUCAAGCCAUCAGAUAUCUGUCAGAUUGAAACAACUCCAACAUCUUCUACACUUUCUAUCAAGUAUGCCAGUAGAAAAGAUUCUGGUGAAUACACAAUUUCUGCCAGCAAUCCAUUUGGCAUCAAAGAAGAAACUGUGAAAGUGACAGUUCUGGAUGUUCCUGGACCCCCAGGGCCCAUUGAAGCAAGCAGUGUGUCUGCUGAAAAGGUCACCUUGACAUGGUCACCACCACAUGAGGAUGGAGGCUCUCCAAUCAGAUCUUACACUCUAGAGAAGAGGGAAACCAGUCGUCUUCUUUGGACUAUACUGGCUGAGAAUGUGAUGGAUUGUCAUUUUGUUGCAAGCAAGCUUAUCCAAGGCAAUGAAUAUAUCUUCCGUGUCUCAGCGGUAAACCAGUAUGGUGCUGGUGAUGCAACACUCUCUGAACCAGUGAAAAUGGUGGAUAGCUUUGGCCCACCAGGUCCUCCAUCAAAACCAGAAGUCGAAAGUGUAGACAAGAACUCUGCUACAAUUUCAUGGAAGAGACCAGUUGAAGAUGGAGGUAGUGAUAUCAUCGGUUACAGUGUUGAAAGAAAAGAAAGAAGAGGUAUGAGAUGGGUCAGAGCAUCAAAGAAAUCCAUUCCGGAUCUCCAUUACAAAGUGCAAGGGCUUACUGAAGGGGUUGAAUAUGAAUUCAGAGUGAUUGCAGAAAACAGAGCUGGCUUUGGAGAUCCCAGUGAGCCAUCACACACUGUGAUGGCUAAGAGUGCGGCAAAUGUGCCUGGGCCCCCAUCCAACCCAAGAAUUACAGAUACAACUAAAACUACAGCUUCAUUGCACUGGGGUAGACCUCAUGACGAUGGUGGACUUGACAUCACAGGAUACAUUGUUGAGCACAAAAAGGAGGGAGAAGAAGACUGGAUUAAAGACACAACAGGAACUGCACUGCGAAUUACUGACUUUGUUGUGGCAAACCUACAGACAGGAGGAAAGUAUCACUUCAGAGUUAGUGCACUGAAUGCAGUAGGAGUUGGUAAACCUGCUCAAGUUGAAGAAGUUGUUGAAAUUGUGGAGCGUGAAGAAAUUGCAGACUUUGAACUUGAUGCUGAACUGAGAAGAACCCUUGUUGUCAAGGCUGGUGGCUCCAUACGUAUUUUCGUGCCAAUUAAAGGUCGUCCAACCCCUGAAGUCACCUGGAUGAAAGAGGAGAUACCUUUGAAGGGUCGUGCACACAUUGAUACAACAGAAUCAUAUACUCUCCUCGUCAUCCCGGAUUGCACAAGACAUGAUGCUGGAAAGUACUUCUUGACAGUGGAAAAUUCUGCUGGCAAAAAGACUGCAUUUGUGAAUGUCAGAGUUCUGGAUUCACCCGGACCACCUCUCAACUUGAAACCAAAAGACAUUACGAAAGACAGCGUCACCCUCCAAUGGGAAAUGCCUAUGAUUGAUGGUGGCUCAAAGAUUACCAAUUACAUCAUUGAGAAGAGAGAAGCUACACGAAAGGCUUAUACCACCAUAAUAACAAAUUGCCAAAAGUGUUCUGUUAGAGUUCCAAAUCUGGCUGAAGGAUCAGAAUACUAUUUCAGAGUACGUGCUGAAAAUGAAUUUGGCAUUGGUGAGCCAGUUGAAACUCCUGAUCCCAUUAGAGCAUCUCAAGCACCCACUCCACCUGAAAAAGUUAACAUAACAGAAAUUACCAAGAACUCUGCAAGACUUGUCUGGACAAAACCAAAGCAUGAUGGUGGCAGCAGAAUUACUGGAUAUGUCAUUGAAGCUCAAAAGAAGGGUGCAGAUCAGUGGUCUCAUGUGGGCACUGUGAAGACUCUUGACUAUGUAGCAAAAAAUCUAAAUGAAAAUGACGAGUAUGUAUUCAGGGUCAUGGCUGUGAACAGUUCCGGCAGAAGUGAUCCUCGUGAAAGCAGACCGGUAGUAAUUAAAGAACAAAUGACAGGCCCAGAAUUUGACCUUUCUGGAAUCUGCCAGAAAUUAGUCAUUGCCAAAGCAGGAGAUGAUAUUAAAAUUGAAAUACCUGUUUUGGGCCGUCCAAAACCAACAGUUUCCUGGAACAAGGAUGAUCAGGCCCUUAAACAGACACAAAGGGUAAACAUUGAAAACACCCCAAUUUCAACCAUCCUGAAUAUUGUUGAAUGCACACGAAAUGACAGUGGACGGUACUCCAUGACAGGAAAGAAUAUAAUUGGCACUGAAACAGAACAUAUUACUCUGAAAGUGCAUGAUGUUCCUGGACCUCCCAAGGGACCAAUUAAGUUAGACAAAAUUUCCCGUGACUUCAUCAUAAUAUCAUGGGAUUCCCCUGAGAAUGAUGGAGGUGUACCAAUUAACAGUUACAUUGUUGAAUUGAGACAAACCACAAGCACAACAUGGGUAGAGUUGUCUACAUCAGUAAUCCGCACAACAUUUAAAGCUACUCGUUUAACUACAGGAGUUGAGUAUCAGUUCCGUGUUAAAGCUAAAAACAGAUAUGGUGUUGGACCUCCAAUCACUUCAGAAGCAGUGGUGGCUGCAUAUCCAUUCAAGGUUCCUGGACCACCAGGCACUCCACAUGUAGCAUCAUUCACCAAAGACACUAUGACAAUUGGAUGGAAUGAACCAGUUGCUGAUGGAGGAAGUGAAAUCUUAGGAUACCAUAUUGAAAGGAAAGAGAGGAGCGGUAUCGUGUGGCAAAGGAUCAGCAAAGCCUUAGUGGUAGGAAACAUUUUCAAAUCUACAGGAUUAGAAGGUGGAAUUGCCUAUGAAUUCCGUGUUCUAGCUGAAAACAUAGCAGGUGUGGGUAAACCAAGCAAGUCAUCAGAGCCAAUGCUUGCCCUUGAUCCAGUGGAUCCACCUGGCCAGCCAGUGGCAGUUAACAUCACUAAAAAUGUAGUGACAAUUGAAUGGACAAAGCCUGAAUAUGAUGGCGGUUUCAAGAUAACUGGAUAUACUGUGGAAAAGAAAGACUUACCAAAUGGACGCUGGCUCAAGGCUAACUUCACCAACAUAAUUGAUACCAGUUUCACUGUAAGUGGACUGACAGAAAACGCCUCCUAUGAAUUCCGUGUUCUUGCCAGGAAUUCCGCUGGUGCUGUAAGCAACCCCUCUGAGCCAUCAGAUCCCAUUACUUGCAAAGAUGACAUUGAAGAGCCAAGAAUUAUGGUUGAUGCCAAGUUCAAGGAUGUUGUUCUAGUGAAGGCAGGGGAAGUCUUCAAAAUUGAAGCUGAUGUUUCCGGGCAACCACCACCAUCAAUGGUUUGGACUAAAGAUGAAAAGGAAGUUGAAAAUACAACAAAACUACAAAUCAAAAUGAAUGACUUUACAACAGCUUUGAUUAAUAAGGAUUCUGUAAGAAGGGAUGGAGGUGUAUUCACUUUAACGGCUAGCAAUCUGGGAGGCUUUGCCAAACAUGUCUUCAAUGUUAAAGUUCUUGACAGACCAGGGCCACCAGCUGGACCACUUACUGUUACAGACAUCACUGCUGAGAAUUGUGUUCUGUCAUGGUUACCUCCUCCAGAUGACGGUGGAGCAAAGAUUGAUUACUAUGUCAUUGAAAAGCGUGAAACAAGCAGACUUGCAUGGACAAAUGUAGCAUCAGAGUUGCAAGUUAACCAGUUCAAAGUGACAAAAUUGCUGAAAGGAAAUGAAUAUAUAUUUAGGGUCAUGGCUGUCAAUAAGUAUGGAAUUGGAGAGCCGCUUGAAUCAGAAUCUAUUAUUGCAGCUAACCCAUACGUUCCACCCGAUCCUCCACAAACACCUGAAGUAACAACUAUCACAAAGGAUUCCAUGGUUGUUUGCUGGGGAGCUCCUAAAAGCGAUGGUGGAAGCAGUAUUACCAACUACACUAUUGAACGAAGAGAUAAAACUGGUCUUCGGUGGGUUAAAUGCAAUAUGAAGACUGUUACAGAUUUGUGGUACAAAGUAUCCGGGCUUGUACCAGGACAUGAAUAUGAAUUUAGAGUUGCUGCUGAGAAUGCUGCUGGUCAAAGUGCACAUAGUCCUUCAAGUCCAUUCUACAAGGCCUCUGACACUCUCUUCAAGCCUGGCCCUCCUGGCAAUCCAAGGGUCUUGGACACAACUAAGUCUUCAAUCACCCUUGCAUGGAACAAGCCAGUAUAUGAUGGUGGUUCUGAUAUCACAGGAUACAUUGUUGAGACCUGCCUUCCUGAGGAGAAUGAAUGGAGAGUUGUAACACCCAAGGAAGGACUAAUGGGCACAUCGUUUACAAUUACUGACUUGAAGGAAAAUCAGGAAUAUAAAAUUAAUAUUUCGGCUGUUAACUCUGAGGGUGUUGGAGAAGCUGCUUCUGUUCCUGGAUCACCAAAGGCAGAGGACAGGCAGAUUCCACCAGAAAUUGAGCUUGAUGCUGAUCUUCGUAAGGUUGUCACCAUCAGAGCCUGCUGCACAUUGAGGCUAUUUGUACCAAUAAAAGGAAGACCAGCUCCUGAGGUAAAAUGGUCCAAAGAAAAUGGAGACCCUAUUGAGAGAGCAACUAUUGAGACUACAACAUCUUUCACAUCAGUGAUUAUUGAAAAUGUCAAUAGGUUUGACAGUGGAAAAUACUUGCUAACAGUGGAAAACAGCUCAGGAAGUAAGACAGCCUUUGUGAAUGUCAGAGUACUGGAUACCCCUGGAGCACCACAAAAUCUGAAGAUCAAAGAAGUUACUAAAGAGUCUGUAUCGCUCACCUGGGACCCCCCUCUGAAUGAUGGUGGCACCAAGAUUAAGAAUUAUAUUGUUGAAAAACGUGAAUCAACAAGAAAAGCAUACUCCACAGUUAUGGCUAACUGUCACAAAACAAGCUGGACAGUUGAUCAGCUGCAAGAGGGAUGCAACUAUUACUUUAGAGUUUUAGCAGAAAAUGAAUAUGGAAUUGGUCUUCCCAUAGAAACUACUGAGUCAGUCAAAGUGUCUGAGAAACCACUUCCUCCAGGGAAAAUUACUCUUCAAGAUGUUACGAAGAAUAGUGCUACACUGUCAUGGCAAAAGCCAGAGCAUGAUGGUGGAAGCAGAAUAGUAGCAUAUGUUGUUGAGAUGCAAAGCAAAGGAAGUGAAAAAUGGACCCAGUGUGUGAUUGUAAAAGUUACUGAAGCAGUUAUUACUGGACUGACACCAGGUGAAGAAUAUAUGUUCAGGGUAUCUGCAAGGAAUGAGAAAGGAACAAGCGAUCCUCGCCAGAUUGGUGUGCCUGUAGUUGCGAAAGAUCUUGUGAUAGCUCCAGCAUUCAAGCUGUUAUUCUCCACAUUCAGUGUUCUAGCAGGAGAAGACUUGAAGAUAGACAUUCCCUAUGUUGCUCGCCCAAAAGCAGCCAUUUCUUGGCAGAAAGAUAGUGUACCUCUCAAGCAAACUAGCAGAGUUAAUUUUGAGUCAUCUGAGACUAAUUUAAGUCUUGUGAUCAAGGAGGCAUGCAGGGAGGAUGUUGGGCAGUAUAUUAUCAAACUUUCAAAUACAGCAGGUGAAACAACAGCAGACAUUGGUGUUGUUGUGCUCGAUAAACCUGGCCCACCAACUGGGCCAGUGAAAGUGAAUGAAGUCACUACAGAUAGCAUCACAUUCUCUUGGAAGCCCCCUGAGUACGAUGGUGGUUGCACUAUUAACAACUACAUUGUUGAAAAAAGAGAUACAUCUACCACAGAUUGGCAGACUGUGUCCUCAAACGUAGCAAGAACAACAAUAAAAGCAGGAAGGUUGAAGACUGGCUCUGAAUAUCAGUUCAGGAUUACUGCUGAGAAUAGAUAUGGAAAGAGUUCAUUCCUUGUCUCAGAGUCUGUAGUUGCUCAGUACCCAUUCAAAGUUCCAGGCCCUCCAGGAACACCCUUCAUUCAUGCCGCUACAAGGGACACCAUGGUAGUGGUAUGGAAUGAGCCUGUUAAUGAUGGAGGAAGCAGUGUAUUAGGGUAUCACCUUGAAAGAAAGGAAAGAAACAGUAUUCUUUGGAUUAAACUAAACAAGACACUUAUCCAGGACACAACUUUCAAGACUAUUGGUCUUGAACAAGGGCUUGAAUAUGAAUACAGAGUUUAUGCAGAAAAUAUUGUAGGCAUUGGUAAAGCCAGCAAAGUGUCAGAGGGUUAUGUUGCCAGAGAUCCUUGUGAUCCUCCAGGCACUCCAGAGGCGGUGAAGAUCACAAAAAAUUCUAUUACAAUCAAAUGGACUAAACCAGAAUAUGAUGGCGGUAGCAAAGUCACUGGAUACAUUGUUGAGAAGAAGGAAUUGCCUGAAGGCCGCUGGAUGAAGGCCAACUUCACUAACAUUAUUGAAACUGAAUAUGUUGCAACUGGCUUAGUUGAAGACAACAAAUAUGAGUUCCGGGUCAUUGCAAGAAAUGCUGCAGGUGUUUUCAGUGAUCCAUCUUACAGCACUGGGCCUAUCACUGCAAAGGAUGAGGUUGAUCCACCUCGCAUUAGCAUAGAUCCACAAUAUACUCAAACUAUCAUUGUAAAUGCUGGAGAAGCAUUCAAGAUUGAUGCUGACAUACAUGGCAAGCCAACACCCACAAUCCAUUGGAUGAAGGGAGAGCAAGAGCUUGUAAAUACUUUGUAUUGUGAAAUUAAAAACACAGAGACCACCACAUGUUUGAGUAUUAAAGAAGCUAAAUGCACUGAUGGAGGACAGUACACUCUGCUAUUAAAGAACGCUGGAGGAGAGAAGUCUGUUCAUGUCAAUGUCAAGGUACUAGAUAAACCUGGACCACCUGAAGGCCCUGUUUCUGUCUAUGGUAUUACAAUUGACCAAUGCUCCAUUGCCUGGAAACCACCAAAACAUGAUGGUGGUAGUAAUAUAUCUCACUAUAUUGUUGAAAGGAGAGAGACGAGCAGAUUGGUUUGGACAGUUGUUGAUUCUAAAAUACAAACAACUACUCUAAAAAUCACAAAGCUUUUGGAAGGAAAUGAGUACAUUUUCCGUGUCUUGCCUGUCAACAAAUUUGGAGUGGGUGAACCACUUGACUCCGAAGCAGUACUUAUUAAAAAUCCAUUUGUGGCUCCUGAUGCACCUAAAAGUGUUGAAGUUUCCAACAUCACAAAGGAUUCAAUGGUCGUAACCUGGGAAGCACCUGCUCAAGAUGGUGGCAGUCCUGUUACUGGAUACAUUAUUGAAAAACAUGACAAAGAAGGAGUCAGAUGGACUCGCUGCAAUAGGAAUAUAGUCAGUGAUUUGUGCUUUAAGGUCACUGGACUUCUCGAAAGCCACAGUUAUGAAUUCAGAGUCACAGCUGAGAAUGCAGCUGGAAUUGGAGAACCCAGUACUCCAUCUGUUUAUUACAAGGCUGUGGAUCCUAUUUUCAAACCUGGCCCACCAAAUAACCCUAAAGUGACAGAUGUGUCAAAAACAUCUGUAUUCCUUUCAUGGGGUAAACCUAUUUAUGAUGGUGGUUGUGAGAUUCAGGGAUAUAUUGUUGAAGCAUGUGAGGCAACAUCAGAAGAAUGGACUAUGUGUACCCCCCCAACAGGCAUCAGAAAGACAACAUUCGAAGUAGAAAAACUCAAAGAAAAGCAUGAAUAUAAGUUUAGAGUCUGUGCUAUAAACAAAGCUGGUGUUGGUGAACAUGCAGAUGUUUCUGGUACCAUUCUUGUUGAAGAGAAAAUGGAAGAACCCUAUCUCGACCUUGAUCCAGAACUCAGGAAGGUCAUUAAAGUUCGAGCUGGAGGUUCCAUCAGGGUGUUCGUCCCUAUGAGAGGGUGCCCUGCCCCAAAAGUUAAAUGGGAGAAAGCUGAUGGUGAAAUCAAGGAAAACGCUCAGAUUGAGGUUACUAGCAGUUAUACAUCCCUUGUGAUUGACAAUGCUAAUAGAUUUGACAGUGGAAAAUAUACCCUCACUGCAGAGAAUGCCAGUGGAUCAAAAUCUGAAUUCAUUACUGUCAGAGUGCUUGACACACCAAGUGCUCCAGUGAAUCUUAAAGUGAAGGAGAUCACAAAAGAGUCUGUAACUCUUAUAUGGGAACCACCUGCCUUGGAUGGUGGUGCAAAAAUUAAAAACUAUAUUGUUGAAAAACGUGAAAGCACAAGAAAAGCUUAUUCUGCUGUUGUGACCAAUUGCCAUGCAUUGUCAUGGAAAGUUGAACCACUUCAGGAGGGCUGCAACUAUUACUUCAGAGUUCUUGCUGAAAAUGAAAAUGGUAUUGGAUUACCAGCAGAAACAACUGAUCCACUGAAAGUAUCAGAAGUGCCACAACCUCCGGGGAAAUUCACUGUUAUUGAUGUAACACGCAACAGUGUUUCACUUGCCUGGGAGAAACCUGAGCAUGAUGGUGGCAGUAGAAUCCUUCAGUAUCUGGUGGAAAUGCAAGCGAAAGGCAGUGAAAAAUGGUCUGGCUGUGCAAAUGUCAAAACCCUGGAGACAGUAGUCAGUAAUUUGGUCCAGGGAGAAGAAUAUUUGUUCAGGGUCAUUGCUAUCAAUGAGAAGGGAAAGAGUGACCCAAGAACUCUCGCUGUUCCAGUGCAAGCAAAGGAUCUGGUCAUCGACCCAGAUGUAAGGCCUACAUUCAGUAACUACAGUGUACAAGUUGGUAAAGAUCUCACAGUAGAAAUACCAAUUGCUGGACGUCCUAAACCAACAGUUGUUUGGGCUAAGGAUGGCACACCUCUUAAACAGACUACAAGGGUUAAUUUCGUUAGCACUGCACAUCACACAACUCUGAAUAUAAAAGAAGCAACACAAGAUGAUGGCGGUCUUUAUGAAAUUGCAGUGUCUAAUGUUGUGGGACAAAAGGAUGCAACUAUUGAAAUAAUCACACUUGACAAACCUGGCCCUCCAGUUGGCCCAGUGAAAUUUUCUGGAGUAAGUGUGGACAGUGUCACGAUUUCCUGGAAUCCUCCAAAAUUCACUGGAGGCUGCCAAAUUUCAAAUUACAUUGUGCAAAAGAGAGACACAACCACCACUACCUGGGAGAAUGUGUCUACCACAGUUGCAAGAACUACUCUGAAGGUGAUUAGACUAAAAACUGGGGCAGAAUAUCAGUUCAGAAUUAUUGCUGAAAACAGAUAUGGCAAAAGUUAUGCUUUAGACUCUCCAUCUGUUGUCGCCCAGUAUCCUUACAAGGAACCAGGUCCACCAGGGACUCCAUUUGUCACAUCACUCUCAAGAGAUCAUAUGGUUGUGGAAUGGCAUGAGCCAGUGUCAGAUGGAGGCAGUAGUAUUAUUGGCUAUCAUCUUGAAAGAAAAGAGAGAAACAGCAUCCUGUGGACCAAAAUUAAUAAGUCUCUAAUUCAAGAAACCCGGUUUAAAACCAGUCCUUUGGAAGAGGGUGUUGAAUAUGAGUUCAGAGUAUAUGGUGAGAACAUUGUUGGAAUAGGCAGAUGCAGUAAAGUUUCAGAAGGCUGUGUAGCACGUGAUCCAUGUGAUCCACCUGGCACCCCAGAGGCCAUCAGUGUGAGUAAGAACUCAAUUACAAUCCAGUGGACUAAGCCUGAGUAUGAUGGAGGCAGUGCAAUAACUGGUUACACAGUGGAGAAACGUGACCUUCCAGAGGGACGCUGGAUGAAGGCCAACUUCACAAAUAUUAUUGAAACCCAAUUUACAGUUACUGGAUUAACUGAAGAUGCCAAGUAUGACUUCAGAGUUAUUGCAAAAAAUGCAGUUGGAACUGUCAGCAAGCCAUCUUAUAACACUGGACCCAUCACUGCAAAGGAUGAAGUUGAACCACCAAGAUUCUCAAUUGACCCAGAGUUCAGUCAGACUAUUGUUGUAAAUGCAGGAGACACAUUUAAACUUGAUGCUGAUGUACAUGGAAAACCAAUACCCACAAUCCAAUGGUUCAAGGGUGAUAAAGAAAUUGAAAAUACAAUAAGAUGUGAGAUCAAGAAUACCGAUUUGAAAGCAGUGAUCAUUGUUAAAGAUGCCAUUAGAAUGGACGGUGGACAAUAUAAUCUGCAGCUCACUAAUGUAGCAGGCACAAAAACUGUCCCGUUCAAUGUCAAAGUACUGGACAAACCAGGACCGUGUCAAGGGCCGCUUAAUAUCAGUGGUGUAACUUCUGACAAAUGCACUCUGUCAUGGCUUCCUCCAGAACAUGAUGGAGGCAGCAGUAUUACUCAUUACAUCAUUGAGAGGAGAGAAACUAGUCGUCUUGCUUGGACAUUAGUUACUAGUGACUGUAAUGUUCCAACACUCAAAGUAGCAAAGCUUCUAGAAGGGAAUGAGUACAUCUUCCGUGUUAUGGCAGUUAACAAGUAUGGUGUAGGUGAACCACUGGAGUCUGCAGCAGUCAUCAUGAAAAAUCCAUUCAUUCCACCGGGAUCUCCACACAUUCUAGAAGUAACUAAUAUCACAAGAGAUUCCAUGACUGUGUGUUGGCUUGCACCGGAAACAGAUGGCGGAAGUGAAAUUGUUGGCUACAUUGUGGAGAAGAAAGACAGGGCAGGGAUUAGAUGGACAAAAUGCAACAGAAAAAGAGUAACAGACUUGCACUUCAGGGUAACCGGUUUGUCAGAAGGUCAUGAGUAUGAAUUUAGAUUAUCUGCUGAAAACGCAGCUGGAAUUGGAGAACCAAGUUUACCAACGCAAUACUACAAAGCCUCUGAUCCAAUAUUCAAACCUGGCCCACCAAGCAAUGCCCAUGUGGUUGAUACCACAAAGAACUCCAUUUCAAUAGCAUGGGGCAAACCAGUUCAUGAUGGCGGUUGUGCAAUUCAGGGAUACAUUGUUGAGAUUUGCAAAGCUGACGAGGAGGAAUGGACUAUGUGCACCCCACCAACUGGCCUGCGUAUCAACAAGUUUGAAAUCACAAAACUGACAGAAAAUCAAGAAUAUAAGAUUCAGAUAUGUGCAAUCAACAAGUUAGGUGUUGGUGAACCAGCUGUUAUUCCUGGAACAGUGAAACCUGAAGACAAAAUGGAAGCACCAGAAAUACACCUUGACUCAGAGCUGAGGAAAGGAAUUGUGGUGCGUGCUGGUGCAUCCAUGAAAAUCAAUGUACCCUUCAAGGGAAGACCAACUCCAGAGAUUAAAUGGACUAAAGAUGAGGGGGAAUUAUCUGAUAAGGCACAAAUUGAGAAAGGCCUGAACUAUACUCAGCUUUCAAUUGACAUCUGUGACAGGAGUGAUGCUGGAAAAUACACCCUAAGUUUGGAAAACAGCAGUGGAUCCAAAUCUGAAUUUGUGUCUGUCAAAGUACUGGACACACCAUCAGCACCUUUGAAUCUUGUAGUGAAAGAUAUCAAGAAAGACUCCGUUACUCUUGUCUGGGAGCCACCUUUAAUUGACGGAGGAGCAAAGGUCAAGCACUAUGUAAUUGAUAAGCGUGAAUCAACCAGAAAAGCUUAUGCUAAUGUCACAGCUAAGUGCACAAAAACAAGCUAUGUGGUAGAAAAUCUUGCAGAAGGAGCUAUGUAUUACUUCAGAGUUAUGGCUGAGAAUGAAUAUGGAGUUGGCCUACCAAUUGAAACAAAAAAUGCAGUGAAGGCAUCUGAGGUUCCUCUACCAGUUUCCAAAGUCACUUUGACAGAUGUAACUAAAAUAAGUGCAUCUCUAGCAUGGGAGAAACCAGAGCAUGAUGGUGGUAGCAGGAUAGUGGGGUACAUAAUUGAAAUGCAACCUAAAGGAACAGACAAAUGGGGUGUAGCCACGUCAACAAAAACAUGUGAAGGCACCGUAAGUGGACUAAGUUCUGGUCACGAAUACCUCUUCCGUGUCUUAGCCUACAAUGAGAAAGGAAAGAGUGAGCCUACUCCAUUAGCUGCUCCUGUUAUUGCAAAUGACUUGACAAUUGAACCCAGCUUCAAACUUAUUUUCAACACCUACAGUAUCAAAGCUGGGAAAGAUCUGAAAAUAGAAAUACCAGUUAUUGGCCGUCCAGCACCCAAGGCUUCCUGGAUGAAAGAUGGACAGCCACUGAAAAUGACAACAAGAGUUAAUUAUUCAAGCACACCAACCUCAGCUAUACUUCAAAUAACAGAGGCUAGCAAAGAUGACUUCGGAAAGUACUCAGUCACAGCUGCAAACAGUGCUGGUACAGUCACAGAAGACAUUGGAAUUAUAAUCCUUGACAAACCUGGUCCACCAACUGGCCCUAUAAAAAUCACUGAAGUAAGCAAUAACUUUGUCAGCAUCUCAUGGGAGCCACCAGAGUACACAGGAGGUUGUCAAGUAAAAAAUUACAUUGUUGAAAAACGUGACACAACUACCACAACUUGGCAGAUUGUAUCUGGAGCAGUUGCAAGGACAGCUAUCAAAAUUUCUAAACUGACAACAGGAUCAGAAUAUCAGUUCAGAGUCUGCGCUGAAAACCGAUAUGGAAGGGGUUCUUAUCUGGACUCAUCAGCAGUUGUUGUACAGUAUCCAUACAAAGCACCUGGACCACCUGGCACCCCAUUUGUCUCAUCUGCAUCUAAGGACCAUAUGGUUAUUGAAUGGAAUGAACCAGUCAACGAUGGUGGCAGUUCAGUCAUUGGUUACCACAUUGAAAGCAAAGAAAGAACAAGCAUUUUGUGGACAAAACUGAAUAAGACUCUCAUUACUGAUACUCUCUUCAAGGUAAGCAAUCUGGAAGAAGGUAUGGGAUAUGAGUACAGAGUUUACGCUGAAAACAUUGUUGGUAUUGGUAGAUCAAGCAAAGUUUCAGAAUGCUUUGUAGCUCGUGACCCAUGUGAUCCACCUGGUACCCCUGAACCUAUUACUAUCACCAAAGAUCUGAUCACCAUUCAGUGGACAAAGCCACAGUAUGAUGGUGGCAGUAAAGUCACUGGAUAUAUUGUUGAAAAGCGGGACUUGCCUGAAGGUCGUUGGAUGAAGGCCAGCUUCACUAAUGUAAUUGAGACUGAGUUCACAAUCACAGGCUUAUCACAAGACCAACAGUAUGAGUUUAGAGUUAUUGCAAGAAAUGCAGCUGGUAUUUUCAGUGAGCCCUCUGAAAGCACUGGACCAAUAACUGCCACAGAUGAAAUUGAAGCUCCAAAAGCUUCAAUGGAUCCAAAGUACAAGGAUGUUAUUGUUGUUAAUGCUGGGGAAACCUUUGCUCUUGAUGCUGACAUCUACGGCAAACCAGUUCCUGAUGUCACAUGGUUAAAGGAUGGAAAGGAAAUUGAGAAGACUACUCCAAGAAUGGAAGUCAAAACUACCAUCAAUCGUACUUUGCUAACAAUAAAAGACUGUAUUAGAGUAGACAGUGGACAGUAUGAUCUUAGUCUCAGCAAUAUUGGUGGAACAAAAACAAUACCAAUCACUGUGAAGGUUCUUGAUAGACCCAGUCCACCUGUGGGUCCACUCAAAGUGGCAGAUGUCACUGCUGAUACAUGUUAUUUGUCCUGGAGUGAUCCUUCACAAGAUGGCGGUGCUCCUAUUUCACACUACAUCAUUGAGAAAAGAGAAACCAGUAGGUUGUCAUGGACUGUAGUUGAUCCGAAUGUUCAAUUCUUGAGCUACAGAGUAACCAAACUACUGACUCACAAUGAAUAUAUCUUUAGGGUCAUGGCAGUUAACAAAUAUGGCACAGGUGAGCCACUUGAAUCUGAGCCCAUCAUAGCACGCAAUCCAUUCAAGCCACCAAGUGCACCUUCUAUGCCUGAGGCAAGUGUUAUAACAAAGGAUUCCAUGGUUAUCACAUGGAAUCAACCAGAGCAUGAUGGUGGGUCAGAAAUUAAAUGCUAUCACCUUGAAAAACGUGACAAAGAUGGUGUUAGGUGGACAAAAUGUAACAGACAGAUUCUAACGGACCUCCACUUUAAAGUAACUGGACUCUCAGAAGGACAUUUCUAUGAGUUCCGUGUCUCUGCUGAAAAUGAGGCUGGUGUGGGAGAGUCAAGUGAACCAUCGUUGUUCUAUAGAGCCUCUGAUGCCACACGCCCACCUGGUCCACCAACCAAUCCUAAAGUGACUGACCACUCAAGUACAGCUGUGUCUCUUGCCUGGAGCAAACCCCUCAGUGAUGGAGGUGCAUACAUAAAGGGAUAUAUUGUUGAGAUGAAAGAAGUUACUCAGGAAGAAUGGGUCACAUGUACACCUCCUACUGGUAUACAAGCAACACGCUAUACUGUGACAAAACUUAAGGAAAAUACUGAAUAUAACUUCCGCAUCUGUGCCAUCAAUGCUGAGGGAGUUGGCGAACAUGCAGAUAUCCAUGGCUCUGUUAUUGCUGCUGAUAAACUUGAAGCACCAGAAAUUGAGCUAGAUGCAGACCUGAGGAAGGUUGUUUCUGUGCGUGCAGGUGGAACACUUCGCCUGUUUGUCACAAUCAGAGGGAGACCUGAACCUAAAGUCACUUGGGAAAAGGCAGAAGGAACUCUGACUGAGCGUGUACAAACUGAAGUCACAAGUUCAUACACUAUGCUUGUUAUUGACAAUGUUAACAGAUUUGAUACUGGGAAAUAUGUUUUGACUCUAGAAAAUACAAGCGGCAAAAAAUCUGCAUUUGUCAAUGUAAGAGUGUUGGAUUCACCAAGUGCACCACUUAACUUUGCAGUCAAAGACAUCAAGAAAGAUUCAGUGACACUGAAUUGGGAACCUCCUCUUAUUGAUGGUGGAGCCAAGAUAACUAACUAUGUUGUAGAAAAACGAGAAUCUACAAGAAAGGCAUACACCACUGUCACAAGUAAUUGUACUCAGAACUCAUUUAAGAUUGAUGAGCUUGAGGAGGGAUGUAUUUACUACUUCCGUGUAAGAGCUGUAAAUGAGCAUGGUUUUGGAAUAGCAGUAGAAACUAAAGAUCCAGUCAAGGUUUCUGAAGUACCUAUGCCACCGGGUAAAGUUACACUUGUUGAUGUGACGAGAAACAGUGCAGUUCUCUCCUGGGAGAAACCAGCUCAUGAUGGCGGCAGCAAAGUCAUGUGCUACAAUGUAGAGAUGCAAACUAAGGGCACGGACAAGUGGACUGUAUGCACUACAGUUAAGGUUCCAGAAGCAACAAUCACUAACCUUACAGCAGGUCAGGAAUAUAGUUUCAGAAUCAUUGCUUUGAAUGAGAAAGGCAAGAGUGACCCACAACAACUUGGUGUACCUGUGAUUGCAAAGGAUAUUGAAAUUGAACCUACGAUUGAUCUGCUAUUCAACACUUACAGUGUGAAGGCAGGGGAUGAUCUCACAGUUGAAGUUCCAUUCAGAGGUAGACCUAAACCAGCCAUUUCAUGGAAGAAGGAUGGACUACCUCUGAAACUGACAACAUCUGUAACCAUUUUGACAUCCAAUACCUCAACUAAACUUAUCAUCAAAGAAGCUAGUAGGGAGCAUGUUGGAAAAUAUGAAAUCACAUUAGCUAACACAGCUGGGACAAAAAUAGUCGAACUUGGCAUUGUUAUCCUUGACAAACCUGGCCCACCAGCAGCAGUUAGAAUAGAUGAAGUAAGUUCAGACAGUAUCAAAUUAUCCUGGGAUCCACCAGAGUAUGAUGGCGGAUGCCACAUCAACAACUACAUUGUGGAGAAGAGAGACACUAACACAACAACAUGGGAAACAGUUUCAUCUACAAUUGCCAGAACAUCAAUUAAAGUGUCCCGUUUGACACAUGGUUCUGAAUAUCAAUUCCGUAUUUAUGCUGUAAACCGUUACGGAAAGAGCCCCUAUAUAGAUUCUCCAGGAAUUACUGCACAGUAUCCCUUCAAGCAACCUGGACCACCUUCUACACCUCAAGUUGCCCAUGCAACCAAGGCAUUCAUGCUUGUUACAUGGAAUGAACCGGUCAAUGAUGGUGGAAGCACAGUUCUCGGAUAUCACCUGGAGCGUAAAGAACGAAGCAGUAUUCUUUGGACAAAGAUGAACAGAGGUCUCAUCACUGAUACAGAAUUCAAGGUCACUGGCAUUGAGGAGGGCUUACUCUAUGAGUACCGCGUCUAUGCUGAAAACAUUGCUGGCAUAGGGAAGUGCAGUAAAACCUCUGAACCCGUGGCUGCAAGAGAUCCCUGUGAUCCCCCAGGUCAACCUACAAUCACAAGCAUCACUAGAACAUCAGUUUCCCUGUCUUGGACAAAGCCAGAGUACGAUGGAGGAGCCAAAGUCACCGGUUACAUAGUUGAACGCAGGGAACUUCCGCAGGGUCGUUGGCUGAAGUGUAAUUUCACUAAUAUCCAAGAAACAUACUUCGAUGUGACAGGCCUUACAGAGGACCAGAAAUAUGAUUUCCAUGUCAUUGCAAAGAAUGCCGCUGGAUUAUUUAGUGAACCCUCUGAAAGCACAGGCCCUGUUACAGUCAAAGAUGAUGUCGAACCACCACGUAUCAUGAUGGACGUAACGUUCAGAGAUGUUGUAGUAGUGAAAGCUGGUGAUGUUUUGAAAAUCAAUGCAGAUAUUGCUGGACGACCUCUGCCAGUUGUUUCAUGGGCAAAGGAUGGUAAGGAGAUCGAGCCUACAGCUAGAGUUCAGAUCUCCUCAACAUCCAGCAGCACUUCAGUAAUUGUCAAAGACUGCAUCAGAAGAGACUCUGGACAGUAUAUUUUGACUUUACAGAAUAUUGCUGGAACAAAGUCGUUGACUGUUAACUGCAAGAUCCUUGACAGGCCAGGACCAUCUGCUGGACCACUGCAGGUAUCUGGCCUUGAUGCAGAAAAAUGUACAUUGACCUGGGGUCCUCCUCAAGAAAUGGGUGGUGCAGAUAUAUCCCACUAUAUUGUUGAGAAACGUGAAACAAGCCGUCUUGCCUGGACAUUAGUAUAUGGAGAAAUGAAAGCUACGACAUGUACAGUUACUAAACUUCUCAAAGGCAAUGAGUACAUUUUCAGAGUUCUUGCUGUGAACAAAUUUGGAAUUGGUGAGGCCCUGGAGAGUGAUCCCAUAAGAGCUAUGGAUCCAUACACUUGUCCAUCUGUACCCACAGAUGUAAAAAUUACCUCUGUCUCAAGUGAAGCAAUGACAAUCUGCUGGGCAAAACCUGCCACAGAUGGAGGCAGUGAGAUUUGUGGCUAUGUAAUUGAAAGACGUGAGAAAUCAGGUCUGCGCUGGGUUCGUGUGAACAAACAGCUUGUAUGUGAUCUCACUUUUGAAGCAUCCAAUCUCCGCGAAGGAUGUGAGUAUGAGUAUCGUGUUUAUGCAGAAAAUGCAGCUGGUUUGAGUCCUCCAAGUUACCCUUGCCAGCCAACUAAAGCAGUGGAUCCACUUUCCGCACCAUCUGCCCCUGAAAGAGUAAAGGUGAUUGAUUCAACCAAGAGCUCUAUCACUCUUGCCUGGAAAAAGCCACUGUUUGAUGGUGGAGCCCCUGUCAUUGGCUACUAUGUUGAGUAUAAGAAGACGGAGGAUAAAGACUGGAAUGUGGCUAUUCAACAGACAAGGAACACUGAGUUCACAGUUGUUGGUCUUACAACUGGAGCAGAAUAUGUGUUUGCAGUUAAAUCUAUUAACAAAAUUGGUCUCAGUGAACAAACUGUAACUGCAGAACCUGAGGUUGCUAAGGAUAGAGAAGAAGAGCCAGCAUUUGAUGUUGACAUUGAAAUGCGCAAAACUCUGAUUGUCAAGCAUGGUAGCUCUUUUACUCUGACUGUUCCAUUCAAUGGAAGACCAAUACCUAGUGUAACAUGGAAUAAAGAUGAUGUAGAUCUGAAAGUGAGAGGAAGUAUUGAUACAAGUGAUGCCUGCACAUCCAUUACAUUAGAGAAAGCAACAAGAAACGACACUGGAAAAUACAAUGUAACACUGCAGAACAGCGUUGGAACAGCUACUUUGGCAAUGGCUGUCAAGGUUCUUGACUCACCUGGGCCACCUACUAAUGUUAAGAUUAAGGAUGUUACAAAGGACUCGGUUACAGUAACCUGGGAGGCACCAGAAAAUGAUGGAGGUGACCCUGUCAAGAACUAUCAUGUUGAAAAACGUGAAGCCAGCAAAAAGGCAUGGGUGAGCGUCACAUCCAACUGUCACCAUUUGACCUACAAAGUGACAGAUCUGCAAGAGGGAGCCAUCUACUACUUCAGAGUCAUUGGAGAAAAUGAAUUUGGAGUUGGUGUGCCUUCAGAAACCAAGGAUGGAACUAAGAUUACUGAAAAACCAAGCCCACCUGCAAGGCUCGGUGUCACAGAAGUCACUAAAGACAGCAUUUCACUGGCAUGGAGUAAGCCAGAACAUGAUGGAGGUAGCAGAAUCACAAGUUACCUCAUAGACGCUCUUGAAAAGGGUCAACAGAAGUGGGUGAAGUGUGCUGUGGUCAAAACUACCUACCACGUUGUCCGGAGCCUGAGGGAAAAUGCUGAAUAUUUCUUCAGAGUCCGUGCUGAAAAUCAUGCUGGUCUCAGUGAUCCCAAAGAAAUGAUCGUCCCUGUGAUUGUUAAAGAUCAGCUUGAACCACCUGAGUUUGAUAUGAAGAACUUCCCUCACAAUACUGUCUAUGUCAGAGCAGGAUCAAACCUGAAGUUUGAGAUCCCUCUAACUGGCAAACCUCUGCCAAAGGUUGCACUUUCAAAAGAUAAAGUCGCUGUGAAAUCAACAAAGAGAUUCAGCUCUGAAGUAACUCCAGAUGGUCUCAUCAUUGACCUUCAGGAAAGCAUUGCUAGCGAUGCUGGUAUAUAUGAUAUCACUGCAUCUAAUAAAAGUGGAACUACAAAGUCAUUCGUGAAAAUUGUUGUUCUGGAUAGACCUGGUCCUCCUGUUGGCCCUGUUGAAAUUAGUGAUGUCACUGAGACAAGCGUAAACCUCAAGUGGCUUCCUCCUGUGUAUGACGGCGGUAGCCCAGUGACCAAUUAUGUUGUACUCCGACGUGAAACAAGCACACCUGCUUGGACAGAAGUGUCCUCUACAGCAGCAAGAAGCGCAAUUAAGGUCAGAAAGCUGACAAAAGGAGAGGAGUAUCAGUUCAGGAUCAAGGCUGAGAAUCGCUUUGGCAUUAGUGAUCACAUUGACUCCCAGACUGUCACAGUCAAGCUCCCAUACACAAUCCCUGGACCUCCAUCAACACCCUGGGUCAAUUUUGUCUCAAGGGAGAGCCUCACUGUCUGUUGGCAUGAGCCUGUCUCAGAUGGAGGAAAUGCUGUGUUUGGAUACCACUUACAGAUGAAAGAAAGAAGCAGCGUAGUAUGGCAGAAGAUUAACAAAACUGCUAUCCCUGCAACACAAUUCAGAGUGACAAACAUCUGCCCUGGCUCAAUCUAUGAGUUUAAGGUUGCAGCAGAAAAUGCAGCUGGAAUUGGUAAAAUCAGCAAAACAUCGGACGAAGUACUUGCAAUUGAUGCCUGUGAACCUCCAGCUAAUUUGCGAAUCUCAGAAAUCACGAAGAAUUCUGUCAGCCUCACUUGGCAGAAGCCUCCUUAUGAUGGUGGUAGCAAGAUUACUGGAUACAUGGUUGAGAGAAGAGAGGCGCCAAAAGGCAGAUGGACAAAAGCUAACUUCACCAAUGUCAUUGAAACUAAUUUCACAGUGUCAGGCUUGACUCAGGAUGAGUCCUAUGAAUUUAGGGUCUUUGCGAAGAAUACAAUUGGUUCAAUCAGUAACCCAUCAGAUGUCGCUGGACCAGCUACUUGUGUGGAUAUUAAAGGUUCUCCAGAGAUUGACCUACCUCCAGAGUAUUUGGAUGUCAUUCAAUACAAGGCUGGAGCAGCUAUCAAGAUUAGAGUGGGAAUCAUUGCCAAACCAUUACCAACAAUUGAAUGGUUCAAGGAUGGAAAAGAACUGGUGUCAAGUAGUAAGCUAUCGGUUGAGAGCACCACAGACGCUUCUGGUGUUCUCAUCAAGGAUGCUAGUCGUGUCAAUACAGGAACAUAUGAAAUCAAAAUCAAGAAUGACUUGGGCUCAGCAUCUGCCUCCAUAAGAGUACAAGUUCUUGACAAACCGGGACCUCCUGCUGGAACUAUUCAAUUUACAUCAGUCACAGCAGACAGGAUUAUCUUCAUGUGGGAACCUCCAGCAGAUAACGGUGGUGCAAAAGUGACCCAUUACAUUGUGGAAAAACGGGAGACAAGCAGAGUUGUAUGGUCUGUCAUAUCCGAAGAACUGGAGCAAUGCUUUGUGUCUGCUGAGAAACUGAUCAGAGGCAAUGAGUAUGUAUUCCGAGUUCGGGGUGUCAACAAAUAUGGAGUGGGAGAACCUUUGGAGUCUGAGCCCGUUAUUGCCAAGAAUGCAUUUGUAACUCCUGGACAGCCUUCUUUGCCUGAGGCCACUUCCAUUACCAGAUCAACAAUGACACUGGUCUGGGAGAAACCAGGUGUGGAUGGUGGCAGUACCGUCACUGGUUAUUAUAUAGAGAAACGUGAGAAGAAAAGCCUGCGUUGGGUCAAGGUCCUCAAAGAGCCUAUUAGCGACACAACAUACAAAGUCGUGAACCUUACAGAGGGAAGUGAAUAUCAGUAUCGUGUUUGUGCAAUCAAUAAAGCUGGAGAAGGCCCAUAUUCUGAUCUUUCUGACUUCUACAAAGCAGCCGACCCAGUUGACCCACCAGAUGAACCAACCAAGCUUAAAGUCGUUGAUUCUACAAAAACAUCUAUCACCCUUGGGUGGGCGAAGCCAGAAUAUGAUGGAGGUAGUGAGAUCACCAGCUAUGUUGUUGAACAGAAGGCGGCUGGAGAAGAUAAAUGGACUGUAAUUAGCUCCAAAGGUGAAGUCAGAACCACAGAGUAUGUUGUUUCUAACCUUAAGCCGGACAUCGACUAUUACUUCCGUGUAUCAGCUGUUAACUGUGCUGGACGUGGUGAACCAAUUGAGAUGACUGAGCCAGUACAAGCCAAAGACAUUCUUGAGGAAGCUGAGAUCGAUCAUGGCGUUGCCAUGAGAACACAUUACAUAGUGAAAUCAGGAACGGAUGUGGAAAUCGUAAUUCCUCUCAAGGGCAGACCUGCACCAAAUGUCACUUGGAAGAAGGGAGAUAAGAAUAUUGGUGAUGAUCCAAGAUAUGACAUUCAUAACACAGAAUCGUCAACUCUUCUGGCCAUUCCUCAGGUCACUCGUGCUGAUACCAGCAAAUACCUUCUUGAAAUUGAAAAUGGUGUGGGACAGCCAAAGACAUUAACUGUUUCUGUUAAAGUGCUUGAUUCUCCAUCUGCUUGCCGGAACUUAGUGUUGAAGGAUGUCACUCGUGGCAAAGUAACUCUGUGUUGGGAGCCACCUCUUCUUGAUGGUGGUGCCGAAGUCACCAAUUACAUUAUUGAAAAGAGGGACUCAACCAAGAGAGCUUACUCCAGUGUAACAACCAAGUGUGCUGACACAACAUAUACAAUCGAAGAGCUCUCUGAGAAAGCAUCCUUCUUCUUCCGUGUCUUGGCUGAGAAUGAAAAUGGUAUUGGUGAUCCAUGUGAGACAGCAGAAGCAAUUAAGGCCACUGAGACACCUGGCCCAGUCAAAGAUCUUGCCAUGAAGGAUUCCACUAAAACAUCAGUCACACUACAGUGGACUAAGCCUGAUUAUGAUGGCGGCAGCAUCAUAACAGACUAUAUAAUUGAGAAGAAACUCAAGGAUGAAGAAGCCUGGGCACUUGCUGGCACCAGCAAACAUUGUGAAUAUGAGGUCACAAAACUUAAAGAGCUUGCAGUCAUGGAUUUCAGAGUGUGCUCCAAGAAUGAAAAGGGACGUAGUGAUUUUGUAGAAGUUGGAGCUAUAACUGUGAAAGACUACAUUAUUGCACCUGAGGCAGACCUUUCAGAUUAUCCAAGUGGUGAAAUAAGUGUACGCAUGGGACACAAUGUGCAUAUUGAGCUGCCAUAUAAGGGUAAGCCAAGACCAACCCCACUGUGGUUGAAAGAUAAUCUGCCUUUGAAAGAGAGUGAUCAGAUCCGCUUUAAGAAAACAGAAAACAAAGUUGCCAUCACAAUCAAGAAUGUAAGAAAAGAAAAUGGUGGGAAAUACACUCUCACACUUGACAAUAAAUUUCUCAGAAAAUCAUUCCAUAUACAAGUCAUCACUCUUGGACCGCCUUCUAAGCCCAUAGGCCCAAUCAGAUUGGAUGAAAUCAGAGCAGAUAGCAUAAUAAUAUCUUGGGAUGCACCAAACGAUGACGGUGGUGGAGAGAUCACUUGUUACACUGUGGAGAAGCAUGAUACUUCCCAGACAGACUGGAAGAUGGCUUGUUCGAGUGUAAUUGGAACAACAUUUAAGAUACCAAACUUGAUAAAAGGAACACAAUAUCAGUUCAGAGUAUGUGCAGAAAAUCGAUAUGGUGUUAGUGAGCCACUGACCUCUCAAAAUGUGAUCGCCAAACAUGAGUUCAGACCACCAGGUCCCCCAGGAAUGCCUGUUGUUUACAAUGUCACAAAUGACGGCAUGACUAUUCAAUGGGAAAAACCCAUUUAUGAUGGUGGCUCACCAGUUACUGGUUUCCAUGUUGAAAAGAAGGAGAGGAACAGCGUCAUGUGGCAGAAAGUAAAUCCUACAGUAAUAACUGGAAGAGAUUACAGAAUCAUUGGCCUCAUCGAAGGACUGGAAUAUCAAUUCAGGGUGUACGCACAGAACAACGCUGGCUUUAGCCGUGUCAGUGAGGCAAGCAGGCUCAUGAUGGCAGUCUCUCCAGUUGAUCCACCUGGCACACCAGAUUAUACUGAUAUAACAAGCGAAUCUGUUGCACUGAAAUGGGAUGCACCCAAGCAUGAUGGAGGCAGCAAAAUUGUGGCCUACAAUAUUGAGAAACGUCAGGGAAAAGGCCGCUGGCUGAAAUGCAACUUCACUGACGUCAAUGAAUGCCAGUUCACAGUUACAGGCCUCGCCUGCGGUGAGCGUUAUGAAUUCAGAGUGAUUGCAAGAAAUGCUAUUGGCACGGUCAGUCCACCCUCACAGUCAUCUGGUUACAUUGUCGUCAGAGAUGAAAGUGUUUGUCCAAAUAUUGAGUUUGGUAAGGAACACUUUGAAGGUCUCACUGUUAAAGCAGGAGACCCCAUCAGAAUUAAAGUCAUGAUUACUGGACGACCUGUACCUCAAGUUACAUGGUUUAGGGAUGGCAAGGAACUUACCAAGAAGAUGGUUGACAUUGUAACUAUCACUGGAUCAAGCACACUCUUCAUCAGGGAUGCGGAUCGUAGUCACCGUGGUGUUUAUAGUGUGGAAGCCAAGAAUAGCUCUGGAACAAAGAAGGAAGAUAUUAAUGUGGUCGUCUAUGACACACCUGGGGAACCUGAAGGGCCAAUUCUUUUCACAAACAUCUCAGAUGGGAAAGUCACUCUCUCAUGGAACCCGCCUGCAAAUGAUGGAUGUUCUCCCAUCACACAUUACAUUAUUGAGAAACGUGAGACCUCAAGAAUUUCCUGGGCAAUUGUUACAGACAGUUGUACAGAAUGCUCAUUCAAUGCCACCAAGCUGAUCAAGACCAAUGAGUACCAGUUCCGUGUUUCUGCUGUCAACAAGAUUGGUGUUAGCAGACCAGUGGACUCCAGUCCUAUCAUUGCACAAAUGCAAUUCACUGUUCCAGAUGCUCCUGGUACACCUGAUUCUACCAGUAUUACAGGUGACAGCAUUACACUCUCUUGGACAGCACCAACGUCUGAUGGAGGAAAUGAAAUCAAAUACUAUAUCUUAGAAAAACGUGAGAAGAAGAGCUUACGCUGGAUCAAGGUGUCAACAAAGAAGCCCAUAACUGAAUGUGCACACAGAGUAACACAUCUUGUGGAAGGCCAUGAAUAUGAAUUCCGUGUUACGGCUGUAAAUGAUGCAGGGAUUGGACUACCUAGUAACAUAUCGCUACCUAUGAAAUGUAGUGAGCCCAAAACUACACCUAAUGCUCCUUCAGUGGUAAAUGUAACUGAUACCACAAACACAUCAGUCAGCCUGGAGUGGACAAAGCCUGUAUUUGAUGGAGGAGCCGAGGUCACUGGUUAUAUCAUUGAGAUGUGCAAAGCAACUGAGGAAGAAUGGCAUAAAGCCAAUGUAGAAACCUGCACCAGCACAAUGUUCACUGCAACUGAUUUGGAAUCUGGUGGAGAAUAUAAAUUCCGUGUCUGUGCAGUAAAUGCAGUUGGAAAGGGAAAAACCCGUGAGAUUUCUGACCCAGUGCAAGCAGUAGACAGACUUACACCACCAGAAAUUGAUAUUGAUGCAAGCUUCAAACAGACACACAUUGUGAAGAAUGGAGGAACUGUCCAUCUUAAUAUUGCCUUCAGAGGAAAACCUACUCCUACUGCAAAAUGGGUGAAAGAAGAUGGAGAACUAAGUGUGAUGGUGGACAUUAUUACCACAGAAACAAAUAGUACCUUAACCAUUGAGAACUGUAACAGGUAUGAUUCAGGAAAGUAUACCCUCUCGCUUGAGAACAGUAGUGGCAGCAAAUCUAUUACAUUUACUGUAAAGGUGCUUGAUACACCUGGACCACCAGGACCACUCACCUUCAAGGAGGUUUCAAGAGGAGCUCUGACACUCAUGUGGGAUGCCCCAGUCAAUGAUGGAGGAGCCCGUAUUCACCAUUACAUUGUUGAGAAACGUGAGGCUAGCCGUCGCAGUUGGCAAGAAGCCGGUGGAAAAUGCAUUCAUCCAAACCUGAGGGUUACUGAUCUAUUGGAAGGUGUGCCAUACUUCUUCAGAGUCAUGGCAGAAAAUCAGUAUGGCCUAGGUGAAGCAUAUGAAAUGCCAGAUCCAAUUAUUGCUACUGCAGAACCUGCUCCACCGAAAAGACUGGAUAUUAUCGAUACAACUAAUUCUUCUGCCACCUUGGCUUGGCUGAAACCUGAACAUGACGGUGGAAGUCGUAUCAUUGGAUAUAUUGUUGAAACUAAAGAAAAGGGCUCUGAUAAGUGGGUUGUUGGUGGUCACACUAAGUCCCUGUUUACAGUAAUUGAGGGAUUAGUGGAAAAUGCAGAAUAUGAAUUCCGUGUAAAGGCCAAGAAUGAUGCAGGCUUCAGUGAACCAAGAGAAGCGUUUUCUUCUGCUAUUAUUAAAGAGCCCCAGAUUGAGCCGACUGCAGAUCUCAGUGGUAUCACAAACCAACUAAUCACAUGCAAGACUGGCAGUACGUUCAUCAUUGACGUUCCUAUUAGUGGCAGACCAGCUCCUAAGGUAACAUGGAAGCUAGAGGAAAUGCGACUAAAGGAAACAGACAGAGUCUCCAUCAAGACCACCAAAGAUAGGACCACACUGUCAGUCAAAGACUGCAUGAGGGGUGAUGGUGGCAAAUAUUAUCUCACCCUUGAAAACACCACAGGAGCCAAGACAUUCACAGUAACUGUCAACGUCAUUGGCAGACCCAGCGCACCUGAAGGGCCUGUUGAGGUUUCAUCAAUAACAUCUGAGUCCUGUGUGUUGACAUGGGGACCACCUGAGGAUGAUGGCGGAACCGAUAUCACCAACUACAUUGUGGAGAAGCGUGAAUCUGGCUCAACUGCUUGGCAGCUUGUCAACUCAAGUGUGAAACGCACAACAAUCAGAGUCUCCCAUCUGACUAAAUACAUGCAGUACACUUUCCGUGUCUGUGCUGAAAACAGAUUUGGAGUGAGCAAGUCCACAGAAUCUGAAACCAUUGUUGCUGAGCAUCCAUUUGUUCCACCAAGUCCACCAACACGACCAGAGGUAUACGCUGUUACUGCAAAUACCAUGAGUCUACGUUGGGAGGAGCCGUACCAUGAUGGUGGUAGUAAGGUCACUGGAUACUGGAUUGAAAAGAAGGAGCGCAACACAAUUCUCUGGGUCAGAGAGAACAAGAUCCCAUGCUUCGAGUGCUACUACAAAGCAGCUGAGCUUGUUGAAGGCCUUGAAUACCAGUUCAGAGUUUAUGCAAUGAAUGCUGCUGGUCUGAGUAAAGCCAGUGAAGCUUCAAAGAGGAUGGUGGCUCAGAAUCCAGUCGACCCCCCUGGCAAACCAGAAGUGACUGAUGUGUCAAGAUCCACAGUGUCAAUUAAAUGGACUGUGCCAAUAAAUGAUGGUGGCAGCCCAAUUGUUGGAUACAUUGUUGAGCGCAAGCCAUACACUGCUACUGGUGAGGGUCGCUGGCUGAAGUGCAACUACACAAACGUCACAGAAACUAAUUUCACAAUAACAGCACUGGGUGAGGGAGAGGUGUAUGAGUUCCGUGUCAUUGCCAAGAAUGCUGCUGGAGUUCACAGUAUACCCUCAGCGUCAUCAGGAGCCGUGACGUGCAAGGCUGAAUACACUCCUCCUAAGGCUGAGCUUGACAGCAAACUUCUGGUAGAUACUGUCACUAUCAGAGCUGGAUCAGACCUUGUGCUUGAUGCUGCUAUUGGUGGUAAACCUGAACCCAAAGUCUUCUGGGCCAAAGGAGAGAAAGAACUUGAGCUCUGUGAGAAAUACUCACUCCAGUACACCAGCACACGUGCUAUGGCAAUCAUCAAGUUCUGUGACAGAAAUGACUCAGGACAAUACAUUCUCACAGUGAAAAAUGCCAGUGGAGUCAAGACAGCUGCUGUCAAUGUUAAAGUACUUGAUACACCUGGACCAUGUGAGGACAAGAUUACAAUAAGCGAUGUAACAGAAGAGAAAUGUACAGUGUCCUGGAAAGCACCUCUGGAGGAUGGUGGAGACCCAGUCACCCACUACAUUGUUGAGAGACGAGAUACCAACAGACUCAACUGGGUGCUCAUGGAAUCUGAAUGCAAGAGCCUCUCUUGUGUCAUUACCCGAAUGAUAAAGAACUAUGAGUACAUAUUCCGUGUCAGUGCUGUGAACAAGUAUGGACCUGGUGUGCAACUGCAGUCUGAGCCUGUCAUUGCCAGAAACUCAUUCACUGUCCCAUCACCUCCUGGAGCACCAGAAAUCACUGAUGUAGGAAAGGAUUAUGCUGCCAUUGAAUGGCUGAAGCCAGAGAGCAAUGGUGGCAGCGAAAUCAACAACUACCUUGUGGAGAGACGUGAAAGGAAGAGUGUCAGAUGGAUCAAAGUUAACAGAGAUUUUACCAUCACUGACACAAAAUAUAAGAUUACUGGUCUUACAGAGGGCAACAUUUACCAGUUCCGUGUUACAGCUAUGAACAUAGCCGGAGACAGUGAACCAAGUGAAGUAUCACUGUAUGCUGUUUGCAGGGAACCAACAUUCACUCCUGCUCCUCCUUCAAUACCACGUGUGGCAGAUACUACUCAGGACAGCAUUAGUCUAGCUUGGUCAAGACCAGUGGACGAGGGUGGGGCUGAUGUUAUUGGAUACGUCCUAGAGAUUCAAGAAGAGGGAACAGACCAGUGGACCAAGGCUCAUGAAAAGACCCUGAGAACCACAGAGUACACAGUAACUGGCCUUGCUAGCAACAAGAAGUAUAUCUUCAGAGCGGCUGCAGUCAAUGUCAAUGGCAUGGGUGAAUUUAGUGAACCGUGCACAGAAACUGAGCCUGUAGAAAGAAUUGAAACUCCUGAUCUUGAGAUUGCCGAUGAGCUAAGGAAGACUGUCUGCUUGAGAGCUGGUGGUUCCCUUCGACUCUCUGUGACUGUGACUGGAAGACCUACCCCUGUGAUCACCUGGAGCAAACCUGAUGUAGACCUUCAGAACCGUGGCUUUAUUGAAGUAACUAAGACUGGUACAACCUUAAUAAUUGACAAAGUCCACCGCUAUGACGCAGGCAAAUACACCAUUGAGGCUGAGAAUCCAUCUGGCAAGACGUCAGCCACCAUUCUUGUCAAGGUUUACGAUACUCCUGGGCCACCUGGUCCAAUUAACAUUAAGGAGCUCACAAAGGACUCUGCUGUCAUUACAUGGGAUCCCCCAAGCGUUGACGGUGGAGCACCAGUGAACAACUACAUAAUUGAGAGACGGGACACAUCAAUGAGAGCCUACAAAACAGUGACAUCUAAAUGCAGCAAGACAACAUACAAAAUUACUGGACUGACAGAAGGAAUGCUGUACUAUUUCAGAGUUUUGCCAGAAAACAUAUAUGGUCUUGGUGAGGCUCGUGAAACCAGUGAUGUGGUGCUGGUGUGUGAAGUUCCCAUGGUUCCACAGAAACUGGAAGUUGUGGAUGUGACCAAAACUACAGUAACUUUGGGAUGGGAGAAACCAUUACAUGAUGGCGGCAGCAGACUUACUGGCUACAUCAUUGAAGCUUGCAGGUCUGGAACAGACAAAUGGAUGAAGGUGGCUACUCUGAAAACUACCGAUUUUGAGCAUACAAUUGUUUCACUAAAUGAGAAUGAGCAGUACCUCUUCAGAGUGAGAGCUGUCAACAGCAGGGGAGCCAGCGAGGCCAGAGAAAUUGUGACUGCUGUAAAUGUCCAAGAACAAAGAGUUCUGCCCAAGAUCGAUCUCUCUAGCAUUCCCCAGAAAACGGUCAAUGUUCUUGCUGGCAAACCAAUUGAACUUGACAUUCCAAUCAUCGGAAGACCUCCUCCAGUUUGCUCAUGGUACUUUGGCGAUAAUAAGCUGAAAGUAACUGACCGUGUCAAAAUUGUUACAACUGGAAAAUAUUCAAAGCUGACUGUACAAAAUACCACGAUUGAUGACACUGGUGAAUACACACUUGAAGUAAAGAAUAUCACAGGAACAGCGACAGAAAUCAUCAAAGUCAUCAUUCUUGAUAAGCCUGAUGAGCCCUCUGGGCCCAUAAGGUUUGAUGAGGUUGAUUCCACAUCUGUCACUAUCAGCUGGGACCCACCUGUGAGGGAUGGAGGUGCCACAAUCAGUGGCUAUGUUGUUGAACAACGUGACGCUCACCGUCCAGGAUGGCUUCCUGUCUCUGAAUCUGUCAGUCGACCUACAUUCAAGUUCAGCAGAUUGACUGAGGGAGAUGAAUAUGUAUUCCGUGUUGCUGCAACGAACCGUUUCGGGACUGGAUCAUUCCUGCAGUCUGACAUUGUAAUGUGCAAGAGUGCUAAAACCAUACCAGGGCCACCAGGCAGACCAGAGGUAUUCGACGUGUCCCGUGAUGGCAUGACCGUCGCCUGGCUCCCACCAGAUGAAGAUGGUGGUUCCAAAGUGUCUGGAUACAUCAUUGAGCGCAAGGAAGUCAGAUCUGAUCGAUGGGUGCGCGCUAAUAAGAAUCCUGUGACAAUGACAAGAUACAGAUCGACCGGUCUUAUUGAAGGCCUUGAAUAUGAGCAUAGGGUAACAGCCAUCAACUCCAGAGGCAUUGGCAAACCCAGCCUUCUCUCUAAACCAGCAGUGGCAGCAGAUCCCAUUGAUCCACCUGGCUCACCACAAAAUCCACGAGUUACAGAAACCACUCGAACAUCAGUAUCUUUGGCCUGGAACCCUCCUGAUGAAGAGGGUGGCUCCAAGGUUACAGGUUACCUGAUUGAGAUGCAGAAGGUUGGCCAGUUUGAUUGGAUAAAAUGUAAUACAACACCCUCACUUAUAUGUGAAUACACACUGACACAAAUGCCCCAGGGGGCUGAAUUCAAGUUCCGUGUACUGGCAUGCAAUGCCGGUGGAUCUGGCGAGCCUGCUGAAGUCCCAGGAACUGCUAAAGUCACAGAAAUGCUUGAAUCUCCUGACCAUGAGCUGGAUGUCAAGUACAAGGACGGCUUUGUUGUCAGACAGGGUGGAGUCAUAAGACUCUCUGUGCCCAUCAAGGGCAAACCCAUUCCUACCUGCACAUGGACAAAAGAGGGCCAAGACAUUUCUCACCGAGCCAUGAUUGCAACUAGUGAAGAUCUUACUGAGCUUGUGAUCAAGGAAGCCAGCAGGGAUGACAGUGGCAUAUAUGACCUUGUCCUAGAAAACAAGUGUGGCAAGAAAGUGGUGCACAUCAAAGUAAAAGUUAUUGGAAGCCCAGAUUCACCUGUGGGUCCAAUUAGAUUUGAUGAAAUCCAGGCCCACUCUGUAAAAGUGAGUUGGCAAGCACCUUUAGAGGACGGUGGCUCAGAAAUCCUUGGUUACAUCGUUGAGAGACGUGAGCUUCCCAUGGCAGCCUGGUAUACUGUUGACUCUAGAGUGACAGAUACAUCUCUGGUUGUUAAAGGACUGAAGGAAAAUGUUGAGUACCACUUCAAAGUCACAGCUGAGAACCAGUUUGGCAUCAGCAAACCCUUGAAAUCAGAAAAUCCUGUCACACCACAGACACCCCUUUGUCCACCAGAAUCACCAAGCACUCCACCAGAAAUUGUGGAUGUUACAAAGAGCUCUGUUGCUUUAUCUUGGUCCAGACCUAAAGAUGAUGGUGGUUCCCGCAUCAUUGGGUACUUUGUUGAAUAUAAAGACGUGUCCACUGAGAAGUGGGUGCGCCACGCUACCCAGAUUACCACUACUAUGUACACCCUCACUGGACUUACCGCUGAUAAGGAAUAUCAGUUCCGUGUCAUUGCCCGAAAUGACAUUGGUGAUAGUGAACCAGGACCUGCGUCAGAUUCAGUUGUAUGCAAAGAUCCAUUUGACAAGCCAAGCCAGCCAGGUGAGAUUGAUGUAGACAUGGUCACCAAAGACUACAUUUCAAUUCGCUGGGAACCCCCAGAAUGUGAUGGUGGCAAAGAGAUUCUGGGUUACUGGAUUGAGUAUAGAAAAUCUGGAGAAAGUACCUGGAAGAAGUGCAACAAAGAGCGUACAAAGGAGAGAAAAUUCACCAUGGGUGGGCUCAUGGAGGCUACUGAAUAUGAAUUCAGAGUGUUUGCUGAGAAUGAAACUGGAAUCAGCAGACCACGCAGAACUGCUAUGGGCAUCAAAACAAAACUGAGUGUUGGAAGUAAACCAAGUCUCAGAAAAGAAAUGGAGGAGGCCACUGCUAAACUUGGAGAGUCGGGCAUACUGAAAUGUCAGAUCAUUGGCAGACCUCUUCCGGAUAUUAAAUGGUAUAGAUUCGGCAAGGAGCUCACUCAGUGCCGUAAAUAUGCAAUGACCUCUGAUGGUCGCAACCAUUCACUGACGGUGGCAACAGAUCAACAAGAAGAUGAAGGCGAGUACACAUGCAGAGCCAUCAAUGAAGCCGGGGAAGUAGAAACCACUGGCCAGCUUGUCUUGCAGGCGCCUCCUCAGUUCCAUCCUGGAUUCCCAUUGAAAGAGAAGUACUAUGCAGGAUCUGGUACAAGCCUUCGUCUCCAUGUUGCAUACAUUGGACGUCCGGUGCCAAAAAUCACAUGGUUCUAUGACAACAGGCCUCUGGAGCCAUCUGACAAUGUCAUCAUUGAAAACACGGAGCAUUAUACUCACCUUGUCAUCAAGAAUGUUCAGCGUAAGACAAAUGCUGGACAAUACAAAGUACGACUCCGCAACCACUUUGGUACAGUGGAAACUGUACUUAAUGUUGAAAUUCAAGAUAAACCUGGUAUGCCUGAAGGACCUAUUGUUAUUGAUGCACUGUUGAAGAAUUCAGUUAUCAUUAGCUGGAAACCUCCAGCAGAUGAUGGUGGAAUAAUGAUUACCAACUAUAUUGUUGAAAAACGUGAAGAAAAUGAACCCGAUCAAUGGCAUUUAGUAUCAUCCUCAAUCUCAGGAACAUCUUGCCGGGUUCCAAACCUUGUUGAGGGAGCUGGAUAUUACUUCCGGAUCUCAGCUCAAAACCGUUACGGCAGCAGUGAUCCACUAGAGAAUCCCACUGCAAUCAUUAUUAAGAGUCAAUUAGGAAAGCCGGGAGUUCCCACAGAAAUAACUGUCUCUGGAGUGACAAAGGAUUCCUGUGUUGUAUCCUGGAAGCCACCUGUCAAUGAUGGAGGUUCCAAGAUCAAAAAUUACUGUUUGGAGAAACGAGAGAAGAAACAGAACGAAUGGAUCGCAGUGACUGCUGAUGAAAUCCAUCAAACUGUUUACUCUGUCAAAGGCCUUACUGAAGGCUCAGAGUAUGACUUCCGUGUUAAAUGUGAAAAUCUUGGAGGAGAGAGUGACUGGAGUGAAGCCUCUGCAUCUGUUAUUGCAAAAUCAGAUGUAGACAUUCGUGCACCAGCCUUCAAAGAAGAGUUGAGAAACAUGAGUGUCAAAUACAAGAGCAACGCAACCUUUGUUUGCAAGAUCACUGGACAACCCAAGCCUAUAAUUAAAUGGUUCAAACGUGGCAAAGAAAUUCAUCCUGAUGGACAGAAAAUGAAAAUACAGGAAUUCAAAGGUGGCUAUCACCAACUUGUCAUCACUGCUGCUGAUGAGGAAGACUCAACUGUCUAUCAGGUCAGAGCCACAAACCAGGGAGGGUCAAUUGCAGCAAGUGUCUCUCUGGAUGUUGAAGUUCCGGCCAAGAUUCACCUGCCCAAACAUAUGCAAGAAAAAGAAGCCGUCCCUGCCCUUCGUGGUGAAGUGAUCAGCAUCAAGAUUCCAUUCAGUGGCAAACCUGACCCAGUAAUCACAUGGCAGAAGGGGCAAGAUCUCAUUGAUAACAAUGGGCACUAUCAAGUGAUUGUCACAAGAUCUUUUACUUCACUUGUAUUCCCCAAUGGAGUUGAAAUGAAUGAUGCCGGAUUCUACAUUGUCUGUGCUAAGAACAGAUUUGGCAUUGAUCAACAGACAAUUGAACUUGAUGUUGCAGAUGUACCCGAUCCACCAAGAGGUGUCAAAGCCAGUGAUGUAUCCAGAGAUUCCGUCAGUCUGAAUUGGUGCGCUCCCGCUAAUGAUGGUGGAAGCAAGGUCACCAACUACAUUGUGGAGAAGUGUGCCACCACAGCUGAGAGAUGGACCCGUGUUGCACAGUCCCGUGAUACUCGUUACACUGUCAUUAAUCUGUUUGGCAAGACUAGUUACCAAUUCCGUGUCAUUGCCGAAAACAAGUUCGGCCAGAGCGAGCCAUCUGAACCAACUGGGCCUGUUGUAACAAAAGAGGACAAGUCCAGAGUCUUGAAUUAUGAUGAGGAAGUUGAUGACACCAGAGAAAUCUCAAGGGGUAAAGCCCCACAUUCAAAUGCCAAGAAUGUGCAUAACAAAUACAUGAUUGCUGAAGAGCUAGGACGUGGGCAGUUUAGCAUUGUUCACAGAUGUGUUGAAACCAGUUCCAAGAAGACUUUCAUGGCUAAAUUUGUCAAAGUCAAAGGUGCUGAUCAGGCACUGGUCAAGAAAGAAAUUGCAACUCUCAAUCUGGCCAGACACAAGAACUUUUUAUAUCUCCAUGAGUCCUUUGACAGUCCUGAAGAAUUAGUCAUGAUUUAUGAAUUCAUCUCAGGUGUGGAUAUCUUUGAACGCAUAAUGUCAGGCACCUUUAUCCUCACAGAACGAGAAAUUGUUACAUACAUUAGACAAGUAUGUGAGGCUCUUGAGUUCCUACACAGUCAAAGCUAUGGCCACUUUGACAUCAAGCCAGAAAACAUUGUUUACACUACAAGAAAGAGCACAAAAAUCAAGAUCAUUGAGAUGGGUCAGGCUAGACACCUUACACCUGGUGAUAUAAUAAAAAUUCAGUUUACUGCAGCUGAGUAUUGUGCACCAGAGAUCCAUCAACAAGACAUGGUCAGCACUGUUACUGACAUGUGGUCAGUUGGUGUUCUAGUGUAUGUGCUUCUCAGUGGACUUAAUCCAUUCACUGCUGAAACAAACCAGCAAAUGACUGAGAACAUCUCAAAUGCUGAGUACAGUUUUGAUGAUGAAGCUUUCAAGGAGGCCAGUGUUGAGGCAUUAGACUUUGUGGACAGACUUCUUACUAAAGAGCGCAAACAUCGUAUGACUGCUGCUCAAGCCUUGGAACAUCCUUGGUUGAAAAAGAAAACAGAAGAACUCAGCAACAACGCCAUCAAAGUCUCUAGACACAAAAGAUACUACCAGACCUUGGUGAAGAAAGAAUGGAAUGUUGUUGUUUCAUCAGCUCGUGUUGCAUACGGUGGUGCUAUCAGAAGUCAGCGAGGUGUCACAGUUGGAAAAGUAAAGAUUGCACCAUUUGAACAUGGCCCAGUUGCUGGUCAAAUCAGGCACCAUGUUGCUGAUGAGGGUGGAGAUGUAAAAUUCAUCUGCAAUAUUGAGAACUAUGACAGCAGCACAGAGGUAACUUGGUAUUGUGGAGUUAGACAACUGGAGGCAAGUGACAAGUAUGACGUUACAUAUGAAGACGGAGUCGCUACCUUGUCUGUCAGAGGAGUUACCAGAACAGAUGACGGUACCUACAGAUGCAAAGUUGUUAAUGAGUAUGGUGAGGACAGCGCCUAUGCGGAACUCUUUGUCAGAAGUGUCAGAUCAUAUCGUGACUACUUCCUUACACGCACAGUGAAGAAAGUAAAACGCAGAGUGGAUACAACUCGACUACUGCAGAGACCACCUGAAUUUACCCUGCCCCUGUUCAACUGCACUGCUUACAUUGGUGAGGAUGUACGUUUUGGCGUUACCAUAACAGUGCAUCCAGAGCCUCGUGUUAUAUGGCUGAAAUCUGGACAAAAGCUCACACCAGGAGAUGAUGACAGGAAGUACACUUUCACAAGUGACAAGGGUCUCUAUCAGCUUGUGAUUCACAAUCUUGAGCCUGAUGAUGAUGCUGAAUACAGUGUUGUGGCUCGCAACAGAUUUGGUGAUGACAGUUGCAAGGCACGUCUCACUGUAGUACCUCGUCCCACUCCUGGAGAUAAUACAAUUAGGCCAAUGUUCAAGCGUUUGCUUGCAAAUGCAGAGUGCAGGGAGGGUCAAAGUGUCCGAUUUGAAAUUAGGGUGUCAGGAACACCUACUCUGAAGUGGGAGAAGGAUGGCAUGCCAUUAGCAUUUGGUCCCCAAAUUGAAGUUGUUCAUGAAGGCCUGGAUUAUUAUGUUCUACAUGUCAAAGAUACUCUUCCUGAGGAUUCCGGUACAUACAGAGUUACUGCUACAAAUUCAGCUGGAUCAGCAAGUUGCCAAGCCACACUGAAGGUUGAGCGUGUCACUCAUGUCAAGAAAGAGUAUCAGAGCGUGGAGGAUAAAAGGAAAAAAGCUGAGAAAGAAGAAAUUGACAAGAAAGUAAGACUAGCACAACUCCUUGCUGGCACUGAAGUCACUCCUCUCACCCCAGUAGCACAAGAGGCUUUGAGAGAGGCUGCUAUUAUGUACAAACCUGCAGUGACAACUAAAGAGAAAACCGAAAUUGAGGAACAAAAGGAAAAAGAAGAAAGGAAAAAGAGAGCAGAAGAAAAAAGACUUCGUAUGCCAUAUGAUAUUCCUCCACCUCGAGUCCUUGGGCCUACUGCCCUUGAGGAAGAUAAGGAGAUUAAAUACUUUGUGCCUUUCUCUGACAUGAAAUGGUAUAAGAAGCUCCGUGAUCAGUAUGAAAUGCCAGAACCAAUGGAAAAACUUAAACAGAAACGACUAAAACGUAUUCGUCUGUCCAGAUGGGAUCAAUUCUAUGUUGUGCCUCUUCCAAGAAUCAAAGACCAGUACAAGCCUAAAUGGCGCAUUCCAAAGGUUUCACAGGAUGAUUUAGAAACUGUAAGACCAGCUAGGCAUCGUACACCUUCUCCUGAAUCUGAAGCUUACUACAGAAUAAGAAGAAGGUCUCUUGGUGAUCUCUCAGAUGAAGAACUUCUCCUCCCAGUUGAAGACUAUUUGUCAAUGAAGAGAACUGAAGAGGAAAGGCUUAAACUUGAAGAGGAACUUGAGCUUGGCUUUUCUGCUUCCCCACCUAGCCUCAGCCCUGUGCGCUUUGAAUUGUCUGCACUGCGCCAUCCCUCACCAAGACGAGUGACACGUGAAGAGGAUGAAGAGGGUGAAGAGGUGCAAAGGUAUGACUCCUACCGUAUUCCCUCCAAAUAUGAAGCUGGCCCAAGUUUCAUUGAUCUCCGCCAGAGACAUGACAAAGCUACAUACCGACCUCCAAGGCAAAAGCAAAGAGUUUACGAGGAGAGAGAAGAUCAAGAGCUCCUUCGCUCUGUAACCACAACACAAAAACUGACCUCCUACAAAAGUGAGAUAAAACGAAUGGAAUUUGAAGAGAAAACACGAGUCUCAAGAAAACAUAGAGAAGUUCAUGUUUCAUCUGUGUCCAGAGAAGGAAUGGAGUCAGUUGACUACACUUAUGUUCCCUCUGUUACUAUGCGUCCUGUAUCUGAACCCACAAGACCUGCUCAAACAUAUACCACAGAAGCUAAGGGUGAAGCACCAGAGAGGAGAUCACCUACCCCUGAGAGGACACGUCCACGCUCCCCUAGUCCAGUUUCCACUGAGAGAUCAUCUUCAAUACUUGAGGUGUCAUCGAAAUUUGACAUCAUGUCCAGAUACGAGGCAAGGAAAGCAGCUCUGAAAUCUGAGAGGAAGUAUGAGGUUGUGACACAGCAGCCUUUUAGUCUUGACCAUGCCCCACGCAUAACAGUGAGAAUGCGCUCUCACCGUGUACCAUGCGGUCAGAAUACUAAAUUCACACUGAAUGUCCAGGCUAAGCCAGAUGCACAAAUCAAAUGGUACCAUAAUGGACAGCAAAUUCAGCAGAGCAACAAAUUCCGUUUCACAAACGUGAGUGGAGUUUUGACACUCCAGAUUUAUGACUGCCAGGAAGAGGACAGUGGUACCUACCGUGUUGUGUGCACAAACUCCAAGGGAGAAGCGUCUGAUUAUAGCACUCUAGAUGUAUCAGCUGGAGAGUAUUCCACAUAUGCGUCUCGUCGAAAAGAUGAGGAACCUCCCACACCUUUUGUUCCUGAAAUGACAAAGACUGAUGUUUAUCAUGUCUCCUCAUUUAAGGCAGCUUCUUCAUCUGAAACACACAUGGAGGUUAAAGAAUCAAAAUCAAAGUUAACUGAAACACACAAAACUGCUGUUUAUGAAGAAUAUGCAUCAUCUGAGAAGAAAAUGAAAGCUACAGUAGUGGAGGUAAAAGAGACAGUGAAGGCUACUCUCCCAGCCACACUGCUUACAAAACCACAGUCCAUUACAGUGUCAGAAGGGGACAUUGCUAGUUUUUCAUGUGAUUUUGAUGGUGAGCCAGCACCCACUGUGACAUGGAUUCAUGAAGGACAGGUUAUUGGCUCCUCUAUUCGGCACCAUGUGACCUUUAUGGAGAACAAAUCUACCUUUGAAAUCUCCUCAGUUGAGUUGUCUGAUGAGGGCAGCUACACAGUUAAAGUGGAGAAUUCUGCCGGCAAACAAGAAGCGCAGUUCAGCUUAACCAUUCGCAGAGCAACUCCGAAGGAGAAAGCCAUUGCUUCACCUCCAAAAGUAAGAUCUCCAGAGCCCAGAAUCAAAUCUCCAGAGCUUACCGGUGCUAAGUCCCCAGAACCUCGUAUCAGGUCACCUGAAGCAAUCAGAUCUCCCCGGAGAAUUAAGUCUCCUGAGCCUCCAACCUCACCACCAAGGAUGAAAUCUCCAGAGCCCAGAGUAAAAUCUCCAGAAUCAAUAAGUGCCAAGUCACCAGAACCUCACAUCAAGUCACCUGAGGCCAUCAAAUCUCCAAAGAGAAUUCAGUCUCCAGAGCCACUGACUUCACCACAGAGGGUUAAAUCUCCAGAACUAAAAUCUCCUGAACCCAGACUGAAAUCUCCAGAGUUCCCAAGUGCAAAGUCACCAGAACCUCGUAUCAAGUCACCUGAGGCAAUAAAAUCUCCAAAGAGAAUUCAGUCUCCAGAGCCACUGACUUCACCACAGAGGGUUAAAUCUCCAGAACUAAAAUCUCCUGAGCCCAGACUGAAAUCUCCAGAACUAAAAUCUCCUGAGCCCAGACUGAAAUCUCCAGAGCUAAAAUCUCCUGAGCCCAGACUGAAAUCUCCAGAGCUAAAAUCUCCUGAGCCCAGACUGAAAUCUCCAGAACUAAAAUCUCCUGAGCCCAGACUGAAAUCUCCAGAGUUCCCAAGUGCCAAGUCACCAGAACCUCGUAUCAAGUCACCUGAGGCAAUAAAAUCUCCCAAGAGAAUUGCAUCUCCUGAGCCACUAACAUCAACUCAAAGGGUUGCAUCCCCACCAACAGUCAAGUCACCCACUCCUCAGAAACGGGAUACCUCUGCAAUAAAGCCCACCUUCUCCACCAGUCUAAAAGAUGUCACAGCAUCGUCAGAUACGAUUGUGAAGCUAACAGUGAAAGUAGAUGGAGAUCCAGAACCAACAUUCUCCUGGAUGAAAGAUGGAAAGGUCCUUUCUCAAGGUGGAAAAUAUGAAAUCUUUCAAGAGCAUGGUUUAGCACAUCUGGAAAUCUACGAAUCAGAGGUGUCCGAUAGUGGAGUUUACACAUGUACUGCUACCAAUUCUGCAGGAUCCUCCUCUACAAGUUGUCUUGUUACUGUUCAAGCAUCUACCAGAAUUACGUCACUUCAAGGAACUACUCAGAUGGAGGCUGUCUCAGCUUCCCAUACAAAAACAGAGAUCACAGAACAAAUUGUAAAAAAGGAAAUUCUUUAUGAGGAAGUUCAAUCGUAUGCAGAGUUAAAGGCGUCUCAUACCCAAAUGACUGUAACAGAGGGUCAGUCCCUUACACUAAAAGCCAGUAUUCCUGAAGCAUCUCAAGUGAGAUGGAUCUUGAAUGGAGCAGAACUGGCUAACUCAGCACAAUACACAUAUGGUAUGUCUGGGAAUGACCACACAUUGACUAUCAGUAAGGUCAGUCAACAUGAGGCAGGAAUCAUCACAUGUGAAGCAAAAACUGAACAUGGAAUUGUAAAGUGCCAGUUUGAUACCACAAUCACAGCCAAACAUUCAGAUGCACCAUCAUUCCUUGUGCAACCAAAGUCCCAAAUUGUCCAUGAAGGUGAAAAGGUCACCUUCACAAGUGAAAUUACAGGAGAACCAUCACCAGAAAUUGAAUGGCUGAAGGACAAUGUUGUGGUGUCAACAACAUCCAACAUGACAUUGAGCUGUUCAGGAAAUGUCUACACCCUGGUGAUUCACAGAGCUUCUGUUGAAGACAGUGGGAAGUACACUAUUAAAGCAAGGAAUGCCUAUGGACAGUGCUCAGCUACAUCAUCUUUGAAUGUUCUCGCCCUGGUUGAAGAACCUGCCAAAGUCAUAGUUAUGGACAAAAGUGCUGCUGCUGCCAGCAUGCACGAACAUUUUUCUGCCAGCGCAAUACACAUGGCUUCAGCAGUGCAGGAAGCCUCCUUCAGCAGCUCCAGCAUGGCUGAAGUUAAAUUUGCAAGCAUGUCCGCAACUAGCAUGUCCACCAUGACAUCUGAAUCAAUGCUAGCCAUGAGCUCCAGCAGUAUGAUGGAAAUGUCAAGUCACUCACAAAUAGAGGGGUCCUCUAUGAGAGCCAUUACACAGCAUCUUAAAGGCACACCACCAAAAAUUGAAGCUCUCCCUGAAGACAUCAGCAUUGAGAAAGGAAAGGUGCUGACAGUGGCCUGUGCUUUCUCUGGAGACCCUUUGCCAGAGAUAGUGUGGUCCCGCUCAGGAAGGACACUGCCUACUGAGGAGGAAAGCGACAGGUUCCACAUUGAGACCACUGAUGACCUCACAACCCUUAUCAUCACCAGUGUGAAAGAAAAUGAUGCAGGAGCCUACACCCUCAAACUGUCCAAUGAGCUUGGAUCCGACACGGCAACAGUCAACAUCAGCAUUCGAUCAAUAUAGAAAAUAAUUUCUACCCCUCCCCUUUCCCUCCUUCAGUGCCAUUUUAUUAUUAAAUGAGCAAAAAUACUCUUUACUUGAUAAAGACAUGGAUUUAUGUUCUUGUAAAUAUGAACUAUUUUUAUACCAAAAUUGACGUUAAUUUAUGCCAAACUAGACUAAAGUCUAAAGCUAUGAAAAUGUGCCAUAUUGGAUAAUUUAACUAGGAUUUUUCUCUGACAUGUACAUAAUGUAUAUAGCCGAAUUUACCGGUUAUGGAAACUGUAUGCAUUGUUAUUUAAGACAAUAUUAACUGAAACAAAUGGAAUUAAAUGUUUAACAGGAGAAAGUUUCACAUGAAACGAAUACCCUGAAAAACCUGAAACAAAACUAUGUGCCUCAACAAUAAGUUGAAGUCUUAAGAUUGCCUCAACAGGUAGAGAGGCUCCCUGUUGACGUUUUACUAAAUCCGAGAGACAAUGUUAUGCACAGUGUGUCUGUGUAAUAAUAUUACCGUACUCAUAUGAAUUGUAACAUGACCAUAAGGCCUUGAGUGCAGUUUGCAUUUACCCUCAUGUAAGCUGCACAACUAGGCCUUGUGUUCAGACUGACUAUGUCAUACCACCAUUUUAAUGACAUGCACAAAGUGCGAGCGGCCUGCACUUUGUGCACCAAAUAAUAUAAUGUGCACUGCUUCUGGCAAGGGACUGCUUGAAUUGGCUUUGAAAAUGUAACAUCACCUGGCCAUUAUUCUCUGAAGUCAGUCAAGUACUCCUUUGCAGAAGCAGUGCCACCUCUUGGAGGAUUGUUAGGUUAUAUUUUGUGUGUGUGUGUGCGUGUGUGUUUGUGUGUGUUAGCUUUAGAAUUUCACUUUGUCAGUAGUCAGGGCAAUUUUCAAGCAAGUGUACCACAGUGACAACACCUGCUGUGCUAAAUGGAAACAAAUGCAUUAAUUAUAUGCCCUGCACUUUGAUUAAACAUAAUUUAUUAAUGUAGCAAUACCUAUAUAUUCAACCUCCUUGAGUUUUAUGAAUUAUUGACUUAAUAAAGCAUGAUUUCAGCACCUUGA